GGGGGGGGUUUUUGAGGCUCGACCGUUCUCAUCUUGGAUUUUUGCUGGAAAAGCUUUUCUGGAUAAGGAGACUGUUGCUGGUUGGAGUCGUCUGGGCUCCGUCCCAUCAGUCCGAGGGUGCCGACCAACAUGUCAACACAGGCGCCGACGUUCACGCAGCCGCUACAGAGCGUGGUGGCACUAGAGGGUAGUGCCGCCACGUUCGAGGCUCAAGUUAGUGGUUCUCCAGUUCCUGAGGUGAGCUGGUUCCGUGAUGGCCAGGUUCUUUCCGCCGCCGCUUUGCCCGGCAUUCAGAUCUCGUUCAGCGACGGCCGCGCUGUUCUGAGGAUCCCCGCAGUGACCGCCGCGCACAGCGGAAGAUUUUCUGUCAGAGCCACCAAUGGCACUGGACAAGCCACAAGCACAGCUGAACUCCUCGUUACAGCGGAGACGGCGCCGCCCAGCUUCCUGCAGAGACUGCAGAGCUCCACAGUGAGGCAGGGCAGCCAAGUAAGGCUGGACGUCAGAGUCGCAGGUAUCCCAACACCUGUGCUGAAGUUCUACAGAGAGGGAGCCGAGAUCCAGAGCUCGGCUGACUUCAGGAUCCUCCAGGAAGGAGACCUGUACAGUCUGCUGAUCGCUGAGGCCUUCCCCGAGGAUUCUGGGACAUAUUCCGUGACCGCCACUAACAGCAGUGGAAGGGCCACAUCUACCGCCGAGCUGCUGGUUCAGGGUGAGGAAGCCGUUCCAGCCAAGAAAACCAAAACCGUGAUUUCAACCUCUCAGAUUUCUCAGACCCGUCAGACCAGAGUGGAAAAGAGGAUGGAGGCCAGUUUUCAGGCCACCGCCAUGAUGGAGAUGCAGGUGGAGGGCGCUGAGCUGAUGCAUCAUCUGGCUCACAAGACUCCUCCCAGAGUUCCUCCCAAACCCACAUCCAAGUCCCCGACCCCGGCCUCACUGGUCGCCAAGGUGACCGGAGGACGCCAGCAGUCGCCGUCACCUGUCAGACACGUGAAGGCGCCCACGCCGGCACCUGUCAGGCCUGCCUCUCCCACAUCAAGACUCUCAGUCUCCCCCAUCAGACCAGUCAAGUCCCCCGUCACCAUACGUAAGCAGGUGGUCGCUGCCCACGCCGAUGUGCUGCCGCCCUGGAAGCAGGAAGACUACAUGGGCGAGACCAGCUACACCAGCAUGGUCAGCAUGACUGGUGUGACCGGCAUGGCCAGUAUGACUGGCGUGACCGGCAUGGCCAGUAUGACUGGUGUGACCGGCAUGGCCAGCAUGACUGGCGUGACCGGCAUGGCCAGUAUGGCCAGUGCGGCCAGUAUGGCUAGUGCGGCCAGUAUGGCCAGUGCGGCCAGUAUGGCCAGCAGCAGCGUCACCCAGCAGGCGGAGGAGCACCAUAUCACCGCAGUCAGAGAGGCUGAGGGAGGGAAAAGAGCCGGGGCAGUGGCCAAGGUGGUGGCCGCCGUUGACCUCGCUCGUGUCCGUCAGCCCAUGCAUGCCGAGGGCGGUCGAGCCGAAGAGGAGGUGGAGGCUGUAGAGGCGGAGUUGGGGCAGCAGGCUGAUCACCAGUAUCGAGACAGUUGGACAACAGCAGGAGCGCAGGCUGGUCAAAUGCUUACUACUGCUCAGGAGUUUACACCUGAACCAACCCUGCUGCUGCCUCAGAUUCAGAGAGCGACAGAAAUCUCCUCCCAUGUGGAUACUGGUCUUGCCCCAUCCCCAGUUCCACAUUUCACAGUUUCUAAAGUUUCAGUCCCGAAACGAGAUUUUAGCAGUGAGGUUUCCAUCGCUGGCUCAGCUAUCGCCACUCUGCAGAAAGAGAUAUCCGCGUCCUCCGCCGCCGCUAGAAAGAUCAUCAAGCCGGUCAAGUCUCCCAGUCCGUCUCGUACAGCGGUGGAGACCAGAGUGACGCCGGAGCCCGUCCCUCCGCCAUUCAAAGACUUCGCUGAGAAAUAUCAGAGUCAUUUUGGCACUGAGUUACAGACGGGGGUGGUGUACUCAGGGGGGACGGAGAGAGUAUAUGAGGACUGGGAAGCCCAGGUGGUGGAGGCAGCAGCUGUACCUGCAGCUGAGGACAGUGUGGUCCCACCCACACUGAUGUCUGACUUAAAGAACACAAAUGUGACAGAGGGAGAGUCAGUGACCCUGGAGUGCCAGAUCAGCGGUCACCCUGCCCCCGUUAUCAUGUGGUUCAGAGAGGACUACAAGAUUGAGAGCUCCAUUGAUUUCCAGAUUAGCUAUGAGAACGGAUUCGCCCGGCUGGUGAUCCGUGAGGCGUUUGCUGAAGACAGUGGACGCUUCACCUGCACCGCCACUAAUGAGGCGGGAACUGUCAGCACCUCCUGCUACCUGCUUGUCCAGGUGUCUGAGGACAUUGAGAGCAGGGAGGAGAUUGCUGUCGUGACUGAACAUGUUGAAACUGCUCAAGAGAAACUAGUAACUGAAGAAACCAAAGAAGAAACCAUGUCCCAGGUGAGCGUGGCUGAGUCAGAGACAGCCGCCACCGCGGCUCCCUUCUUCGUCAAGACACCCAGCAUCCAGAAGCUGGUGGAAGGAGGAAGUGUCAUCUUUGAAUGUCAAGUGGGAGGAAGCCCCAAACCACACGUCAUCUGGAAGAAGAGCGGCGUACCGCUCACUACCGGAUACAGAUACAAAGUUGCCUACAAGAAAGAGACUGGAGAGUGCAGAUUGGAGAUCUCCAUGACCUUUGCUGAUGACGCCGGAGAAUACUCCGUCUUUGCCAAGAACCAGCUUGGAGAGGUGUCAGCCUCUGCCAGUCUGCUGGAGGAAGAGGAAUAUGAACUCUACAUGAAGAAACUGGAAGCUAAGACUGAAGUGACAGCCAUGGUGCAAGAGCCCCAUGUGGGAGACAUUCCCCCUGUCGUUGUUACGACAAUGGAACAGAUGACCACUACCAUUAUUUCCGGACAGGAAUUCCAUCUUUCUGCCAUCGAGCAGAGGAUCAUCCAGGAGUUCGAGCUCCGCAUCAUGAAGAUUACCUACAGAGAGAUAGUGACCGAGGAUGGAGAGCUGAUGGUGACUGCCGCCCCCACUGAGGCCAUGCAGCCCGCCUUUGACACUCCUGUCAAAAACUACAGGAUCAUGGAGGGAAUGGGUGUCACUUUCCACUGCAAGAUGGCUGGCAUGCCACUUCCCAAGAUUGCUUGGUUCAAAGACGGCCAGCGGAUCAGGCCCGGCGAUCAUUACCAGAUGGAGGUUCUUCAGGAUGGACGAGCCAGCCUUCGUCUUCCUGUGGUUCUGCCAGAGGAUGAAGGUGUCUAUACCGCCUUUGCUGCCAACAUGAAGGGAAAUGCCGUCAGCUCUGGGAAGCUCUAUGUGGAGUCUUCUGAAGCUGCAGCACCUCAGAGAUACACACCGCAGCCAGCAGUACAGAGGAUAAGGUCCACAUCUCCUCGUUCUCUGAGCCGCUCUCCUGGCCGUUCUUCCAGCCGUUCUCCCGGACGUUCUCCUGCCCGCCGGCUGGAUGAGACAGAUGAAGCUCAGCUGGAAAGACUCUACAAACCUGUGUUUGUCAUGAAGCCUUCCUCAUGUAAAUGCUCUGAGGGGCAAACUGCCAGGUUCGACCUGAAGGUCGUUGGCAGACCAAUGCCUGACACAUACUGGUUCCAUAACGGACAACAAGUGGUUAGUGACUAUACCCACAAGAUAGUGGUUAAAGAAGACGGUACUCAGUCCCUGAUUAUUGUGCCAGCCAUGCCACAUGACUCAGGAGAGUGGACAGUCGUGGCUCAGAACAGAGCUGGCCGGUCGUCCAUCUCCGUCACUCUCACUGUUGAUGCUAAGGAAACCUUGGUGCGUCCCCAGUUCAUUGAGAAGCUGAGGAACAUCAGUGUAAAGCAGGGCACUCUGGUUGAACUGGCUGUCAAAGCCAUUGGAAACCCCCUGCCUGACAUUGUCUGGCUGAAAAACAGUGACAUUAUCACACCACACAAGCACCCAAACAUCAGGAUUGAAGGAACCAGAGGAGAAGCCAAAUUCCAGAUUCCCUCAUCAGUUGGCUCAGACAGCGCCUGGUACACAGCUACAGCCAUUAACAAGGCUGGCAGGGACACCACCCGCUGCAGAGUCAAUAUUGAGGUGGACCAUGUUGAGCCUGAACCAGAGAGGAAGCUUAUUAUUCCCAAAGGAACCUACAAAGCCAAAGAGAUCGCCCCUCCGGAGGUGGAGCCUCUUCAUCUCCGUUAUGGGCAAGAGCAGUGGGAGGAGGGAGACCUUUAUGACAAAGAGAAGCAGCAGAAACCACAGUUCAAGAAGAAGCUGACCUCUGUCCGAAUGAAGCGUUUCGGUCCAGCUCAUUUCGAAUGCAGACUGACCCCUAUCGGUGACCCCACUAUGGUAGUGGAGUGGCUGCAUGAUGGCAAACCUCUGGCAGCUGCUAACAGGUUGCGCAUGGUCAAUGAAUUCGGCUACUGCAGUCUUGACUAUGAUGCUGCUUAUGCUAGAGAUAGCGGCGUCAUCACCUGCAGAGCUACUAACAAGUACGGAGUCGACCAAACCUCAGCUACCCUGAUUGUCAAGGAUGAGAAGGGUCUUGUUGAGGAAUCUCAGCUUCCUGAAGGCAGAAAAGGAGCACACAGAAUUGAUGAGAUGGAGCGCAUGGCACAUGAGGGUGGACCCUACGGAGUCACUGCUGAGGAGGAGAGUGAGAAAAUGAAACCUGAGAUUGUACUUCUGCCUGAACCAGUCAGAGUUUUGGAGGGUGAAACAGCCCGAUUCCGCUGCAGAGUGACCGGUUAUCCAUCACCCAAGGUUAACUGGUACAUCAACGGACAACUUAUCCGCAAAAGCAAGAGAUACAGACUUCGGUAUGAUGGUAUUUACUAUCUGGAGGUUCUCGACAUCAAGUCCUAUGAUUCAGGAGAGGUCAGAGUGGUUGCAGACAAUAACCUGGGCUCAGCCGAGCACACUGUGAAGCUGGAGAUUCAGCAGAAAGAGGACUUCAGAACUCAUCUUCGUAGGGCUCCCGAGGCAAAGGCAGCUGAGGCCAUACCUGAACUUGGAAAAACACCAUUUGAGGUGGUGACGGUUGAGAAACCCACAGACGAAACUCAUCUGAAAGAGGUGGUCAAGCUCAAGAAGGUCCAUAGAAUCGUCCAUGAGAAAGCCAGAGAGGAGUCAGAAGAGCUGAGGAGCAAGUUUAAGCGCAGGACAGAGGAAGGCUAUUACGAGUCCAUCACUGCAGUGGAGCUCAAGUCACGCAAGAGGGAUGACUCCUACGAGGAUCUACUGAAGAAGACAAAGGACGAACUGCUUCACCACGCUAAGUUGAGGGAGGAGGCUGAGAGAAAGAAGGAGGAGGAGCGCCUCAAACUUACUGCUAAACCACUCAAACCAGAAAGGGUUAAGCUCUCAGCCAGCAUGGAAGCUCCGAAGAUCCUGGAGCGUAUUACCAGCCAAACAGUUGCACAGGGUGAAGAAGUAAAAUUCAGAGCCCGAGUCGUCGGCAGACCAGACCCUGAGUGUCAGUGGUUCAAGAACGGUGUUCAGCUGGAGAAGUCCGAACGUAUUUACUGGUUCUGGCCUGAAGAUCAUGUGUGUGAACUGGUGAUCAGAGAUGUCAGAGCAGAGGAUUCUGCUAGCAUCAUGGUUAAAGCUGUGAACAAGGCUGGAGAGACUUCCAGCCAUGCUUUCCUGCUGGUGCAAGCAAAACAAGUCAUCACCUUCACCCAGAAACUGGAAGAGAUCAAUGCCAAGGAGAAGGAAACCAUGGCUACCUUUGAAUGUGAAACCAGCGAGCCUUUCGUCAAGGUCAAAUGGCUGAAGAAUAAUGUGGAGAUCUUCUCUGGAGACAAAUACAGGAUGCACUCUGACAGGAAGGUUCACUUCCUGUCUGUGCUGUUGGUUGACAUGAAGGAUGAUGCAGAAUACACCUGCGAGGUUGUAGAUGAGGAUCACGUCAGGACAACUGCCAAGCUUAAUGUUGAAGGAGCCCCACUGGAGAUCCUGAAGCAGCUGGAGAGCACAGAGGUACCGGAGACGUACUCUGGAGAGUUUGAGUGCGUUGUGACUCGUGAGGAUGCUGAGGGCAGCUGGUUCUUCGGAGAAAAGCAGCUCUCUCCCAGCAGUAAAUACGUCAUUUCCUCCCGUCGUGGACGACACAGCCUAUCCGUCAAGGAUGUCAAGAAGGAGGACCAGGGAAAAUAUAGCUUCAAAGUGGGCGAGUUCCAGACAAGUGCUUCACUGAAGAUGAAAUUGCGUCCCGUGACUUUGAUGCAGCCUCUGACCGACCUGACCGUCUGUGAGGGUGACAUUGCUCAGCUGGAAGUCAAGUUCUCCCAGGAGAACGUUGAAGGAACCUGGAUGAAGAACGGACAGCCCGUCACUGCCUCAAGCCGUGUGCACAUUGUAAUCGACAAACAUAUCCACAAACUCCUGAUUGAAGACACCAACAAGGAUGACUUGGGAACGUACUCCUUUGAGGUUCCUGCUCAGGAGAUCUCAACCUCCGCAAAGCUGACCGUACAGAUUAUUGGCAUCCUGACCCCACUGAAGGAUAUAAGUGCUGUUGAGGGCACCAAGGCUGUUCUGGAGGCCAAGAUCUCCGCUCAGGACAUCAGCUCAGUCAAAUGGUAUCACAACGACAAACUGCUGACCUCCAGUGACCGAGUCCACAUAGUGGCAAAGGGAGCCAAGCAGCGUCUUGUCUUCACCAGGACAUAUGCCUCCGAUGAGGGACACUACAAGCUGGUGGUUGGCCGAGCUGACACCAGCUGCAAAUUGUCUGUUCAGACUGUCGAGAUUGUGACCCCAAUGAAGGACAAUGAGUGCUCUGAGUCUGAGCACAUUAAAUUCGAAGUCGAGCUUUCUCACCCAGGCAUCAUCGCCUUCUGGACUUUCAAGAAUGAGCCGCUGAAACACAGUAGCAAGUACAAGAUGGAGUCCAAGAACAAGCACCACACCCUGAUGGUCAUGGACAUAAUGAAGGAUGAGGAGGGCGAAUACAUGUUCGCCGCUGGUGAGAAGAGGUGCAGCGCUAAGCUCACUGUGUCAGGUGGUGCUAUCAAGAAGCCUCUGCGUGAUUUGGUGGUGGCUGACUCCCAGACCGCUGUGCUGGAGUGUGAAGUAGCCAACCCGUCCUCAGAGGGCAAGUGGCUCAAAGAUGGCGAGCCCAUCGACUUCAAUGAGAACGUGCUGAGUGAGGUGAAGGGUGCCGUCAGACGCCUCGUCAUCGUCAUCACCAAAGGCACCCACAUCGGAGAGUACACAUAUCAGGUCGCCAGCUCCAAGACCUCAGCCAAUCUGAAAGUUGAGGCUGUGAAGGUGAAGAAGACCCUGAAAAACCUAAAUGUGGUCGAGACACAGGACGCUGUUUUCAACCUGGAGCUGACCCACGAAGACGUGAAGGGAUCGCAGUGGGUCAAGAAUGGCGUCGAAAUCCAGCCCAGUGAUAAAUAUGAGAUCAUCACUGAAGGCACAGCCCACACCCUGAAGAUCAAGAACUGCAACACACAUGACGAAUCCGUUUAUUCUUUCAGACUGGGGAAACUGUCUGCAAGCGCCAGGCUGAACGUUGAAAUGAUCAAGAUCCUGAAGAAGCCAAAGGAUGUUACAUCACUGUUGGGAGCAACUGCUGUAUUCGAGGUUGGCAUCUCUGAGGACGACAUCCCCCUGAAAUGGAUGUUCAAAAACGUUGAGCUGAAGCAGAAUGAGCACUACAAGAUGUUCAGUGAGAAGAAGACCCACAAACUGACUAUCCAGAAUGUGGACAACAGCAAAGAGGGAGAGUACACCGCCGUGGUGGGCCAUCUGCAGUGCAGCGCUCGCCUCACCGUCGAGUCUCUGCGAGUCACCAAAAGCUUGAAGAACGUUGAGGUCCCUGAGACCCAGGUGGCCACGUUCGAGUGUGAGGUUUCUCACUUCAACGCACCAUCCACCUGGUUGAAGGACGGUGUGGAGAUCGAGAUGAGCGAGAAGUUCAGGAUGGUGGUUCAGGGAAAACAUCACCAGUUGACGAUCAUGAACACCUGCAGCAAGAACGACGCUGGAGAGUACACCUUCGUCUGCGGGACCGACAGAGUCUCUGCAACACUAACCGUUCACCCGAUCCUCAUCACGAAGAUGCUGGAGCACGUGAACGCUCAGGAGAAAGACACAGUCACAUUUGAGGUGCACGUCAACUACGAGGGAAUCACAUACAAAUGGCUGAAGAACGGCGUUGAGAUCCGCUCCACAGACAGAUCCCAGGCUCGCUGCAAACAGCUGAUUCACACUCUGAACAUCAGGAAUGUUCAUUUUGGAGACAGCGCUGAGUACACCUUCAUGGCCGGCUCUGCAGUGACUACAGCUAAACUUGACGUUGAGGCCCGAGUGAUUGAAUUCACCAGACACCUGAGGGACCUGAAGAUCACGGAGAAAAAGAGGGCGACCUUUGAAUGUGAACUUUCUGAACCAAACAUUCAUGUGAUAUGGAUGAAGGAUGGUCAGGAGCUGGACAUGUCCGACAGAUAUAAAAUGAGCUCAGAUAAGUUUGUGCACCAACUGGUUUUGCCAUCCGUCCGCCUGUCUGACGCCGGAGAAUACACCGCCGUGGCUGGGGCCAGUAUGUCCAAGGGCAGCCUGGCAGUCGAAGGACGGGACAUCAAAAUCUCAGAACCUGAGAGCAGGGACAUAACUGUUGUUGAGAAACACAGAGCGACCUUUGAGUUCGAGGUGAACGAGGAUGACGUGGAGGGCCGCUGGAUGAGAAACGAAGUGGAGAUCCAGUUCGAGGUGGAGGACAGGUUCAGCUACAUCUCCAUCAAGAAGCUCCACCGCCUCACCAUCUCUGAGACCUACAGGAGUGAUGCUGGGGAGUACACCUUCUUAGCCGGCAAAAACAGGAGCACCAUGAACCUUCAUGUCAAACUCCCCGAGCCUCCUAAGAUCAUCCGGCCCAUGGAGCCCCAGACGGUGACAUCGGGUAAAUCGAUUCGCUUCACGGUGCAGGCGACCGGCAUCCCUCAGCCUCAUAUGACCUGGUACAAGGACUCCCAGGCUCUGGCCUCCGGCUACAAAUGCAAGAUCCUCCACGACGAAGAAGAGUACACGCUGCUGCUGCUCGAAGUCUUCCCGGAGGACGCCGCCACCUACAGCUGCAAGGCACACAAUGAUUACGGAGAGGUGACGAGCUCCGCCCCUCUCACUGUGGAAGUUCCUGAAGUGGUUGAAACUGUGGCUCGGGUCUCUGCUCCGGUCAUCAUCACUCCCCUGCAGAACGUCCUGGUAACAGAGGGACACCCUGCCCAACUCCAGUGCACCGUCUCUGGGGAAGAUCUGCAGAUUUCUUGGUUCUUGAAUGAGAAAGAGCUCAGGGAGUCAGACAUCUUCAAGAUGUCUCAUUAUGGUGAAACCUGCCGUUUGGAGAUUACCAGAGUUCUCCGCAACCACGAAGGAGAGUUUUCAUGUCUUGCCACAAAUUCGGCGGGAAUGGUCACAUGUGCUGCGACCCUGAGUAUCGAUGAUGAAAAAGCCUUAGCUAUUGUGUCAAGCACUGGGGCUGAGACUAAACUAAAUCAGAGACUGGAGGCUCAGACUGAGAGUUUCCGUUCUCUGUCAGUCGGACAGACAGCCCGCAGUGUUGAGUUUACUGAGACUGUCUCUGAGAGCUCCUCUGUGUCUUGGAGGAUGGUUGAGUUUCAGAUGGAGAGUGUAAGCUCGAAGGAGACGAGUUCUGAGAGCAGCAUUCAGAUCAAACUCUCAGCCAGCCCCAAACUGCUGAUGGAAAUGAGCGAUGUCCGGGUGAAAAGUGGCGAGAUGGCCGAGUUCAGCUGCUCAUUUGACGGGCAGCCCUUCACCGGUGUGGUAUGGGAUCAUAACGGCCAGAGCCUGGCAGACACAGAGCGAGUGAAGAGCUCUCAGAGUGGGGGUUUGUUGUCCCUGGUCAUCCAAGGUGUUGGUGUGGCGGACCAGGGCAUGUAUUGCUGCACCGCCACCAACCAACAUGGCCAGAGCAGCUCCUCUGCCCAGCUCACUGUUGAAGCUAAAGAAGCAAAUCUCAAAGCAGAAACCCCCAUCCCUACCGAUUCUGUACGUAAAGUGUCUCAGGCAGACAGGGAGACCGCUAGAGAUCCCCCUGAACAAGACAAGCAAGAGGCAGUGGAGAAGCCGGGACCCUCACCUCCAUCUUCCAAGAGACCUCACAGCCUUAUCAGCCACCUGUAUUUCCCCGACGUCAUGCCUCAUGAUAAGCGAAGUCAUCUCCUCUCCAGCUGCCCCGAGUUCCUGAUCAAACUCCCCCCUGAGCUGAUGAUCAGAAACAGAGACAGCGGCUCCCUGUAUUGCGUUAUGAAGGGGGUUCCCACUCCGUUUGUCAUUUGGCUUUACAACCGGUUGAAUGUUGAGGAUUCAGUGUCUUACUCUCUGAAACAUGACGGCCCCCUGUGCUAUAUGAAUGUUAACAAUGUGGGACCCAGACAAGGGGGCUCUUACACUUGCAAAAAUGUCACCUCAGCUGACGAUGCUGAGUGCAGCACAGUGAUGAAAGCAACUGCAGCAGAAAAGGAAUCUGUGACUCAGGUCCAUGAGGAAAUGAAAGCCUUCUCUAGCUCAACAAUCACAGUGGAAGAGGAAACCCAGGAGUCGUACUACACUGGCCUAAAGUUACCAGACAAAACCAGAACACUUGAACUCAAGCCAGAGUCCAAACAAUACUCCAGCUCUUUGGAAAAGAAAAAAGAAAAGCCAGUUUUCCUCAGUGAACUUUCUCCAGCAGCUGUGACUGUUGGAGAAACUGCUGUGUUUACCGUCAAAGUGUCCGGUUUCCCUAAGCCCACUGUUCAGUGGUUCCACGAUGGGCAGAGUAUAACGAGUUCAUCUGUGUAUUCUUUUAUUCAUGAGCAAGAUGAGUACAGCCUGGUUAUCAACAAAGUUGAAAGGGAGUUCGAAGGAGAGUACACCUGCACUGUCAGCAAUAGGUUUGGCCAGUCAACUUGCACUUCUUAUCUGCAUAUUCAGGUGAAGGAACCAGAAAGGGGGGACAAAGUAGACAGGAGGACCUUUGUGCCAACUGGCAAACCUCCAGAGUUCACUAAAACUAUAGAGUCUGUUCAGCUGUCUGAGGGAGGUCAGGCUUUCUUCAGGUACAUUGUGACCGGAGAUCCUCUCCCUGAGGUUCAGUGGCUCAAAGGCAGCUUCCACAUUCAGCCCAGCGGGUUCUGUAUUGUUGUGAAAAAACCAGAUGGAUCAGGCUUUAUUCAUAUUAAGAGUGUAAAACAGGAGGACGGCGGUGUUUACACCUGUAAGGCCUCCAACCAGUUUGGGGAAGCCACUUGUACCGCUGAGCUGCUGGUGUUCACGGAGAAAAUUAAGGAAGAGUUAGUUAAGAAAACCAAAGGUUUGAAAAUAUCCAUGACCGAACAAACAACAGAAUCCAGAUUAUACCAGGAAAGAAGUCGGUCUGAUCAGAUGAUUUAUACCAUCAGUACUGAAGACAGGCAGAUUAUCCCCAGCGAGGAGGUAGGAACCCUCAGAGAGGUAGAUAUCUCUGCUGCCUCCCUUCAUCGAGAGCAGCUAACCCACCAGGCGGCAGUGCUGCAGGCUCAUGAGAUACAGGAGAGGGUUUCUUUGGCUCCUACCCAUCCACCUCAGGUUUCAGCUGUCCCUAUGAAAGAACUUCACAUGGCGACUUUCUUAUCUUCAGUCCAGGAGAGUCAAAAGAUGACUGAGCAGCAUUCUGAACGCAUUAUCAGCCCCGAGGUAGUUGAACUCGAGUUAGCCAAGGAGCAGCCAUCUAAACUCAUGUCGGCCACAUCUGAGGAGGUCCUGCCACUCUCCACAGUGAGAGCCGAGGCCUUGACGGACCAGACUCCAGAGCAUGUGAAGACCUUCACUGAACCCAGGCAGCUUGUUAGUGGUCACCAAGUAGUGUCCACUCUACCCAUCCUUGACGAAACUUCAGGCGUCACACACAGACCAGGGGAAGAGAAGAGUUUCAGGGUCACGGAGGGGAUUAAGAUUUUAUACUCGGCCCAGUCUACUGGGCAACUACCAAUCACAGAAAGACACUCUGAGCCUCUGCCAACUUUAGCGGCAGCUACCAAACCCUUGACAGAGAAAGAGCAACCUAAGCCUGUUGUAGCACCAGUGAGUGAAACGAGAGUGGUUUUAUCCAAAGAGCAGACUUUUGAAAUACACAGACCAUCAAAGGAGAGUCUCACUCCAUGCAAAGACAUGGACUAUAAGUUGGCUAUAACCACUGAAGAGAAAUAUGAGCUCCAGGGUGAACAGGCCGGACAGGUGGCAGGUAUAGCAUCUUAUGUGUCUCUGCAGCCUCAGCGAGAGGGAGAAAGACUCCUGAAUCUGCAGGUUAUCAGCGAUCAGGACGUUUUACACUCUGAGAGUAGGUUCAGCAGUGAAAAGCCCUCGACAGAGCAGGCAGAUUCGAGGAAGAGUCCUGCUUUGUUGCAUUCAGUGACUCAAGAAGAGCAGAGGACAGUGGUUUGUGAGGGAACGUCAGAGUUCUCAGCAAAGAUUGAUGCAGAGUCCAUUCAGCCAAAGAAAGAGCUACCACCCGUAAAGUACCUCCAGUCCAUUCAUUCUUUCUCAGUUUUACCAAAGGAAGGCAUACUCUCCAUCACUAAACCUGACCAACAGGUGUCAACGCAGAAACAGGAAAAGGUUAAGAGGCAUGCAGCCACCUCAGAAGAGAGAAGGGAGAUCAUAGCUGAUUCUUCCAAAGAUCUGAAACUGUCAGAGACCGGGGUUCAGUCUCAGCUUCGAAUUGAGCCCAGGCCUUCAAACAUCCUCACGAUCUCCUCCCAGCCUCUGCAGCUGCCAAAGGAGACACCUUUCAUCACAGACACCAAGCAGCAGCGAGCCCUUGUGCAGAAAGAGGAUUACUGGAAUAUCAUGCAUUCACUGAAUGUCACAGACUCUCAGACUCUGGAGGAGGGUCACACCACCGCCAUUGAAAGUGAUGAGAAAUUCAAGCCUGAGAUGAAAAUUGAGCCCAAAAUCCCAAAGAAGCCUGUUUUUAUAGAAGAGAAGGCAGUUGCUAAUGAAAGCUGUACUCUCUUAAAAGCUGCUGAGCAGGACUUUGCAGUCCAAAUCCAGGAGGGACAGUCAGUCCGACAGUCAGUGUUGUUAGAAGAAAAACGGGUCAUUAUUGGAGAGCAGUCAAGUGAGAUACAUAAAUCUGAGGGCUCAACUGUCAGCAUCAUGAACCAGCCAAAAGAAAUCCUGUUUGUCCAUGAGUCUCUGGAGAUUCAGACCCUACCAAAAGAACUCAACUUUGUCAUUCAGAUCCCCAAACCAUCAAGUUUGAAUAUACGGCGUCAGCUCAGAGAUGCUCUUCAGUCUGCUGUGGCACGUGACCAGCCAGUGUUACUGGCUGACGUUGUAGGAAGGUUAGAUGUGGUAGAGGUACAGGAAGUGAGGGUUCAGAGAGAGCCCAAACAGACCACAUAUACAUACCUGAUCACAACACCCGGUGCCCCCAUGGAGAUCACACUGUCUUUUGAGGGUGAAUACCCCCAGACAGCUGACCUGAGGUCUGAACUCCAGGUAGCUCUGCAUGCUAUGGUUUUCCAGGAGCAGCAAAGUCUUACAUCAGAGCAACCAGGCACCAUGCAGAUUGACAAGCCUCAGAGAACGCUGAUUAGCUCAGCACCAUCCAAAGAGGUGUUGUCAUCUGUGGUGGACACAGUGAUGGUGGCAGAGAGUGCAGUUAGGUUUCAUGCAGCUGAAUCUCAAUCUGCAGUCAUCAAGACAGAAGCUGGUGCUUCAUUCCAAAGUGCAACGGUUCAAACUCAGUCAGAGGUUCAUGAGUCUAAACAGGUGAUUAGGAAGACAGGGAGGUCAGAGAGGCAUGCCGCUGCUGCUGAAGUGACCACCACAGUGCCUGAGGGCCAGAUUCCUGUUGAACAACAUGUGGACAUUUUUGUCCACAGAGAAACCAGGGAGGAGUAUCUUUCAGAGGCGAUUAUGAUCAGUGAGUCCUCAGACAGUCUGAUAGAUUAUCCUGUUGUCAUUGACUCUCUGGAAGACAUUUGUACUGAGGAAAACAACAAGGCUGUAUUUACUACCACCAUAAAGUAUGCAACCAGAAUCAACUGGUUUUUCAAUGGACAAUUGGUGAAAUCUGGCAAAGAGUUCAAGUGUUCUAAAGAUCAUGACACAUACACACUAGUUAUCGACAAAGUUGUCAAGGAGAAGCAUCAAGGAGAGUAUGUCUGUGAGGCUGAGAAUGAAGCCGGCAAGACUACAACAUCUACAAGGCUCAAAGUGGUCUCAAGAGUGAAACCUGUGUUCAGGCACAAAAUUGUCCCAGUGGAGAUCAACAUUGGUAGCACUGCAAUAUUUGAAUGUGAAAUUGAGGAAGCCCCGAAUGUGACCUUCAGCUGGCUCAAAGAUGGACAUCCCAUCAAAGAGGGUGAUAAUUACAGGAUUGUCAGUCACAUCAGCACUUCCUCUCUGGAGCUUCUGAGCCCAAACAAAGGCGACAGUGGUGAAUACACCUGCAAGGCAUCCAAUCAGCAUGGCAGUGAUACAUGCUCGGCCUCUCUCAGCGUGACAGAACAAUUCCCUCCUGCCUUUAAAACUAAACCUGACCCUCAAACUGUAUAUGUUGGAAAGAGGGCUGUGAUACAGUGUGAAAUAACAGGAUCUGCUCCUCUGAAUGUUGUCUGGCUCAAAGACAACCAAGCCAUACCCAAAGUGGCGACACAAUACCAAACCUCUUGUGAAAAGAAUAAGCACACUCUUGAGAUAACCAAACUUGAGCCAGCUGACCGGGGGCUUUACAUGUGCAAAGUAUCCAAUAAUGUUGGGACGGCUGAGUGCAGCAUGGAACUGUGUGUUAUUGAUAAGCCCAACUUUGUAAAGCCCCUGGGUCCGGUUGCUGCUGUGGUCGGAGCUCCUCUACACCUGGAGUGUCAGGUGGAUGAGGACACUGGAGUUACUGUCACCUGGACCAGAGAUGGUAGAAGGGUCCACCAGUCUCCGGACUGUAAACUGUCGUUUGAGGAUAAGACAGUUACUCUUGCUGUCCUAAAGACCACCCUGAAAGAUUGUGGAAAUUAUGUGUGUACGGUGACAAAUGAAGCUGGGAGUGCAACUUGCUCCACCUCGGUGAAGGUACAAGAGCCGCCAGUCUUUGUAAAGAGGCUGGAAGCCACCACAGUUUGGAAGCAAGGCAGCACUGUACGCCUGCAAUGCACCAUCAAAGGAUCUCCUGAACUUCAUACCACCUGGUUCUUUAAUAACCGCGAUCUGUCUGCUGGUGGCAGAUAUGGUAUCAGUCUGAAGGAUGGUCUUGCCACUCUUGAGAUACAGGACGUCACAUUGAGUGACAGUGGAAACUACACUUGUGAGGUUCUGAAUGAGUCUGGGUGUGAAAGCUGCAGUACUAAAGUAACAGUAAAAGAACCACCAUCUUUCAGAAAGGAGUUACCCUCCUUAGAGGCAUUGAGAGGAUCUGUAGCUGUAUUGGAAUAUGAGAUUGCAGGGUCUGCCCCAUUCAAGGUAGCCUGGAAAAAGAAUAAGAAACGCCUGUCCACAGAUAAGAAAUACCGAGUUGUGUCGCAGGGAUCACUGACCUCUCUGGAGAUCCAGUCUUUUGAGAGUGCUGAUGUUGGUGAAUACGAAUGUGUGGUAUCAAAUGAGGUUGGGUCAGUAACCUCAAAGUCUGUAGCUAAACAGAAAGAACCACCUAUGUUCUCAAAGAGGAUUGAGAGUGCUACCGCCGUGAUGGGAAGCACAGUGAAAAUACAGGGAAUGAUAAAAGGCUCAGCUCCAAUCACUGUCAAAUGGAUGAAAGACUCUGAAUUGCUAAGAGAUGAUGAUCCAAAUGUCAAAAUAACAUUUGAGAACAACAUUGCAAGUAUUUCCUUCUCAUCUGUUGAGAUAAAGCAUAGUGGCAAAUAUACUUGCCUGGCAGAAAAUGAGGCAGGACAGCAGAAAUGCGAGGCUGUCUUAACAAUUCAAGAACCUGCUAGGAUCUUAGAGAAAGCAGCGUCCAUCAGUGUGACAGCAGGGGAUUCUGCCACAUUGGAGUGCACGAUUUCUGGAAGCCCAGACCUCAAAGUGAAAUGGUUUCAAGACAGCAAGGAGAUCAGCAGUGGCCGAAAAUAUAAAAUGACAGUGAAGGACAACACUGCUAUCUUAAAGAUUCUGGCAGCAGAUAAAGGAGACACCUCAGAGUACAAGAUGGAGGUGUCCAAUAAAGUCGGAAAAGACCAGUGCACCUGCUCAGUCACUGUUAUCGAUCGUGCAGUUCCACCAUCUUUCAGCAAAACUCUAAAGAAAGUGAACGGAAAUAUUGGUAGUAAUGUUACCUUGGAAUGCAGAGUUGCUGGAUCUCAGCCAAUGGUUGUUUCUUGGUACAAAGAUGAUAAAGAACUCCACAGUGAUGGCAAAUAUAAGCUCGAAUUCAGUGAGAGCAAAGCCUCUGUGAUGAUAACCGGCCUGGAGCAAAGUGAUGGUGGAGUUUAUACAUGCCGGGCUUCUAAUAAUGCCGGGGAAAAAGAGACCUGUGGUACUUUGUCCGUCAAAGAGCCUCCAGUCUUCACAGUGAAACCUGAAUCACACGACACUCCACCAGGAUCAAAUGUUGUCUUAAAAUCAGCCUUUACAGGAUCGGCUCCUCUGGUUGUUAAAUGGUUCAAAGAAGAGAAAGAAAUGUUCACUGGGGGAAAAUGUUUCAUAAAGAAAGAUGCCUCUUCAAGCUCCUUGGAGCUUCACUCUGUGAAACCCAGUGACUCAGCUAAAUACACAUGCCAAGUGUCCAAUGAUGCUGGGAAGGUGGAUUGCACUGCCGUCCUCUUUGUAAAAGAAUCCCCAACAUUUACAAUGAAGCUCGAGCCUUCACAGCUGCUGAAAUCUGGACAGCCUCUGAAGUUGUCCUGCAAAGUGCACGGCACCCCCGUUAUUAGCAUCACAUGGUUUAAAAAUGGAGAAGAAAUAAGUUCAGACCACAGACACACAAUGUCUUUCGACAGUUCAAUAGCGACUCUGGAGGUAGAGAACUGUUCUGUAGAGGACAGUGGAGAUUAUGUCUGUGUGGCGUCCAGCGAGGCCGGCAGAGACCAGUGCAGCAGCUCAGUUACAGUGAAAGAGCCUCCAAUGUUUCUGAGGCCUUUUGAAUCAGCUGAGCUCGUAAAGGGAUCCAACAUUAUCUUAGAAGGAACUGUUUCAGGCUCUGGUCCAUUUGAAAUAAGUUGCUUCCACAAUGACAAGCUGAUCAGAAACGACAAAAGGCAUUUGAUCUGUGUCGAGAAUGACACAGUCACUCUUCACAUCUCAAACUGUGAGAGCGGAGAUGAUGGGGCAUACCAGUGCACCGUUGCAAAUGAUGUCGGGGAAACAUCUUGUUCUUGCCAGAUUUCACUGAAAGAACCACCAAUAUUUGUUCAGAGACUAGAGAAUAUGUCCUGCAUGGUGGGCUCUGAGGUCUCUAUGAAGUGUGUGUUGUCUGGAUCACUUCCCAUGACUUUCUCCUGGAUCAAGGAUGAUCAUGAGCUCACUGAAAAUGAGCACAUUAAGAUGUCCUUUGAAACAAAAUGUGCUGUGUUGAAUUUGAAAAAUGCUCAGUUAUCACACAGUGGGAAAUAUUUCUGUCAGGCACAGAAUAAAGCUGGGACUCAGAGAUGUGCUGCUGUGCUCAUAGUGACAGAGCCAGCAAGUAUUUUAGAACAUGCAAAGUCCAUCAGUGUCACCCAGGGCGACCCGGCCAGGCUGGAAUGCAGAUUCACAGGCACCAAGCCGCUCAAAUCCAGAUGGAUGAAGGCAGGAGAGGAGCUGACCUCAGGCCAGAGAUACAAAGUACAGAGCACAGACACCAGCUCUGUGCUCAGGAUUAUUAAAACGGAGAAAAGAGAUAGUGGUGAAUACACCUUUGAGGUUUCAAACGAAUCUGGGUGCAGUUCUUGUGAGACAGCAGUUACUGUGUUAGAACCACCAUGCAUUCUUGAAAAGCCUGAAUCCAUGAAUAUUUUGCCUGGCUCAAAGGUUAAGUUUAACGUUCGUGUCUCUGGCACGCCACCGCUGACCAUCCAAUGGUUUAAAAACAAGAAAGAGAUUUUAUCUGGUGCCGACUGCUCUGUGAUCAAAGACAACACCUCAAGCUCACUGGAGCUCUUCUUUGCCAAAGUCUUCGAUUCUGGAGUUUACAUCUGUGAAAUACAGAAUGAUGUCGGCUCCACUUCAUGCCAGGCAACACUCUUUGUAAAAGAGCCACCCUUUUUUAUUGAGAAACCUGAAGGAGUGUCGUUAGUGAAAGUAGGAGACAGUCAUGUGUUCAAGUGCAAGGUUGCUGGUACUCCAGAGAUCUCUGUGCGUUGGUUCAGAGAUGGAUCUGAGAUUCACCAAAGUGUCAAACACAAGAUGUUGUUUUUCAAUUCUGUCGCCACCUUAGAUAUAUGUCAAGUUUGUGAAAAUGACAGCGGGAAAUACUUCUGUGAAGCCAGCAACGAAGCAGGCACAGAGAGUUGCACUGUUGAGCUGGAAGUUAAAGAGCCUCCUUCGUUUGUUGACGAACUGACGUCUCAUGAAAUUGUUAAAGGUUCUGCAGCAGUGUUUGCUUGCAAAGUGGCAGGAAGUGCUCCAUUUAAGGUCACAUGGUUCAAAGAUAAAAAGCCAAUCAAAUCCAGCCAAAAGUAUUUUAUCGUUGAUAGUGAAAAUGUCAGCUUGAAAAUCCAGGACUGUGAAGUGCAGGAUGUCGGUAUUUAUCAGUGUGUGGUUGCCAAUGAGGUUGGAAGCUGCUCUGGCUCAGCAGCCUUAUCAAUGAAAGUCCCUCCGACAUUUAUUAAGAAGAUAGAAAAUGUGUCCACUAUUUGGGGAGAUGUUGCAGUCUUUUCCUGCAGAGUGGAAGGUUCUCCCCCUCUUUCUGUACAAUGGCAAAAAGAUGAGAACUGGAUCUCAGAGGAUCCAAAGAUUGAGAGAACAUUUGAGAACACAGUGGCAACUCUCAGGAUUCCUGCCUGUGAGGCAAGUCACAGUGGGAAAUACACCUGCCAGGUGGUAAAUGAAGCUGGGCAAGACAAAUGCUUUGCCACCCUCAUAGUGCAAGAACCACCUAUGAUCCAAGAGAAGCCAGAGGUAGUCAAAGUGACUCAUGGAGAUCCAGUUAGUCUUGAGUGCAGAGUAGCUGGAACUCCCGAGAUCAUUAUAAGAUGGAGCAAAGAUGGCAGAGAGCUCCAGUCAAGUAGAAAAUAUCAUGUCUGCUACGAGAACAACCUCAGUAGUCUGAACAUUCAGUCCUCUCAGCUGGAAGACAGCGGAGAGUACCUGUUCAAAGCCACAAACUCUGUUGGAACCUGUAGUUGUAAAGUCAUGCUGGUUGUUUUAGAAGAGGUCAUUCCUCCAACAUUCAUGAGGAAAUUAACGAACAUACAAGCAAUUAUGGGUUCAGUGGUUACAAUGGAGUGCAAAGUGGCUGGUUCUCUUCCAAUAUCAGUUGAAUGGAGCAAAGGGAAACAAAAGCUCACCAAAAGCUCCAAAUAUAAAUUCCUGCACAUUGACAACACUGUCUCGCUUGAGUUACAACUGAUUGAGAGUACUGAUACCGGAGAGUAUUCCUGUAAAGUUACCAACAAAGCAGGCAGCAGUGUAUGCUGUGGAGUUCUUACAGCUAAAGUGCCACCAACAUUUGUAGCUGAACCUGAGUCUCAGGCUGUUGUUCCAAAGUCUACUGUACUCUUCAGAAGUGUCUUUGAAGGAACACCUCCAUUUACAGUGAAAUGGUUCAAGGAUGACAUCGAACUAAUCACUGGGCCAUUGUGUAUGAUUAGACUUGAGGAAUAUUCCUCCUCUGUAGAGCUUCACUCAGUCGGGACUCUGCAAAGUGGGAUUUAUUCUUGCCAAGUUAGCAAUGAAGCAGGCGCAGUGAAAAGUACAGCGGAGCUGUUGGUGAAAGAACCUCCUCAGUUUGUCCUGAAACUGCCUCCAAAUACCUUUGUGAAGCAGUGUGAAGGACACCGUCUUGAAUGCAAGGCCACCAGCUCACAUUCACUGAAUAUUUGCUGGUACAAAAAUGACCAAAAGAUAACCGAUGGAGGAAACUAUAAAACAAUGUUUGUUGACUCGACUGCAUACCUGCAGCUGCGCAGCACAAGGUUUGAGGAUAACGGAGUCUACACCUGUGAGGCUCAUAAUGAUGCUGGCAGUAUAAGCUGCAGCACCAUUCUCACGGUUCAAGAGUCCCCAUCCUUUAUUAAAACUCCAAACCCAGUGGAGGCCAUUUAUGGGAAAGAUGCCAGCCUGCACUGUGAGCUGUAUGGCUCUCCACCUUUCCAGAUUAACUGGUACAAAGACAAAAGGCCACUUAAGGAGAGCAGGAAAUAUAAGAUGGUCAGUGAGGGCAGUUCUGCCUCACUUCACAUAAUGAAACUGGAGCAUGACGAUGCUGGUCUUUAUGAGUGCAGGGUUUCAAACAAUGUAGGAAGUGAAUCCUGCCGCACUACCAUUAGCCUAAAAGAGCAACCGGUGUUUGUCAAGAAACUGGUCGACCAGUCUGUGAGAGUCGGUCAACAGCUGACAUUGACAGCCACAGUGAAAGGCUCUGAGCCUUUGACUGUGUCCUGGGUUCAGGACAAAGAUCACAUUCUCAGAGACGGUGACAAUAGAAAGAUCACAUUUGAGAACAGUGUGGUCACCCUUGUAGUGCCCAAGGCUGACUCGACCACAGCUGGUACAUACACCUGCCAGCUGAGGAAUGACUCUGGAGUUGUGGAGUGUGUCUCCCAAGUGACGGUUCUAGAACCCGCGGCCAUUGUGGAUAGCCCCGAGACUUUGAACGUGAAGUCAGGAGAGACUGCAACUCUUGAAGUCACAGUAUCUGGCUCACCAGAGCUAAAAACUAAGUGGUUCAAGGAUAACAAAGAUCUCUCUGCUGGCGCCAAGUAUCAGAUGUCCUUCUCAAAGAAGGUUGCCACCCUGAAGAUUCGGUCCGCUGAUAAAUCAGACGCAGGAGAAUACAAGCUAGAGGUUACAAACCAUGUAGGGGCAGCCUCUUGUAAAACCAAGCUCUCUGUCUCAGAUAAGUUGAUUCCACCGAGUUUCGUAAGGAAGCUGAGAAACACUCACCUUGUUGUGGCAAAACCAGGUGAGAUGGAGUGUAGGGUCUCUGGCUCUGCUCCUUUAACAAUUUCCUGGUUCCACAAUGGACAGGAGAUCAAGAAGGGCCCAAACUAUGAUAUUAGCUGCUCUGAUAAUAACUGCAAACUGAGACUUCCAACAAUCAAGAUGUCAGAUUCCGGCAAAUACACAUGCAAAGCUGUAAAUGCUGCAGGAGCCAGUGAGACGAGUGCUUCAAUGAAUGUGACAGAACCUCCAUCUUUUGUGGAAACACCUGAGAUGAGGGAAACGUUGCCCGGCAAAAACGUGUCUUUCUCGGCUAAAGUGAAAGGCAGUGCCCCCCUGAAAGUCAAAUGGUUCAGGGGAGCCAAGGAAAUGCAGCAUGGAAGAGGCUGCGAGAUCACCCUGAAGGAUGAUGUCACCACUUUGGUGCUUCACAGAGUAGAAAAAUCCCAUGCUGGAGAGUACACCUGCCAGAUCAUUAAUGAAGCAGGGAAGGAAAACUGCCCAGUUUACCUGUUUGUUAAAGAACCAGUCCACUUUGUGAAGAAGCUGAAGGACAUUUCUUCUGAAAAGGGCAAGCCUCUGAGGCUUGAGGUCACAUUCGCUGGAACUCCCAGGAUAAAUGUGACCUGGAAGAAGGACGGUAAACUCAUCUGGGCUUCAUAUCAGUACAAUGUGACCACCACAGACACUUCUUGCAUUCUGGAGGUUCUUAACUCUGACAGGAUGGAAGCAGCCGGUAGAUACUCUUGUGAAGUUGACAACGGAGUCGGAAAUGACAUUUGCAACGCGCAAGUGUCAAUUCUAGAACGACCAUACUUUGUUGAAAAGAUGGAGCCAGUGGAGGUAACUAUGGGCGAUGCGGUUACCCUGCAAUGCCAUAUUACGGGAACUCCUGACAUCACCGUAACUUGGUUUAAAGCUGAUGGAAAGCUGCGCAAGUCCAAUACUUGCUCAAUGGACUUUGCAAAUGGUGUCGCCACUUUGAAAUUGAUCAAAACGACCAAGUUCGAUCACGGCGAAUACAUCUGCAAGGCAGAAAACCGGGUCGGUUCAGCCUCCGCCAACUGUAAUGUGACGGUGAAAGAACCUGUGCGCUUUAUCAAGAAGCUGGAGGACACUGCUUUCAUAGUCGGUCAACCGCUGAAACUAGUCUGUGUAUACACCGGAAGCCAGAGGGUCUACGUCACGUGGAAAAAGGACGGCAAGCUGAUUUGGGCCUCUUAUCAGUAUAAUGUUAAAACUACUGAUUCAACCUGCACUCUGGAGGUCCUCAACAGUGACAGGCCUGAGGCAGCUGGAACAUACUCUUGUGAAAUUUCCAACGGAGCUGGAACUGACGUCUGCCAAGCUCGUGUCAGCCUAGAGCCAGCACGCUUCAUGAAGAAGCUGGAAGACACAUAUUUCAGACUCCGUGAACCUUUGACCCUCAAGUGCAUGUACACUGGUAGCCAGAGAGUGUAUGUGACCUGGAAGAAGGACGGCAAACUAAUCUGGGCAUCAUACAAGUACAAUGUCAAGACCACUGAUGAUACCUGCAUCUUGGAGGUCCUCAACAGUGACCGAGAAGAGGCUGUUGGAAGAUACACAUGUGAAAUUUCUAACGCUGAAGGAACCGAUAUCUGCCAUGCUAAUGUCAGACUAGAACCUGUUGGCUUUGUGCGAAAAUUGAGAAACACCUUCUAUAAAAUCGGCCACCCUUUGACGCUGGAGUGCACAUUCACUGGCAGUCAGAGGAUUUAUGUCAGCUGGAUGAAGGAUGGCAAACCCAUCUGGGCGUCGUACAAAUACAACGUCACAACUACCAACUUCUCCAGCACCCUGGAAGUUCUCAACAGUGACAGGCGGGAAGCUGUUGGGAAAUACUCAUGUGAGAUUUCCAAUUCAGAGGGCACUGAUAUCUGCCAUGCUGUGGUUAAGAUAGAACCUGUGCGCUUUGUAAAAGAGCUGGAAGACACCACUUUCAGACUCGGACAGCCCCUGUCACUGUACUGCGCUUACAGUGCCAGUCCCAGGGUCUAUGUGAGCUGGCGAAAGGACGGCAAACCAAUCUGGGCCUCCUACAAAUACAACGUAAAGACCACAGAUAAUGCGUGUGUCUUGGAGAUCCUCAACAGUGAUCGGUUAGAAGCAGCAGGGAGAUACUCCUGCGAAAUUUCUAACUCUGAAAACUCUGCUAUCUGCUGUGCACAGGUCCAACUAGAACCUGUGCGGUUUGUAAAAAAGCUGGAAGACACAACCUUUAGGGUCGGCCAGCCUCUGAGGCUUCAGGUCACGUACACAGGCAGCCAGUAUGUGUACGUGAGCUGGACAAAAGAUGGCAAACCAAUAUGGGCUUCGUAUAAGUACAACGUCAAGACCACAGACAACUCCUGUGUCUUGGAGAUUCUCAACAGUGACAAAGAAGAAGCUGCUGGGAAAUAUUCAUGUGAAAUAUCCAAUGCUAGUAGCUCUGCUAUCUGCCACUCUCAUGUCAGACUAGAACCCGUGCGCUUUGUGAAAAAGCUAGAAGACACAUCAUUCCAUCUGGGCAAUCCACUGAGUCUAGCGUGCACGUACACCGGCAGUCAGCGAGUGUAUGUGAGCUGGAUGAAGGACGGCAAGCCAAUCUGGGCUUCAUACAAAUACAACGUCAAAACCACCGAUUCCUCAUGCGUUUUGGAAGUCCUCAAUAGUGACAGAGAAGAAGCAGCUGGCAUCUAUUCUUGUCAAGUUUCUAAUGCAGAAGGUUCUGCCAUCUGUGACGCUCACGUCUUUUGUAAAACUGCUAAGAAAGAACCCGUGCGAUUUGUCAAGAAACUGGAGGACGUCUCCCAUGAACUGGGCAAACCUUUAAGGCUCGAGUGCACCUACACUGGCAGCCAGAGGGUCUACGUAACAUGGAAGAAGGACGACAAGCUGAUCUGGGCUUCUUACCAGUACAAUGUCAAAACCACAGACUCCUCCUGCGUUCUUGAGGUCCUCAACAGCGACAGAGCCGCAGCAGCAGGAAAAUACACUUGCGAAAUUUCCAAUGCCGAAGGAACUGACACCUGUCAUGCUCAUGUUAAAAUAGGAACAGAGCACACAGUCCCUCCAAAGUUCACCAAGAAGCCCUCUGAGACCAUGAUGGAUUCAGUGGGUAAGUUGGUGAAGAUAGAGGGUCGGGUUUCUGGCUCCCAGCCACUGCACGUCACAUGGUACAAGGACAACAAUGAAAUCCAUGGCUCUGACAAAUACGAUGUCAGCUUCAAGAACAACUUGGCCAUGCUGAGCAUCAGAGACUCUGCCACCUCUGACGGUGGAGUCUACACCUGCGAGGCCUCCAACGAAGCUGGCAAAGCUUCAUGUCGGGUUUCUCUCACCAUCUCAGAAACUGAACUGCCUCCUAAAUUUGAUGUCCCUCUGGAGCCGGUGACUGUAGAUGAAGGGGAUAAACUGAGCCUUAAAUGCCAUGUCAGUGGAUCUCCUCCACUGAAGAUCCAAUGGAUGAAGGACAGGAGAGAGCUGAAGUCCAGCGGAAACACCAGAAUCACCUUUGUGGGCGGGAAGGCCUGCCUGGAGAACAGCCAUGCCUCAAAGACUGAUGCAGGGGAUUACCUCUGCAAGGCCAGCAACGCUAGCGGCAGUGACUUCUGCAAGGCCAAGGUCACUGUGAAAGACAAAGGAGUCAAGAAAGCUCCCGCCGAGGCUGCCGCCCCAGUCAAAAGGCUUGACAACCUUUUCUUCAUUGAGGAACCCAAAAGUGUUUCUGUCACAGAGAAGGGCACUGCCACCUUUAUCGCCAAGAUCGGAGGAGACCCGAUCCCCAGCGUGAAGUGGAUGAAGGGCAAAUGGAGGCAGAUCACCCCUGGUGGUCGUAUCACUAUUAUGCACAAGGGCCAGGAUGCCAAACUGGAGAUCAAAGAGGUGACCAAGUCGGACUCUGGUGGCUACAGAUGUGUCGCCACCAACAAGCACGGAGAGAUCGAGUGCAGUGCUGACAUGGAGGUCACCAAAUUAGAGGAAGUGGGAGAAAUCGGAGACUUAAGGACCAAGCUGAAGAAGACUCCCUCAAAGCAGAAGAGUCCCAAGAAAGAAGGAGAAAUCAACAUUGUGGAACUGCUCAGAGGUCACGACCCCAAAGACUACGAAAGGAUCCUGACAGAGAACAAUAUCCACGACUACCGCGCCAUCCUCCAGGCCAUUGAGUUCCUGAAGAGGGAGAAGGAGAUGGAAACUGGCAGACCGGAUGUGGAGCAUGGUGGGCGCGUUGAAGAGGAGGACAUGGCCCGAUUCAUCCAGCAGCUGGAGGGUCGUGUUGGCACAGAGCCCGUCUCAGUGAUGGAGGACAUCGCUGAUCAGACGGCGCCUGAGAACCAGACCGCCACCUUCGAGUGCCAGAUCAAGAUCAACUACCCGGAGAUCACUCUGACCUGGUACAAAGGUACCCAGAAACUGGACAGCAGCAACAAGUAUGACAUCAGCAGCGUGGGCGACCGCCACUGCCUGAAAAUCAAGAACUGCCAUUCCAAAGAUCAGGGCAGUUACCGGGUGGUGUGUGGCCCUCACAUCUCCAACGCCAAGCUCACCGUCACAGCUGACCAAAUUCAGUUCACUAAACGCAUCCGAAGCAUCGAGGUCAAUGAACGCUCCUCUGCCACCUUCGAGUGCGAGUUGUCCUUCGACAAUGCCACCGUCACAUGGUACAAAGACUCAUGGGAGCUUAGAGAGAGCCCAAAAUAUAACUUCAGGACCGAAGGCCGACGGCAUUUUAUGACCAUCCGCAACGUAACUGCAGAGGACGAAGGCGUUUACUCAGUGAUCGCUCGCCUGGAGCCGAUGGGAGAAGCUCGAAGCACAGCUGAGCUUUACCUUUCAGGCAAAGGUCUGUACGUUUCAUCAGACAGCUAAAAUGUUCCUGACACAUCAGUUCAGGUGCCAGAAACAGCUUCCAUGGUUAUCUCGAGAGCUUUUGAGAGUCUGACAGUUCAAGAAGAGACAGUUUCUGUUCGGUACUCCUCCGUCACAGAAGCGAAAAAACCUGUUGAAGGAAUUGUUGAGAGGACUCAUGUUGAGAUUAGAGAAGAAGUCCCUGAAGUUCCUGAGGGUUACAUGAGACCAGAGGAGAAACCCUCUGAGACUGCAGCUCCACCUUCGGCUCCAGUCAAAGUACCUGAAGCAAAGAAGCCGGAGCCCAAGGUAACGGUCACUGCUCCACCUCAGCAAGAGGAACCUCCAGUCCCAAAAGAACCAACAAUAUACACCAAACCAGAACCUGAACCAGAGAUAGUGACCGUUCCCGGAAAGGUCACUCCUGAACCUUAUCAACCUAAGCCAACAACAGAGCCGAAAGUGAUUCCAGAGCCUGAAGUGCCUCCUAAAGUGGCACCGCCCGAGCCAAAAGUGGCCAAAAUUAAGCCUGAACCUGAGGCACCAAAAGUUGAAGCGGCCAAGAAAAUACCAGAAGCUCCUAAAGCAAGAGUGCCAACUGUAACAAAACCAGAGGAAGCCGUAGUUCAGCCAAUUGCUGCCAAGAUUACUCCACCAAAGAGUGAAGAUACAAAAGCACCAGAACCACCAAAGCCAGAUGAAUCUGUGGUUCAGCCAACUGCAGCCAAGGUUACUCCCUCCACAACUGAAUGUCUUCCAACUGAAGUGCAAGAUGUACCCAGACCAGAGGAACCAGUGUUUCAACCCUCUGCACCAAAGGUUACUCCACCCAAGGCUGAAGCUGUUCCGACUAAAGUACCUCCUCCAGAGGAGAAGAAACCAUCUGCACCUGCACCAAAGCCUUCACCUCCUCCUCCUCCUCCUCCUCCUCCUGCACCUGCAGAGAAAGUUGUUCCUCUUGCAGUAUCUCCUCCAGAGGAGAAGAAACCAUCUGCACCUGCACCAAAGCCUUCUCCUCCUCCUCCUCCUCCUCCUCCUCCUGCAGAGAAAGUUGUUCCUCUUGCAGUAUCUCCUCCAGAGGAGAAGAAACCAUCUGCACCUGCACCAAAGCCUUCUCCUCCUCCUCCUCCUCCUCCUGCACCUGCAGAGAAAGUUGCUCCUCUUGCAGUAUCUCCUCCAGAGGAGAAGAAACCAUCUGCACCUGCACCAAAGCCUUCACCUCCUCCUCCUCCUCCUGCAGAGAAAGUUGCUCCUCUUGCAGUAUCUCCUCCAGAGGAGAAGAAACCAUCUGCACCUGCACCAAAGCCUUCACCUCCUCCUCCUCCUCCUCCUGCACCUGCAGAGAAAGUUGCUCCCCCUGCAGUGACUCCUCCAGAGGAGAAGAAACCAUCUGCACCUGCACCAAAGCCUUCAGUUUCUCCUGUUCCUGCAGCCAAAGUGGCUCCUUCUGCAGAGGAAAAGAAACCAUCUCCACCAACACCAAAGCCUCCAGCAGAAAAAGUUGUUCCUACUCCAGCUCAAGUUGCACCAGUGAAGAAGACACCCUCUCCACCAGCCGUAGAGGCUGAACCGUCUCCUGUAUCGCAGAAAAUGUCUCCACCAGAAGACAAGGAACCAGUUACAGCACCUGGACCAACCAGAGAUGGAAAACCCAGAGAAGACGCACCGAAAGGCAGAGGCAGAGGACUUGGGGCAAGACAAACCCCAUCUCCUGGUGACGCUGGCAAGGGCCGGGGCCUAAGGCCCGGUGGAAAAGAGCCAUCACCUCCAGAGGACCCCUUCGGAGGAUUCAAGCUCAAACCCGUCGGCCUGAAGUUCAUCAAGAAGAUUCAGGACAUUGUGUUGAAGGAGGCCGAGUCUAUCGGCUCAUCUGCUGUGUUUGAGUGCGAGGUCACACCCUCCACUGCCAUCACGUCAUGGAUGAAAGAUGGCAGCAACCUGCGUGAAGACCCCAAGCACAAGUUCACUGCUGAUGGCAAAGAUCGCAAACUAAACAUUAUUGAUGUCCAGCUGUCUGACACUGGUGAAUAUACUUGUGUGGCCAAGAAUGCUGGCAAGGAAAUAUCAUGCACGGCCAAGCUCAUUGUUGAAGAGCUGCCUGUGAAAUGGGUAACAGAAUUGGAACCAGAGACUUCAUGUAUAAAGGGUCAGCCUAUGUAUCUGACAUGUGAGCUGAACAAAGAGAGAGAUGUGAUCUGGAAACGCAACGGUCAAGUCCUGAAGAAACAGGCUGGAAAGUUGGCUAUCAAUAUCAUUGGUAUGCAGCAAGCUGUGACCAUCCAAAACUCCACUGAUGAGGACGGUGGCACCUACUCAUGUGAAGUGGACGGACAGGAGGAUGUCAAGACUACAACCAACGUUAAAAUUAUUGAAAUCAUCAAAGACUGGCUGGUGAAGCCCCUGAGAGACCAGCAUGUGAAACCAAAAGCCAAGGCUACGUUCAAAUGUCAGCUCGUCAAGGACAAUCCCAAAUGGGUGUGGUUCAAAGGAGACGACGAGCUCACUCCGUCUGACAAGGUGGAGAUCAACAAAGAUGGAAACACUAUGACACUCACCAUUAACAACUGCCAGCCUGACGACGUUGCAGAAUAUACCAUUCAGGUUGAGGAUCGCAGAUACACAGCCAAGCUGACUCUUGGAGAGCGUGAGGCUGAGAUCCUGAAGCCUCUCGCCAGCGUAGAGGUGGUUGAGAAGGAGGAAGCCAGUUUUGACACUGAAAUAUCUGAGGAUGAUGUGAUGGGUGAAUGGAAACUCAAGGGCCAGGUCUUGACGAGAUCUCCGACUUGCGACAUUCAAACCGAGGGAAAGAAACGUUUCCUCACUUUGAAAAAUGUGCAGCUGGACCAGGCUGGUGAAGUGUCGUAUCAGGCUCUGAACGCCAUGACCAGCGCCAUGCUCACAGUCAAAGAGAUCGAAAUGGGCUUUGUUGACCCGCUGAAAGACAUUUCUGUGCCUGAAAAGAAACAGGCUAAGUUUGAAUGCACCAUCACCAAGGAAGUGUCAAAGGUCAUGUGGUUCAGGGGGGUGGAGAUCAUCACCCCGAGCCCUAAAUAUGAAAUUAUUGAUGAUGGGAAAAAACACAUGCUGAUCAUAAACAGCUGUGAGUUUGACGAUGAGGCGCAGUACACGAUCGAAGUGUUGGGCCAAAAACAGACGGCUCAGCUCACGGUGGAAGGAAUGAGGCUCAAAAUCGUGCAGCCGCUUCAGGACCAAACAGAGAAAGAAGGUAACACGGUACAGUUCGAGCUCGAGCUGACUCACGAGAACGUGCCGGUGGUUUGGUACCGAAACGAAGUCAAACUCCACGUGAGCCGAACGGUGCUCACACAUGUGGAAGGAAAGAAACACACUCUAGAAAUGAGGAAAUUGACUCUAGAUGAUACCUGCCAGAUUAAGGCAGAGGUCAAAGGAAUAUACUCCAUGGCAAAACUGACAGUCAUAGAGGGCGACGCCGUGUUUGUGGUGAAGCUGCAGGAUUACACCGCCACCGAGAAAGACGAGGUGACUCUGGACUGUGAGUUGAGCAAAGACGUCCCUGUUGUUUGGUAUCACAAUGAUACGGAGAUCGUCGCCUCCAAGACGGUGGUCAUGAAGUCGGAGGGCACGCGCAGGACUCUGGUCCUGAAGAAAGUGGAGGACAGCGAUAAAGGAAAAUACAAAUGUGAUUGUGGAACAGACAAGACCUCGGCCACCCUCAAUAUCGAAGCUCGUGACAUCAAGGUGAUUCGGCCGAUUUACGGCGUGGAGCUGUUUGACGGAGAGACGGCUCGCUUCGAGGUGGAGAUCUCUGAGGACGACGUCCACGGCCAGUGGAAGCUGAACGGAGAAGUUCUGAGUCCGCACACUGAUGUCGACAUCAUCGAGGAGGGCGGGAAGCACACGCUGAUCCUGUACAACUGUAAAGUCCCCAUGAGCGGCGAGGUGGCGUACGCCGCCGCUAACGCCAAGUGUUCUGCUAACUUGAAGGUCAAAGAGCUCCCGCUGAACUUCCUCACGCCGCUGAGCGACGUGCAGGUGUACGAGAAGGACGAGGCCAGGUUCGACGUGGAGCUGUCCAGAGCUCCGAAGAGUUUCCGCUGGCUGAAGGGAUCGCAGGAGCUGCAGAGCGACGACAAGUACGAGAUGAUCCAGGAGGGCAACAUGUACGUCCUGCUGGUCCGGUCGGCCGCCUACGAGGACGAAGCCAAAUACAUGUUCGAGGCCGAAGACAAGAGGACGAGCGGCAAACUCGUCAUCCAAGGAAUUCGCCUCGAGUUUGUCAAACCGAUUAAAGACGUGACGGUGAAGGAGCGCGAAACGGCCGAGUUCAGCGUCGAGCUGUCGCACGAUAACAUCUCAGUGGUCUGGUACAAAAACGACGUCCGUCUGCACCCCAGCAAGGUGGUGCACAUGUCGGAUCACGGAAAGGUCCACACGCUGGCCUUCAAGGAGGUCACCAUCGACGACACCUCCAUGAUCAAAGUGGAGGCCAUGGACAAGACGGUGACCGCCAUGCUCACCGUCAUCGAGGGAGACCUGUACUUCACCACCAAGCUGCAGAACUACACGGCGGUGGAAAAGGACGAGGUGCAGCUGGUCUGCGAACUGAGCAAGGCCGUCGCCGACGUCAAAUGGUUCAAGGACGGGAAGGAGAUCACUCCCUCCAAGAACAUCGCCAUCAGCACCGACGGCAAGAAGCGCAUCCUGACCGUCCGGAAGGCGGAGAAGGUCAACAUCGGCGAGUACACCUGCGACUGCGGCUCCGACAAAACUACAGCCAACCUCAACAUCGAAGAGCGCGACAUCAAGAUCGUUCGUCCGCUGUACAGCGUUGAGGUCACAGAGACGGAGACAGCCAAGUUUGAGACGGAGAUAUCGGAGGAGGACGUCCACGGAAACUGGAAACUGAAAGGAGAAGCUCUGCAUCAGUCUGCUGAUGUUGAGAUGAAGGAGGAAGGAACCAAACACAUGCUGAUCCUGUAUAACGUCCGUAUGGACAUGGCCGGAGGCGUCGAUUUCUCGGCGGCCAACGCCAAAUCCAACGCUCAGCUCCGAGUGAAAGCUCGCUCCAUCAGCCUCCUGCAGCCUCUGAAGGACGUGACGGUGACGGCCGGAGAGACGGCGACCUUCGAGUGCCAGCUGUCGUACGAAGGCAUCGAGGUGGAGUGGUUCCUCGGAGGACAGAAGAUGGAAGCCAGCGACAGGGUGAAGACUCGAGUGGCGGGCCGAACUCAUACUCUGACUAUCAGAGACGUGAAGCUGUCGGAAGCCGGCGAGGUCAAACUGACCGCCAAAGACUUCGAGACUCAGGCUCAGCUCACCGUCAGGGAGCCGCCGGUGGAGUUCACGAAGCCUCUGGAGGACCAGACAGUGGAGGAAGAAGCCACCGCCACGCUGGAGUGUGAAGUUUCCAGAGAGGGUGCAGAGGUACGAUGGUUCAGAGAAGGAAAAGAGAUCCACAAGUCCAAGAAGUACGACAUGAUUGUUGACGGCCGCAAGAGAGCGCUAAUCAUCCACGCCUGCAGUCCGGACGACGCCAAGAUGUACACGUGUGACGCCAAGGAGUUCAAAACUUCCUGCUUCCUGGAGGUCACACCUCCUCAUGUGGAGUUUACGAAGCCUUUGCAGGACGUGGAGGUCAAAGAGAAGGAAUCUGCCAAGUUUGAAUGUGAAGUGUCACGUGAGUCUGCCAAGGUUCGCUGGUUCAAGGACGGCAGUGAGAUCAGGAAAGGAAAGAAGUACGAGAUCAUUGCUAAGGGAGUCCAGAGAAUCCUCAUCGUCCACAAGUCGGUGUUUGACGAUGAGGCUGAGUACGAAUGUGACGCCAGGACGUCCAAGACCUCCGGCAUGCUGACGGUCAUCGAGGAGGCUGCCAGGUUCACCAAGAACCUGUCCAACGUGGAGGGCACAGAAACAGACAGCGUGAAGAUGAUCUGCGAGGUGUCGAAGGCCAGCGCCGACGUCACCUGGUAUCGAGGAGACGAGGAGCUGCCGGAGGGCGGCCGCUACGAGCAGAUCAUGGACGGACGCAAGAGGAUCCUGAUCAUCCAGGACCUGAGGAUGGAGGACGGCGGAGAGUACAACUGCAGGCUGAGUCCCACCAUCAAGACGUCCGCUACGCUGAAACUCAAGGAACUGGCGGCUGAGUUCAUCGCCAGGCCGCAGAACCAGGAGGUGGUGGAGGGUGAGAAGGCCGAGUUCACCUGCUCCGUCUCCAAGGAAACCUACGAGGUGAAAUGGUUCAGAGGUGACAAGGAGGUGGAAUCCGGGGACAAGUACACUAUUGUCAGUGAAGGAAAGAGAAGAGCUCUUAUUGUGAAAAAUUGUGUGCUGAAGGAUGAGGGAGGCUACGUUGCCCACAUCGGCAGCGUUACAGCCUCAGCCGAUCUGUAUGUGAUUGAAAAACUGAGGAUCAUCACACCGAUUAAAGACACAGAGGUGAAGGAGGGAAGCGAGAUUGACUUCAACUGCGAGACGAACGUGGAGGGAGCGAAGGCCAAGUGGCUGAAGAAUGAGGAGACCAUAUUUGAGAGCAGCAAGUACAUGAUGGUUCAGAGGGACAACGUCUUCUCCCUGAGGAUCAGAGAUGCCCAGAAGGCCGACGAGGCCAGCUACACCAUCAGCCUGACCAAUCACAGAGGAGAGCACGCCAAGAGCACCGCCAGCGCUAAAGUGACAGAGGAGAAGCUGAAGUUCCUGGAGCCCAUUGAGGACAUUGAGACUCAGGAGAAGAAGACCAUCAGCUUCAUGUGCAAGGUGAACCGGCCCGAGGUGACAGUGAAGUGGAUGAAGGCCGGCCAGGAGGUGACACUCAGCAAACGCAUCGUCUACAGAGCCGACGGCCUCAAACACACCCUGACCAUCAAGGACUGUGUGAUGGACGAUGAGGGCGAGUACACCGCUGUGGUCGGUGAUGACAAGUGUGCGGCUGAGCUGAUCAUCAGCGAGGCGCCGACAGACUUCACCACACAUCUCAAAGAUCAGACCAUCACUGAGUUUGAGGACGCCGAGUUCACCUGCAAGCUGUCCAAGGAGAAAGCUACCGUCAAGUGGUACAGGAAUGGACGAGAGAUCAGAGAAGGACCGAGAUAUCACAUGGAAAAAGAAGGCAAGACAUGCAGACUAAUCAUCAAGGUGUGCAGACCUGAUGAUGAAUGUGAAUACGCCUGUGGUGUGGAAGAAAGGAGGACCAGAGCAAGACUUUUUGUUGAAGAGACCCCAGUGGAGAUCGUCAGACCUCCACAGGAUGUGUUUGAACCUCCAGGCUCGGACAUUGUGUUCGAGGUGGAGCUCAACAAGGAUAGAGUGGAAGUUAAGUGGAUGAGGAACAACAUGAUAAUUGUCCAGGGAGACAAAUACCAGAUGAUCAGUGAGGGUAAAGUCCACAGACUGCAGGUCUGUGAGAUAAGACCUCGAGACCAAGGAGAGUACAGGAUUGUGGCCAAAGACAAGGACGCCAGAGCCAAGCUUGAGCUGGCAGCCGUUCCAAAGAUCAAAACCACCGACCAGAACUUGGUGACAGACGCUGGCAAGCCCUUCGUCAUGACCGUACCAUACGACGCCUACCCUCGCGCAGACGCUGAGUGGUUCUUUGUGGGCGCCAGUCUGCCCGUCCAGAACAUUGACACCUCCCACGAUAAGACAGAGUACCGUCUGAAGAGCCCCAGCAAGGAGGACCAAGGUAGAUACAAGGUGGUUAUCAAGAACAAGCAUGGAGAAGGAGAAGCAUUCAUCAACCUGGAUGUGAUUGAUGUCCCCGGACCUGUCAAGAACCUGAGAGUGGUCGACACAGCUGACGGUGAGGUCAGUUUGGCCUGGGAGGAGCCAGAGAGUGAUGGUGGAAGCAAGAUCGUUGCGUACGUGGUGGAGAGACGAGAUGUGAAGCGUAAGACCUGGACGCUGGCUACAGACCGUGCUGACAUUCCAGAGUACUGUGUCAGUGGUCUCCGAAAAGAUUCCAAGUAUCUGUUCAGAGUGUGCGCCCGUAACCGAGUCGGCAGUGGCCCUGUCGUUUCCACCGAGGAUGCUGUCCAGGCAAAGAACAAGUUUGACGUGCCCGAUGCUCCGGAGAACGUUGCAGUAGGUGUGGUGAACAGGUUUGGUGCCACCGUCCACUGGGAGCCUCCUAAGUUCGACGGCGGCUCCGAGAUUACCAACUAUGUGAUCGAGCUCCGCGACAGAACCGCUGUGAAGUGGGAGGCGGCCAUGGUCUGUGGCGCCAGCGACCGCUCAGCCACUCUGAAUGAUGUGGUGGAGAACAAGGAGUACAUCUUCAGAGUUCGAGCCGAGAACAAAGCUGGCGUUGGCAGGCCCAGCGCUGCCACCAACCCUGUCAAGAUCAUGGAUCCCAUUGAGAGGCCAAGCCCACCUCUGAACCUGAACUUCAGUGACCAAACCAAAGAGGCAGUCACACUCACCUGGGAGACACCCACCAGCAACGGCGGCAGCAUGAUCACCGGCUACAUCAUCGAGAAGUGCGAUGAUGGCACUGACAAAUGGCUUCGCUGCAACGCUAGACUGUGCCCAGACCUCUCCUACCGGGUGUCCGGUCUGAAACAUGGUCAGAAGUACCUCUACAGAGUUUGUGCUGAGAAUGCAGCCGGUGUCUCCGAUCCAGCUGAGCAACUCGGACCGCUGCUUGCUGAUGACCCUCAUGUCGGUCCAACCAUUGACCUGAGUGCCUUCAGGAACGGCCUGGAGGUGAUCGUCCCUCACCCUCUCACCAUCAGAGUCCCCAUCACUGGAUACCCAACCCCCAUCCCCAAGUGGACCUUCAGUGAGAAGGAGCUGACCACUGCGGAUGAGCGUGUCUCCAUGGUGACGAAGCCCACAUACACAGAGCUGACGGUCACACCGAGUGUCCGUCCGGACAAAGGCACCUACACCCUUCAGCUGGAGAAUGACGUGUCCUCCGUCUCCGGAGAGAUUGAGGUCAACGUUAUCGCAUGCCCCAGUGCUCCUAAGGACUUCAAGGUGGCUGAGGUGACCCGACACCAUGUCCACCUGAUGUGGGAGGCUCCUGAGCAUGAUGGAGGAAGUCCAGUCACCCACUACCAGAUCGAGAAGAGAGAAGUGUCUCGCAAGACCUGGGCCAAGGUGGCCACCGGCGUCAUGGACCUGGAGCACACAGUCACGGACGUGAUAGAAGGAAAGGAGUAUCUGUUCAGUGUCACCGCCUGCAACAAGUGUGGACCCGGAGAGCCAGCCUACAUCGACGAGCCCGUCAAUGUCUCCUCUCCUGCCACUGUACCUGAUCCUCCUGAGAACCUGAAGUGGCGUGAUAAGAGCGGCAAGACCAUCUUCUUGUCCUGGGAGCCUCCAAAGUACGAUGGUGGUGCCCCGGUCAAAGGCUACGUGGUGGACAAGUGUCAGCGUGGUACCGACAAGUGGGAACCCUGUUGUGACCCUGUUCCUGAGCUGAAGUUCCAGGUGACGGGCCUGAUCGAGGGCCAGUGGUACGCCUACAGAGUCAGAGCUGUCAACAAGCUGGGAGCUAGUCGACCCUGCAGGGCCACUGAUGAGAUCCAAGCUGUCGACCCUAAAGAGCCUCCAGAGAUCCAGCUGGACGUGAAGCUGCUGGCUGGUCUGACCCACAGGGCAGGGACCAAGAUCGAGCUCCCCGCCGAGGUCAAAGGAAAACCCGAACCCCGGGUGAAGUGGACCAAGGCUGAUCUGGUCCUGAGGGCUGAUGACCGCAUCAACAUCGACACACAGCCGGGACACUCCAAGCUAUCCAUUGGCAACACCACCAGAGGAGACACUGCCACCUACAUCAUCGAGGCAGUCAACACCUGCGGACGUGCCACCGCUACAAUUGAUGUCAACAUCCUAGAUAAACCCGGCCCACCAGCCGCUUUCGACAUCUCAGAGAUCACCAACGAAUCGUGUGUCCUGGAUUGGAACCCUCCACGGGAUGACGGCGGCUCGCCAAUCACCAACUACAUUGUGGAAUGUCGGCAGAUGGACAAAGAGGAGUGGGUGAAGCUGUCGGCCACUGUGAAACACACCACGUUCAAGGCCCACAAGCUCACCCCUAUGAAGGAGUACGUCUUCAGGGUCAGCGCUGAGAACCAGUAUGGCAUCGGAGAACCUGCAGAGCACGUGCCAAUCAUUGCAAAAUACUCAUUCGAUCCUCCUGGUCCACCAACCAGAGUUACUCCCUCCGACAUCGCCAAGGACGCCGUGACACUGACCUGGUUUGAGCCAGAUGAGGACGGUGGUAGUCCCAUCACUGGAUACUGGAUCGAGAAGUUUGAUCCGGACAGCGACAAGUGGAUCAGAUGCAACAAACUGCCAAUCAAAGACACGACCUACAGGGUGAAGGGACUCCCCACAAAGAAGAAGUACCGCUUCCGGGUUCUGGCUGAGAAUCUGGCUGGACCUGGAAAACCAAGCACAGAGACUGACCCCAUCCUCAUCAAAGAUCCUAUUGAUCCUCCAUGGGCUCCUGGUAAACCUGUUAUCAGGGAAAUUGCCAAGACCUCGGCCUUGCUGGCAUGGACCAGACCGGAGCAUGAUGGUGGGGCUAAGAUUGAGGGCUACAUUAUUGAGUUCCAGAAAACCGGAAGUGAGGAGUGGAUCCGCAUUGCCGAGGACAUUCCUCAGACCGAGCACCAGCUGCAGGGCCUGAUGGAGAAGCAGGAGUACUCCUUCAGGGUCAAGGCUGUCAACAAGGCAGGCGAGAGCGAACCCAGUGAGCCCAGCGACCCUGUGGUCUGCAAGGAGAGACUCUAUCCCCCGUCUGCCCCUCAGUGGCUGGAGGUGGCCAACAUCACCAAGGUCAGUGCUGACUUGAAGUGGCAGGCUCCCAGCACUGAUGGAGGCUCUCCCAUCACCAACUACGUGGUGGAGAAGAGGGACGUUAGGCGGAAGGCCUGGCAGACUGUUGACACCACUGUCAAGGAGCUCAAGUACACUGUGACUCCUCUAAAUGAAGGAUCGCUCUACGUGUUCCGCGUCGCUGCUGAGAACGCCGUGGGGAUGGGUGAAUUCUGCGAGCUGGAGGACGCCGUACUCGCCAAAGACACUUUCACAACUCCUGGACCUCCUUACGCCCUGACGGUGGUAGAGGUCACCAAGAGACACGUGGAGCUGAAGUGGGAACCUCCCAAGAGCAAUGGUGGAAGACCCAUAACCAAGUACGUGAUUGAGAAGAAGGAGAAGCUGGGAACUCGCUGGUUGAAGUGUUGCAAGACUCCAGACAAACAGACUCAGUUUAAGGUGACGGAUGUGGACGAAGGGUCAGAGGUGCAGUUCCAGGUCCGGGCUGAGAACGAAGCUGGAGUCGGAGAUCCAAGCGAACCCACUGAGGUCCUCACCAUCGAGGAUGCAACCAGUGUUCCAUCUCCUCCUCUGGAGUUGGCCAUUCCUGAUGCAAGCAGGGAGCACAUUAAUGUUACCUGGAAGCCUCCGGCCAAGGACGGUGGCUGCCCGAUCACCGGCUACCACGUAGAGGUGGCCGAGGCCCGCCCAGAGCUGAAGUGGCUCAGGGUCAACAACAGACCCAUCAAGGAGCUCAAGUUCAAGAUUGACGACGGAAUCAAACCAGACAAGAAAUACGUCAUCCGUGUCCGUGCCAUCAACUCUGUCGGUAUCAGCGAUCCCUCUGAGAUCUCCGACAAGGUCUUCACCAAAGAUCCUGACUGUGCCCCCACCAUGGAUUUGGAGACACAGGACGUGGUGGUAGUCGAGGGAGAGAAGCUGCACCUGAACAUUCCCUACAGGGCCAUCCCAACGCCCAAGAUGGUAUGGCAGAAGGACACAGUGGAGUGCAAGGCUGACGACCGGCUUUCCAUGACAGUGGAGAUGAACAGCGCCCACCUGGAGCUGCUCAAGUGCACACGUGCCGACGCUGGCAGCUACGCCAUCACCUUGGAGAACAGUCUGGGAACCGCCAGCGGGACAGUCAACGUCAAAGUCAUUGGACUUCCUGGUCAGUGUAAAGACAUCAGCUCCAGUGACGUCACCAAGAACUCCUGUAAGAUCAGCUGGGAAGCUCCGGAAGAUGAUGGUGGUACUCCCAUUGUCAGCUAUACCCUUGAGCGCCGCGAGGCCUCCAAGAAGACCUACAUGCCCGUCUUGUCAGGAGAGGACGUCCUGACCUCCACCGUCAAAGACCUCUACGUCAAUUGCGAGUACUACUUCCGGGUCAAAGCCGUCAACAAGGUGGGCGCCGGAGAAUAUCUGGAGCUGCGUAACCCGGUCAUCAUUGAGGAAAUCAAGCAGAAACCAGACCCACCCAUCCAGGUGGAGGCCCAUGACCCAACAUCCAAGUCCAUCAAGAUCACGUGGAAGGCUCCUGACUACGACGGUGGUUGUCCCAUCCAGGGCUACAUCUUGGAGAAGAUCGAGAAAGACGGUGAACGCUUUGAGAGGAUCACUCCAAGCCUGGUCCCUGGUUUUUCCUAUGAGGUGACAGGCCUGAAGGAGAACGCAGAGUACCAAUUCAGGGUCAGAGCUGAGAAUGCCGCUGGAAUCAGUGAACCGUCCCGCAGCACGCCGCUUAUCAAGGCUGCAGACCCCGUUGAAAAACCAAAGGUAACCCUCCAUGCCCGUGUUCAGUCCGGUGUGUGCAUUAAGAAGGGCGAGGAAAUCCGCAUCGAUGCCUACAUCUCCGGCUCGCCGUAUCCCAAGGUCACCUGGCUGAGGAACGACGAGGACGUCACCAAAGAGCCAACCAAGAAGCCUGUGCUAGUGGUCAAGAGGAGGAAGAGCAAGGCCAAGGUGCCUGAACCAGAGGAGGAGUUUGUGACACCGCUGCGUGAGCGUCUGGGUCUGGACCAGUCCAAGAAGGGUCAGUCAGCGCUGAUGGUCCGCGAUGCUGUUAGAGCCGACCACGGGAACUUCACCAUCCAGGUGGAAAACCCUCACGGUGUCGCCACCGCUUCCUGCGACGUUAAUGUCCUUGACAAACCCGGCGCUCCGAUCAACUUCACCUUCGAUGAGAUCAGGAACACCUCGGUGAUCUGUAACUGGAACCCUCCCGAGGACGAUGGAGGCAGCGAGAUCCUGAACUACAUCCUAGAGAAGAAGGACAACAAGAACGACGAGAUCGGCUGGAUCACCAUCACUUCCACCCUGAAGGGCACCAGCUACCCUGUCACCAAGCUCAUCGAAGGGAAGGAAUAUAUCUUCAGGGUCACCGCCGAGAACAAGUUUGGCUGUGGGCCACCGUGCAUCUCUGAGCCGCUGGUUGCCAAGAACCAGUUCGAUCCUCCGGAUGCUCCCAACACCCCGAGAAUCCACGAGGUCACAGCAAGCACCGCCCACAUCUCCUGGCACGAGCCAAAGGACAACGGCAGCCCGAUCCUGGGCUACUGGAUCGAGAGGAAGGAGGUGAACAGCAAACACUGGACCAGAGUGAAUCGCGCUCUCCUCAACUCGCUGGACGUCAAGAUCACUGGCCUGAUGGAGGGACUGACCUACAUCUUCAGAGUGUGCGCUGAGAACCUGGCUGGGCCUGGGCCAUUCAGUGAGCCCACCGACCGCAUCGUUGCCAUGGACGCCAUCCUGCCUCCUGGACCCCCAACUCCAUGGAUUGUGGACACUAGUAAAGACUCGGUCAUCGUGGCCUGGAAGCCCCCACUGUACAACGGUGGAGGAGACAUCCUGGGAUACCAUGUUGAGAAGGUGUUGGCUGGAGAGAAGGACUGGACUCGCAGCACAGAGUUCAGGUGUAAAGAGCUGACGUACACCGUGACAGGUCUGACCGAAGGAGCGGACUACUACAUCCGGGUCAUCGCCGUCAACGACGCUGGUCCUGGAGCUCCUGGCGUCACUGAACCUGUCACUGUCAAGGAGCCUCAAGUAUCGCCUGCCGUUGACUUUGAUGUCUCCGUGAAGAAUGGCGUCAUCAUCAAGGCUGGCCAAUCUCUGAGGCUUCCCGCUGUGGUGACUGGCCGACCCCAGCCAGAUGUCAAAUGGGCCAAAGACGAAGCAGAAAUUGACAAGGAGAGGAUGAUCGUGGAGACGGAGGGCAAGAACAGCACUCUGUUCAUCAAGAAGACUGUGAGGGCAGAUCACGGAAAGUACCAGAUCUCCGGCACCAACAGCAGUGGGACCAAGACUGCUGAAACCAAAGUGGACGUUAUGGAUGUUCCUGGACCGGUGGUCGACCUGAAGACUGUGACGGUGACCAAGAAGAACAUCACCCUCACCUGGUCUGACCCACUGGACAACGGCGGCAGCGACAUCGUUGGCUACGAGGUACGGAGAAAGGACGCCAAGAUGAAGCUUUUCCGCCAGCCCAUCGAGGUUGCAUCCUGCAAGUGUGAAAUCCAGGACCUGCUGGCCGGUGAGGAAUAUGACUUCAGGGUCAUCGCCAGGAACAAAUAUGGAGAUGGAGCUCCAGCUGACCUGGGACCCAUCCUGGCUGAGGAUCCCAAAGGUACUCCAUCUGCUCCUGAGAAGCUACACUAUACCGACAGAGGCAAGAACACCAUCACCCUGGCCUGGGAGCCGCCUCGCACUGAUGGCGGCAGCCCCAUCAGAGGCUACUAUGUGGAGAAGAUGAGGUCUGACAGCAAUGAGUUCGAGGUGGCUAAUCGCAAGAUCUUCCCUGAGUGCUGCGGGACCCUCGAGAACCUGUCGGAGAACCAUGAGUACGAGUUCCGCGUCAAAGCUGUGAACGAGGUUGGGGAUGGAGAUCCUUCCAAGCCAAUCACAGCAAAGAUCCAGGAUGAUGAAAUUCCUCCAGUUAUUACGAUCCUGAAGUUCUUCAAGAGCAACGCCAUCAUUGUGAAGAAAGGCGCGGCCAUCGACAUCCCAGCCGAGGUGAAGGGACUUCCUCUGCCGACCCUCCAAUGGAUGAAGGACGACGUGGUGAUUGAAAAGCCUGAUGAAGAGAAGAUGACAAUAGAGACUGAGGAGGUGACCCGGACGACCCUGAGGACAAAGAUCGCCAUCCCAGAAACCGUCAGACAGGACAAGGGCAACUACAAGCUGGUGGCGGAAAACUGCUAUGGCAAAGCUAAGCACAUCAUUGCAGUCGAGAUCCUUGACCGUCCUCUUCCUCCGAGGAACAUUGUGGUCUCUGACAUCAAGGCAGAGUCAUGCUAUCUGACCUGGGAUGCACCAGAGGACAACGGAGGCAGCGAGAUCACCAACUACGUUGUUGAGCGCAGAGAUGCCAGCAAGAAGAAGUCUGACUUUGAGGUGCUGACCGACAACCUCAUCGACAGGAGAUACGGGGUCUACAAACUGAACCUGAACGGCACCUACCAGUUCAGAAUCAAGGCGGAGAACAAGUAUGGCAUCAGUGAUGGCUGCGACUCUGAGAAGGUCCAGUUGAAGGAUCCAUUUGGCCUCCCCGGACCACCACGUAACCCCAAAAUCAUUGCUGCCACAGCAACCACCAUGACCCUGACCUGGGAACCUCCUCUUGACAACGGCGGCUCCACCAUUCAGGGCUACUGGCUGGAGAAGAGGGAGCGUGGCGCUGUAUACUGGGGUCGUGUCAACCGAUCACCCGUCACGAAGCCAUCUGUGAAGGGCCUGCAGUACACUGUGCUGAGGCUCAUCGAAGGAACCGAGUACCAGUUCAGGGUGGCAGCAUGCAAUGCUGCAGGAGUCGGACCGCCCAGCGAAGCCACUGAGUGCCGCUUUGCUGUGGAUCCAUGCAACCCUCCAAGCCCACCUGGAGACCUAGAGGUUAAAGACAAGACCAAGAGCAGUGUCACUCUCUCCUGGAGUCCGCCAGACAAAGAUGGCGGCAGCCCCAUCAAGGGUUACAUUAUUGAGGUCCAUGAGGAGGGCUCUCCUGAUUGGAGGAGGGUGAACCCCACUGACAAGCUCCACCCAUCCACCCAUAUCACUGUCCCCGACCUGAAGGAGGGAAAGAAGUGCAAGUUCAGGGUCUACGCCGUGAACACUGCAGGAAACUCUGAGCCCGCCAAGACGGCUGACAUCCUGGUUGAGGACAUCCUGAUUGAGCCAACAGUCACUCUGGAUCUGAGCGCUCACGACUUGCUGAACUGCAGAGCAGGAACCACCGUUAGGAUUCCCGCCACCAUCCAUGGACGACCUGUUCCCAAAGUCACCUGGACCUUUGACGGACCGGCCACUACAGAGAUGAAGAAUGAACUUCACACGCUGCCCAUUGACUCAGAGAUUCACUCCACUGACACCACCUCUGUGGUUGUCAUCCCCGAGAGCAAACUGAGCCACAGCGGCCGUUACAUCAUCAAUGCUGAGAGCCCUGCAGGACACAAAGUGGUCAAAGUCAGAGUCAAUGUGCUCGACCUGCCUGGAGCUCCUCGAGACCUGAAGGUGAGUGACGUGACAAGAGGAACCUGCAGACUCACCUGGAAACCUCCCAAAUGUGAUGGAGGAGAAAGAGUGAAGAGCUACUUCAUCGAGAAGAAGACUGUGGACGGCAAAGCCUGGACCAAGGUGAACCCGGCCUGCACUGCUCAGUCUCUGGUUGUUCCAGACCUGAUCGGGGGUGAGGAGUACCUGUUCCGCAUCAGGGCCGAGAACCGCUUCGGGUUAGGGCCACACACUGAGACCAUGGAGCCAUCCAAAGCAAGAGAUCCAAUCCAUCCUCCUGAUCCUCCAACCAGGCUGAAGAUCCAGGGUGUGAGGAAGGGCACAGUGACACUGACCUGGAAGGCUCCAAAGAACGACGGCGGUUCACCCGUAACUCACUAUAGCGUGGAUCUACUCUGCUGGGACGCUAGUGGCGCCCAGAAGGAGUCCUGGAGGAGGUGCAACAGGAGAGACGUGGACACCACCAGCUUCAAGGUGGAGGACCUGACAGAGGGAGAUGAAUAUGAGUUCAGAGUGGUGGCAUACAAUGCAGUCGGACCCAGCAGACCAUCAUGCACUGCUGGGCCGAUCCUCAUCCAGGACCAGACCUGCGCUCCGUCCAUUGAGCUGAAGGAGUUCAUGGAGGCUGAACAGGGCAGUGACAUCAGCAUUGUGGCCAAAAUCCGUGGCUGUCCAUUCCCCACACUUACGUGGUACAAGGCUCCACCCCACAAGUCCGAUGACAAGGUGGAGGUUCAGUACGACGAGCACAUCAACAAGAUUGUGUCGGACGACAGCUGCACGCUCCUGAUCCAGCAGGGCAAACGUCCAGACACUGGCCUCUACACACUCGUGGCCUCCAACAGCCUCGGAAAGGCCUCCAAGGAGAUGAGGCUCAACGUGCUCGGCCGGCCCGGUCCUCCCUCCGCUCCCAUCAAGUUCGAGGAGAUUGGAUCUGAGAAGAUCACACUGUCCUGGCUGCCGCCAAAGGAUGACGGCGGAUCCAAGGUCACCAACUACGUGAUCUGGAGGCGUGUGGCCAACAGGAAGACCUGGGUCCCCGUCACCAAUGAGCCCAAAGAACGAAUCUGGACAGUGGAACACCUCAUGGCAGGACACGAGUAUGUGUUCCGCAUCAUGGCCCAGAACAAGUAUGGAGUUGGAGACCCGCUGGACAGCGAUCCCGAGGUGGCCAGAGACCUCUACACCGUCCCCGGCCAGUGCGAGAAGCCAACUGUGACCAAUAUCACCAUGGACAGCAUGACCCUGAACUGGGAGGAGCCUGAGGAUGACGGCGGCACACCGAUCACUGGUUACUGGCUGGAGCGCAAGGAGACGACGGGCAAACGUUGGACCCGUGUCACCCGCGACCCCAUCCGCCCCAUGGGCAUGGGCGAGUCCUUCGUGGUGAGUGGUCUCAUUGAGGGCUCCCAGUACCUGUUCAGAGUCUCCGCCAUCAACGCUGCAGGGCCCGGACUCGCCAGUGUCCCCACAGAUCCCAUCUUUGCCAGAGACCCCAUCUCCCCACCCUCUCCUCCAACUCCAAAGGUUUCUGAUUGGACAAAAUCCACAGUUGACCUGCAUUGGAUCCCGCCUCUGAAGGACGGAGGCUCCAAGAUCCUUGGCUACUGGGUGGAGUACAAGGAGGAGGGCACCGAGGCCUGGGUCAAGGCCAAGGGGACAGAAAUCCGUGGCACCCGGUUUGUGAUCACUGGUCUGAAGACCGGCGGUCAGUACAGGUUCAGGGUGAUUGCAUUUAACGCUGCUGGUGACAGUGAGCCAGGCGAAGUCCCUGAGGUGCUUGAGGUCAAAGACAGAACCAUUGCUCCCGAGGUUGAUCUGGACGCCUCGGUGAAGGAGAGGAUGGUGGUCCAUGCUGGCGGGGUGAUCCGCAUCAUCGCCUAUGUAUCAGGCCAGCCGUCCCCCGAAAUCACCUGGACAAGAGACGGAGCGGCGCUGCCUCCCGAAGCCAAAGUGGAGACAACAGCCAUCAGUUCAUCUUUGGUCAUCAAACCUUGUGCUCGGAGGCACCUUGGUGUCUACACACUGACCGCCAAGAAUAUUGGUGGGGAGAAGACAAGAAACAUCACAGUGGAAGUUCUGGAUGUCCCCGGACCUGUCGGCAUCCCCUUCACCGCUGAGAACCUGAGCAGUGAGUCCUGCAAGCUCAACUGGUUCUUCCCCGAGAACGACGGCGGCUCUCCAAUCAGCAACUACAUCAUCGAGAAGCGUGAGGCCGAGCGUAAGGCCUGGACCUCAGUCUCCUUCACUGCUAGCAGACAGAAUGCCGUGGCUAGUGGCCUCACCACCGGCAAGGCCUACUUCUUCAGAGUGGCUGCUGAGAACGCCAUCGGCAUUGGACCCUUCGUAGAGACGGCAGCUGAGAUCAUUGUGAAGGAACCUAUGAGUGUGCCAGAUCGCCCCGAAGAACUGGAAGUCACCAAGGUCGCCAAGGAUUUGAUCAGCGUCACCUGGAAGGCACCCAAGUUUGACGGUGGCUCGGAGAUCACCAUGUACAUCCUGGAAGCACGUAUGAUUGGCAAAGAUAAGUUCACCCGACUGACAAAGGAGAAGCUGAUGGAGAGGAAGUACACCUACGAUGGCCUGAGGGAGGGCGACACCUAUGAGUUCAGGGUCAUCGCUGUCAACGACAUUGGACCCAGCAAACCGUCGUUCUGCACCAAGCCAAUCACCUGCAAGGACGAACUUGAGCCACCAACCAUUGAGCUGGAUUUCCGUGAUAAGAUCGUCAUCCGCGUUGGUGAGAGCUGCCUUCUGCAGGGUCGCUACACUGGCAAACCUUAUCCAUCCAUCAUGUGGUACAGAGAUGACGAGGAGCUGAAGGCCGACAAGCACGUCAUGUUCAAGAACACGCUGACAACCAUGUCGCUGGGCCUGAUGAAGGCAAAGCGUGAGCACAGCGGCAGAUAUGUGGUGGUGGUGGAGAACAGCACUGGAUCCAGGAAGGGAGUCUGCAACGUUACGGUUGUUGACCGUCCAACUCCUCCUGUGGGUCCGGUGAUCUUUGACGAGGUGCACAGGGAGUACAUGGUGAUCUCUUGGAAACCUCCUCUGGACAGUGGAGGUGUUGAAGUCUCCAACUACAUCAUUGAGAAGAGAGACACCAACAGGGACAUUUGGACCACGGUGACAUCUGCUUCCACCAAGACCACAUGCAAGAUCCCCAAACUGACUGAAGGGAGGGAGUACAUCAUGAGGAUCUCUGCUGAGAACAUGUACGGUAUCAGCGACCCUCUGGAGUCUGAGGAGAUGAGAGCCAAAGAUCUCUUCAGAGUCCCAGAGGCCCCUGAGAUGCCAACAGUCAGGGAGGUGUAUGCUACCAACGCCCUGGUGCUAUGGAACCGGCCUCGCGAUGGCGGGAAGCCCAUCACCAACUACAUCCUGGAGAAGAAGGAGCCCUCAGCCAAGAGGUGGUCUCGGGCCACCAGAGAGCCGCUGUACCCUGCUACUCAGUACAGAGUCCAGGACCUGGUGGAGGGCUGCGAGUACGAAUUCAGGGUGAUGGCUGAGAAUGAGUUGGGAACUGGAGACCCCAGUGUCCCCUCAAAACCCAUUCUUGCCAAAGAUCCCAUCGUGCCUCCAAGCCCUCCAGUGACCCCUGAGGCUUACGACAAGACCAAGGAUACUGUCAGUCUGAGGUGGAAGAUGCCUCGCCACGAUGGAAAGGGCCGGAUCUUUGGCUACCUUGUUGAGUACCAGCAUCCUGGCGCUGUGGAGUGGAAUCAGGCCAACAAGACCCCAGAGGAGUGCCCUGACCUCCACUAUGUGGUGACAGGCCUAACCGAUGGACAGGAGUAUCUUUUCAGGAUCUUCACUGUCAACGCCGCUGGCAAAUCUGACCCUGCCUACGUCAAGGAGACCAUCAAGGUUCAUGACAGACUGGAGGAGCCAGAGUUGCUGCUGGACGCCAACAUGGCACGUGACCACCUGGCCAUGCUGGGCACUGACAUCACCCUGAGUGCCACCAUCAAGGGUGUGCCGACACCCACCAUCAGCUGGAAGAAGGAUGAUGGAGACAUUCCAUCUCACGUCACUGUUGCUGUCACCGCCACUGGAAGCAAAGUCUUCAUCCCGAAGUGUGUCCGCCUUGACUCCGGCAAUUACACCAUCACCGCGGAAAAUGCUGCUGGGAAGAAAUCAGCCACCGUUGCCGUGCUGGUGUUGAACAAGCCCUCUCCUCCCAGAGACCUGGCGGUCUCUGAGGUGACCAGCGAGUCCGCCUACCUGACAUGGAAGGCUCCCGAGGACAACGGUGGUGCCAUAAUCUCCCACUACAUUGUGCAGAAGAAGGACGUGGCCGCUGAGCAGUGGGUGCCCGUCUCUGCAGCCAAUAAGAAACUGAGUCUGAUGGCCAUGUACCUGAUGGAAGGAAUCCAGUACCUGUUCAGGGUGGCAGCUGAAAACCAAUUUGGCAGGAGCGAAUAUGUGGUUACCAAGACACCCAUCAAGGCUAUCGAUCCUCUUUACCCUCCUGGUCCACCCAAGAACCUCCACCACACUGAUGCAGACAAGACGGAGGUGUGGUUGGCCUGGGAGUGGCCAGACCGCACCGGCGGAAGUGAAAUCACCGGCUUCAUUGUUGAGCACCAGGAAGAGGGUCAGACUGACUGGGUCACCUUCAAGACUGUCAUCAACAACCAUGCCCAUGUCACUGGUCUGGAAGAAGGCAAGACCUACCGCUUCAGGGCAAAGGCUCAGAACGCCAUUGGUGUGAGCCGUCCUGACACCAGUGUUCCCAUCACCUGCCAGGAGAAAACAUUGCCACCCACCAUUGACGUUGAUGUAAAGCUUAUUGAGGGUCUUGUUGUCAAGGCGGGCAGCACUAUUGUCCUCCCAGCCAAGAUGACAGGAAUCCCCGCUCCCACUGCCAAAUGGAUGACAGACGAUAAGGAGAUCAUGUCGGAGGGCCGCUAUCACAUUGAGUCCACUGAAUCCUCCACCAUCCUUAGUAUCCCUGAGUGCCAGAGAGGAGACACUGGAGAGUACAUCCUCACUGUGGCCAACACUUCAGGCAGCAAGACCGUCGCACUGCAUGUCACUGUGCUGGAUCUGCCAGGUCCACCCGUCGGACCCAUCAAUAUCUUGGAGGUCACACCUGAUCACAUGAUGAUCCAAUGGAGGGCGCCCAAGGAUGAUGGUGGUACACCUAUCACCGGCUAUAUAGUUGAAAAGAAGGAUGUGAAGAAGCCAUGGGAGCCCUGGUCUGUUGUUAGCUCCAGUGGCAUGGGCACCAAGGCCAAGGUGUCAAGACUGGAGAAGGGUCGUGAGUACAUUGUUCGUGUCCGUGCAGAAAACAAGAUUGGCAUUGGAGCUGGGCUUGAGAGUCCUCCCACUAUUGCCAAGCAUAUGUUCAACCCCCCUGGUCCUCCAGGCCUCCCAGAGUGCUCUGAUAUCACAGAAAAUGCUGUGACAGUGGAAUGGACUCUGCCUGAGUACGAUGGAGGUAGCCCCAUCAGCGGCUAUGUGAUUGAACGUAGAGAGAUGACAGGAAAGUGGAUCCGUGUCAACAAAACUCCUGUGCUGGACCUCAGAUACAGAGUCUCAGGCCUCUUUGAAGGCAACACCUACGAGUUCAGAGUGUUUGCUGAGAACGUUGCUGGCAUCAGUGAGCCUUCUCCCACCUCAGACCCCGUCAAGGCUGUCCGCGCCAUCACCAAACCUGGACCUCCUAGCAAUCUUAAGCUGAAGGACUGGAGCAAGUCCUAUGCUGACAUCUGCUGGACUAAGCCUACAAGAGAUGGAGGAAGUCCCAUCCUGGGUUAUGUAGUUGAGAUUCAGAAGACAGGAACUGCACAGUGGGACAGAAUCAACAAGGACCUCAUCAAGAUGUGUGCCUACAGAGUCCCAGGUCUUAUUGAAGGAAUGGAGUACAGAGUCCGCAUCAGAGCCACCAACAAGGUUGGAGACAGUGAACCCAAGGAGCUGACUGAAACCAUCUUGGCAAAAGACAUUUUGGUCCCCCCUGAGGUUGUUGUCGACGUUUCCUGCCGUGACUCUCUGACCGUCAGGGCAGGUCAGAUCAUUAGUUUGAUCACCAGGGUGAAGGGCAGACCUGACCCAGAGAUCACAUGGACAAAGGAUGCCAGAGCCUUGUCACGGGACAAGCGCACUAACAUUAACAACAACUAUCCUCUGUGUGAACUGGUCAUCGAUGAUGCAGUCAGGUCAGACUACGGUAAAUAUGCCAUUGUUGCCAAGAACAGUAGUGGACAGGCACAGGCCACUAUUAUUGUCAAUGUGCUGGACACACCAGGAGCUUGUCAGAACAUAAAGGUGGCCUAUGUGACCAAGAACUCCUGCAUGGUGUCAUGGGAGAACCCAGAGGACAAUGGAGGCACUGAGAUCACUCAAUAUGUUAUUGAAUGCCGUCAGCCAAGCCAGAGAGGAUGGACCGUGGUUUCCAAUGACUGUACCAAGCGUCUGAUAAAGGCCCCUCUGACUGAAGGCUGUGAAUACUUCUUCCGUGUCAGUGCAGAAAACAAGAUUGGUGCUGGUCCCCCCACUGAGACCAAGACAGCUAUAGUGGCAGUAGAUCCCAUUGAGAAGCCUGGUGAACCCAUUGACUUCCACAUCUCUGAGAUCGGCAAGACGUUUUGCUUCCUCAAGUGGAAGAAGCCAGAUUAUGAUGGAGGUAGCCGAAACCUGGGUUACCACGUUGAGAAGAAGCCAAAGGAAGCUGAGGAGUGGGAGAGACUACAUAAGGGUGCAAUCAAGGAGACUUAUUUCAUGGCUGACAGGUGCAUUGAAAACCAGAUCUACCAGUUCAGAGUUCAGACUAAGAAUGAGGGAGGUGAGAGUGACUGGGUGACCACAGCUGAGGUCCUGGUUAAGGAGCAGAUUGUGGAGCCUGAGAUCAAGAUAAAACUGGAUGGAACCCUUGUGGUCAAAGCAGGAGACUCCAUUCCUAUCGAGGCAAUGGUUAAGGGCAAACCCCACCCUGAUGUCAAAUGGACCAAGGAUGACAGCACAGAGGAGAUAAAGAAGACCUCUAGGCUUCAGAUCGAAACUGGCACCGACUUCUCAAAGCUGCUUGUUACAGGCAGCAGACGUACUGACAGUGGCAAAUAUGUUGUUACUGCCACCAACAGUGCAGGAACGUGCUCAGCUCACGCUAAGGUCAAUGUACUGGACAGACCCGGCCCCAUCAGGGAUCUCAAGGUGUCUGGUAUCACCAUUGACAGGUGCCAUCUGGCCUGGGAAAUCCCUGAGGACGAUGGUGGCUGUGAUAUUUACAACUACAUUAUUGAGAAAUGUGAGACCAAAAGAGGAGUCUGGUCUGUCCACUCCAACGCUGUCAUCACCAACAAAGCUAACGUUACCCGUCUCAUUGAGGGCAAUGAAUAUAUCUUCAGAGUCCGUGCUGAGAAUAAGAUGGGCCCUGGCCCUGCAGUGCAAAGUGGGUCCAUCCUUGCUGGCACCCAGUUUAGUGUCCCUGGCGCCCCUGACGCACCAGAGGUCACCAAGAUCUCCAAGGAGGAUAUGACUGUGCUGUGGUUAGAGCCUGAUAAAAGUGGUGGAAAGCCAAUCACAGGUUACCUGUUGGAGAAGAGGGAGGAGCAUGCUGUCAGGUGGUCCCCUGUCAACAAGGAUCCAAUCCCUGCAACUCACCUCACAGUUACCGGACUUCUACCCCUCCAUGACUACCAGUACAGAGUCAAAGCUGUCAAUGAAAUUGGCAUUGGUAGUCCAAGCAAGCCCUCACGUACCAUCACUGCCAAGGACACAGUCGAGCCUCCUGCACCUCCUACCAACAUGAAGGUCCUGGACAGCUCCAAGACUACCAUCACUUUAGGCUGGACCAAGCCUGUAUCAGACGGAGGAGCUCCCAUCAUCGGCUACGUUGUGGAGAUGAAGGUGCCGGAAACUGUCAAGAAAGGGGAAGAUGGUUGGAAGAGGUGCAACGUUGCGGCUCAGCUGGUUGUGUGCGAGUUCACAGUCUCAAGUCUGAAUGAGAAACUUGUGUACGAAUUCAGAGUGUCAGCUCAGAACCAGGUGGGCAUGAGCCUGCCCUGCAACUUGGAGGGAGCUGUGAUCCCAAGGGAGAUUCUAGAGGCACCAGAGAUUGACUUGGAUGCCAGCCUAAAGCAAGGACUGACGGUGAGAGCCGGCUGUCCCAUCAGACUCUGUGCCACCAUCAGAGGUAGACCACCUCCAAAGGUCACCUGGAGGAGGAUGGGCAUCGAUAACGUGGUCAGGAAGGGACGUGUCGACAUUAUUGACACCAUGACCUUCUUGAUCAUCCCCGACAGCACCCGCAAUGACUCCGGCAAAUACUGUUUGACUCUGCAGAGCACUGCUGGAGAGAAGGCUGUGUUUGUCAACGUGAAGGUUCUGGACACUCCAGGACCUGUGAUGAACCUGGAAGCCAGCGACAUCAAACAGACGUCAGCCAAGUUGUCCUGGAGCCCGCCUGAAAUUGAUGGUGGCAGUGAGAUCACUCACUACAUUGUUGAGAAGCGAGAGAUUGACCGCAAGACGUGGGCAGUCGUCAAGGCCGAAGUUGAGAUAGAUAAGAUUCCUUUCAAGGUCAACAAUCUAGUGCCAGGCACCGAGUACUACUUCAGAGUCACAGCUGUCAAUGAGUAUGGAUCCGGAGUUCCCAGGGUGUCACCCACCUCCUAUCUGGCCUCUGAUCCUGUCAGCAAGCCUGAUCCUUGUGAGAAGAUCGAGAUUCUGGAAAUCACCAAGAAUAGUGCAACGGUUGGCUGGGUGAAGCCCUUAAGAGACGGUGGCGCCAAGAUCGACGGUUAUGUGAUUGAGUACAUCGAGGUCAAACCUCCUCCAGAGCCUCCAGCACCAGUGGAGGUUCCAGAGGGAGAGGAAGCUCCUCCACCUCCUCCACCGCCUCCAGUAGUGGAGGAGGAAGAUGAGAAGGAGCCUGAGGAGGAGGCGUGGAAUGCCUACACUACUGUAAAGGGUUUGACUAUCAGUAUCAGCGGCCUGAAGGAGGGCAAGAGGUAUAAGUUUAGAGUGGCGGCCAAGAAUAUCAUGGGGAUGAGCUCAUUCACCGAGACCCGGGAGCCAGUGGAAAUCAAGGAACAGAUGUUGGAGCCAAAGAUUGUCAUGCCAGACAUGGUAAGUGCCAGAGCUGGAGCUAAGCUCAGGGUGGAGGCACUGAUUUCUGGAAAACCAAUCCCAACCUGCAAGUGGAUGCGCGGUGAGGCAGCGGUAGUCCCAUCCAGCCGUCUGGCUGUGCACCAGUCUGGCAAUAUGUGUGUCCUGAUCAUCAAGGAUGUGUCGAGGUUGGACAGCGGAGAGUACAGUCUGGUGGCUGAGAAUAGCUCUGCAAAGGUGGUCCAAGCCCUAAAGAUCGUCAUUAGAGACAUCCCUGGUCCUCCUGAGGGUCCUGUAGUGAUCAGCGACAUUGACUCAGAUGCUUGCUCUCUGUCCUGGAACAAACCGCUUGAGGACGGAGGCAGUAAGAUCACCCACUACAUUGUGGAGAAAUGUGAUGUGAGCAGAGGUGACUGGGUGAUGGCCGUCUCCUCCCCAAAGACUAGCUGCAGGCUGGGAAAACUCAUUCCUGGGAAGGAGUACGUGUUGCGCGUCCGUGCUGAGAACCGCUAUGGUGUAUCAGAUCCCACCCAGUCUGACAGGAUGGUCGCCAAGUUCCCCUUUGACGUUCCAAGUGAGCCUCUUAACUGCCGCAUCAACAAGACCAACAAGGACUGUAUGUUUGUGGCCUGGGACCAACCUGAGAGUGACGGCGGCAGCCCCAUCACAGGUUACUACAUCGAGCGUAAGGAGAGGAACAGCUUGCUGUGGGUGAAGGCCAAUGACACAGUCGUCCGCACCACAGAGUACCCAUGUGCCAGCCUCAUUGAGGGCCUGGAGUACACCUUCAGAGUAUCUGCCAUCAACCGUGCCGGUCAGGGCAAGCCAAGCAAGAAGACUGACUUUGUCACUGCCAGAACACCUGUUGACACACCAGGUAAACCAGAAGUCCUGGAUGUGACCAGGAACUCUGUCACUCUUGUUUGGACCCGACCCAAGAACGAUGGUGGCAGCAAGAUCAUCGGCUACUACGUUGAGGCCAUGCGGGUGCCGGGAGACACGUGGAUACGCUGCAACACCAGCAGCCAGAAUGUCCCAAGGGAGGAGUACACGGUAACAGGCCUGGAGAGAGACCUGCAGUACCAGUUCAGAGUCACUGCUAAAACUGCCGUCAACAUGAGCAAACCCUCUGAGCCAACAGACCCCAUCCUGGUCUGUGCUGAGAAUGUGCCACCAAGGGUGGAGCUUAACGCCAGGAUGCAGAAGGGUUUGAAGGUAAAGGCUGGAACCACAAUCCUGCUGGAGGCCGAAGUGUUUGGUAAGCCAAUGCCGAGAGUCACAUGGAAGAGAGGUGAUGACAGCCUGAAGUCAGCCGAAGGUCAAGUCCUCACACAGCACAGACAUAACUUCCAGUUGGAGAUGGCUGCAGUCACUAAGGAGCACACGGGAACCUACACCAUCCAUGCCGAGAAUGCUAGUGGAUCCAAGACUGCUGACAUCCAAGUCAUUGUCUUGGAUGUGCCUGGUCCUCCUGCCAGUGCCAAAUUCGUCGAGGUGUUUGCCACCAAUAUCAAGUUGUCCUGGGAGCCUCCACUAAAGGACGGUGACGCUCCCAUCACCAACUACAUUGUGGACAAGCGUGAGACCAGCAGAGCCAACUGGGCUCAAGUUGUUGCCAAGUUCAAGGGCGAAACCCUUGAGUUUAAUGUGGAUAAGCUGAUUGAGGGUCGUGAGUACCAGUUCAGAAUCCGUGCUGAGAACACGUGGGGAGUUGGAGACGCCCUCAUCACAAACCCUGUCGUCGCCAAGAACCCAUUCACUGUCCCUGGCCCAUGCGAGGCCCCAGUGAUCACAAAUGCGACUAAGGACCAGAUGACUGUGAGCUGGAAGGAGCCUGCUGAUGAUGGAAAGUCCACCAUCCUGGGUUACAUGCUGGAAAAGAAAGAAAGCAGGGAGAUGAACUGGACCAAGCUGAACAGGAAGCCCAUGAUAGAGAGGACCUUGGACGUCACAGGUCUCAUCGAGGGAACUGAGUAUGAGUUCAGAGUCAUUGCUGUCAACUUGGCAGGGCUCGGCAAACCCAGUGAGCCCUCUGCUGGCACCAUUGCACAGAAUCCUAUCACUCCUCCUGGCCCUGUGGUGAACCCCAGUGUAACAGACACCACCUCCAGUACCAUCAGCCUCACCUGGACUGCCCCUGCCAACGACGGUGGAAGCCCCAUCCUCGGAUACCUGGUGGAGUGCAAGAGGACUGACACCACAGACUGGAUCCGCUGCAACGUCCCCAGGAACCUGCAGGAGACCCACUACAUCAUCCAGAACCUCAUCUUCAAAGCAGAGUACCAGUGCCGCAUAACUGCCGUCAACAAGGUUGGCUUCAGCGAGCCCGUAGAAGUGCCUGGCAAACACGUUGCUAAGGACAUCAUUGUUCCUCCAGAGGCAGAACUGAGCGCAGAGUUGAAGGAAGGCCUGGAGCUGUGUGCUGGCGCCACCAUGAGGCUGCACGCCACCAUCAAGGGCCGCCCUAAUCCCAAGAUCACUUGGGCAAAGAUGAACACUAACAUCAAGGACCGCCAAGGCAUCAUCAUCAAGUCCACCACCACUGACACCACGGUGUUAGUGGACAAUGUCAACAGAUAUGAUGCUGGGAAAUACAUCCUGAACCUGGAGAGUGUGGCUGGCAUGAAGAUGUACACCAUCAUCGUCAAGGUUCUUGACACUCCCGGGCCACCAGUCAACUUGAUAGUGAAGGAGACAAAUAAGGAAUGCGCCUCCAUCUACUGGGAUGCUCCUCUAAUUGAUGGUGGCUACGAAAUCACCCACUACAUCGUGGAGAAGCGUGACACUGAGAGGAAGGCCUGGUCCAUGGUCUCCAACAAUUGCACCAAGACGUCUUCCAAGGUGCCAGACCUGCAAGCAGGACGGUCCUACUGCUUCAGAGUGUCAGCAGUCAACCAGCUUGGUGCUGGAGAGUACUGCGAGACGGCUGACUCUGUCAGAGCAACUGAGGAGCCUGGGCCUGUCAUGGACUUCAAGACCCUACUGGUUACUAAGGACUCUUGCACUCUAUGCUGGAAGAAACCCAUCACUGAUGGUGGCAGUCGCAUCAUCUGCUACGUGCUUGAGGUUCUCAACGGUGACGACAACUACAAGGAGCUAAUGAGGUCCAAGAACAUGCAGUACAGUGCCAAGGAUCUGGUGGAGGGCAAAGAGUACAAAUACAGAGUCAUGGCUGUGAAUGACGCAGGAGAGAGCUCUCCCAAGGAGCUGGCAGUAGUCGCCAAGGAUCAACUCAUUCAUCCCAGCUGUGACUUGAGGGACCUGCCCAACAUGUGCUACAUUGCCAAGGAGGGCAGUACAGUCCGUCUUAAGAUCCCAAUCAUUGGCAAGCCUACGCCCAAGGUCUCCUGGAAGAAGGGAGAAGACGAAGACCUGACAGACACUGGCCGUGUUUGUGCAGAGUCCUCUGCAGUCAACACCACCCUCCUAAUCAGAGACUGUAAGAGGAGUGAUGCUUCCAAGUACACCAUCACCCUGAGGAACAGUGCUGGAAGCAAGGAAUCCACCAUCUUCAUCAGGGUGGUGGGCAAGCCUGGCAUUCCUAUUGGACCCAUUAAGUUCAAAGAUGUUGCUGCUGAUGGUGCCACUCUGAGGUGGAAAGCUCCAAAGGACGACGGCGGCUCUGAGAUCACCAACUACACCCUGGACAAAAGGGACUCAAUCACCAACAUGUGGGUGACUGUCUCCUCUGCUGUGGAGACCAACAGCAUGAGAGUGACAGGUCUCCACGAGGGCACAGAGUAUAUUUUCAGAGUCUGUGCUGAGAACAAGUACGGUGUUGGAGAGGGACUCAAAUCUGAGCCCAUUGUUGCUAAACAUCCAUUCAAUGUUCCCGAUGCUCCUCCUCCACCUCAGAUCAUGAGCAUGCGCCAUGACUCUGCUUACCUGGCCUGGUCUGACCCCAGGAAGACUGGAGGAUCUCCCAUCACAGGCUACCAUGUUGAGUUCAAGGAGAGGAACAGUAUGUUGUGGAAGAGGUCAAGCCCAACUGCCUUGAGGAUGAAGGAACAUAAGGUAACUGGGUUGACUGAAGGUCUGGAGUACGAGUUUAGAGUCAUGGCCAUCAACCUGGCUGGCAUUGGCAGACCGAGUGCUCCCACCGAUCCACAGGUUGCCCUGGAUCCCAUUGAUACUCCUGGUAAACCUGAUGUAGUCAGCAUCACCAGGAGCACCGUGACCCUCCAAUGGACUGAGCCAGAGUUCGACGGUGGCCACAGGCUCACUGGCUACAUCAUUGAGAAGCGCGACUUACCUUCCAAGAUCUGGGUGAAGGCCAACAACGUGAAUGUUGUGGAUCCUGCCUUCACUGUCACCGAUCUACAAGAGGGCUGCAAAUACGAGUUCAGAAUCAGAGCAAAGAAUGCUGCUGGUGCUCUCAGCCCACCCUCCGAGCAGACAGACACUAUCAUCUGCAGGGAUGAAUACGCUGCACCAACCAUUAUCAUUGACACUCAUGUGAUGGAGGGUCUGACUGUCAGAGCUGGCGAUACUAUAGUCAUCACUGCUACAAGUAUUUUAGGCAAACCUGCCCCAACCUCAUGCUGGUCUAAGGGAGGGAAGUACUUUAAGCCCUCUGACAUUGUUAAUAUCGAGACCACUGCAACCUCCUCAACCCUGUCCAUCAAGUAUGCUGGCAGGAAGGACUCUGGCGAUUAUGUCAUCACUGCCAGCAACCCCUUCGGUGUGAAGGAGGAAACCGUCAAGGUGAAAGUUCUGGAUGUUCCUUCUGCUCCUGGACCCAUUGAAUGCAGUGGUGUCUCCUCCGAAAAGGUCACCCUGACCUGGACUGCUCCUACCGAGGAUGGAGGUUCCCCUAUCAAGUACUACACCCUGGAGAAGAGGGAGACCAGCCGCCUGCUCUGGACUAUCCUGGAAGAGAAGGUCAUCGACUGUCACUACGUGGCCAACAAGCUCAUCCAGGGCAAUGAGUACAUUUUCAGAGUCUCUGCCGUUAACCAGUACGGUACCAGCGAGGCAUCUCACUCCGAGCCAGUCAAGAUGGUUGAUAGAUUUGGUCCUCCUGGUCCACCAACUAAACCAGAGGUUGAGAAGGUUGAUGGGCAUUCAGCUACUGUGACCUGGAAGAGACCACCUGAGGAUGGAGGAAGUGACAUCACAGGAUACUGUGUUGAAAAGAAGGAGAAAAAGGCCAUGAGAUGGGUCAGGGCAUCCAAGAAAUCAAUUGCUGAGCUCAGCUAUGAAGUCACAGGACUCACUGAAGGAAUAGAGUAUGAGUUCCGUGUUCUUGCGGAGAACAGAGCUGGCUUUGGAGAGCCAAGUGAACCAUCUUUGCCUGUCAGAACGACAGUUGCUACCUAUGUGCCUGGACCUCCAGUCAACCCAAGAGUCACAGACACAACCAAAACCGCUGCCACUCUGAACUGGGGAAAACCUCUUGAUAAUGGUGGACUUGAAGUCACUGGAUAUGUGAUUGAGCACAAGAAAGAAGGAACAGAAGAAUGGGUUAAGGACACUCCUUCAUCUCCACUUAGGAUCACAGAGUUUGUCGUUCCUGGGCUGGAAACUGGUUCAAAAUAUCACUUCAGAAUUAGUGCUGUGAAUGCUAAAGGAGCAGGUGAACCAGCUGAAACUCAGGAACUGGUUGAGAUAGUGGAGCGUGCAACUGAGCCUGAUUUUGAGCUAGACGUUGAGCUGAGAAGAACCCUUGUUGUCAGGGCUGGCUGUUCCAUUCGCCUCUUUGUGCCAAUCAAGGGACGUCCUACACCUACAGUCACCUGGACCAAGGAGGGUGGUCCUGUCCCACGUGCCAUCAUUGACAGUACUGAGUCAUUUACAAUGCUGGUCAUCCCUGACAGUUCAAGGAUUGAUGGGGGUAAAUAUGAGCUUACCCUUGAAAACUCAUCUGGAAAGAAGAGUGCCCCUAUCAACGUGAGAGUUCUGGAUUCACCUGGACCUCCACAUAACUUAAAACCUGUCAAGAUUGAUAAGGAAAGCAUUACUCUUCAGUGGGAGAUGCCUCUCAUUGAUGGUGGAGCCAAGAUCACAAACUACAUAAUUGAGAAGAGAGAAUCAACACGCAAGGCUUUUGCUACUGUUAUUACAAAUUGCCCGACAACUUCAGCCUGUAUCUCCGACCUGGGUGAAGGCUGUGAGUACUACUUCAGAGUAUCUGCUGAGAAUGAGUAUGGUAUUGGUGAAGCAGUUGAAACCACUGAUGCAAUUCGUGCAUCCCAGGCACCAACUCAUCCAGAGAGUAUUAUUCCUACUGAUAUCACUAAGAACUCUGUGAGCCUGGCUUGGACCAAACCCAAACAUGAUGGUGGAAGCAGAAUCACUGGAUAUGUCCUUGAAGCCCAGAAGAAGGGAACUGAUCAGUGGGCCCAUGUAACAACAGUCAAGACCAUGGAUUUCACAGUAAAGAAUCUCAAUGAGAAUGAGGAGUACAUUUUCCGCGUAAUGGCUGUCAACCAUUCAGGUAGAAGUGCUCCACGUGAGAGUAAACCCAUUGUUGUAAAGGAUUCUACUUCCCUGCCUGAGUUUGACCUGCGUGGUGUAUGUCAAAAGACUGUUAUUGCCAAGGCAGGAGAUGACAUCAAGGUUGAAAUUCCAGUUAUGGGGCGACCUAGACCAACUAUCCAUUGGCAGAAGGAUGGCGCAGCCCUAAAGCUCACACAGAGAACCAAUGUGGAGACCACUUCAGCUACUGCUAUCCUCAGUAUCAAUGAAUGUACCAGAGGAGACAGUGGUGUAUACACUAUGACAGGAAAGAACAUCGUUGGUUCUGUGACAGACAACAUCAUUGUCAAAGUACAUGAUGUUCCUGGGCCACCCAAAGGACCAAUUAAGAUUGUGGAGAUAUCUCGUACCUAUUGCAUAUUUGCAUGGGACACUCCUGAGAAUGAUGGAGGUGUUCCCAUCAACAAUUAUGUGAUUGAGAUCAGAGACACCACUACUCAGACAUGGACAGAGCUGUCUUCCACAAUCAUCCGUACCAUGUUCAAAGCCAUUCGUUUAACCACUGGAUCAGAGUAUCAGUUUAGAGUAAAGGCUAAGAACAGAUAUGGUGUUGGACCUCCCAUCACUUCAGAGGCAGUGGUGGCUGCCUAUCCAUUCAAAGUCCCUGGACCUCCUGGUACGCCUAAUGUUGUUGCAUUCACCAAGGACUCAAUAACAAUUGGCUGGAAUGAGCCGGUGUCUGAUGGUGGAAAUGAAGUCAUUGGAUAUCAUGUUGAGAGGAAAGAAAGAAACAGCAUCGUGUGGCAUAAGAUCAGCAAGAGUGUUGUGAAGGGAAACAUCUUCAAAUCCUCUGGGCUGGAAGACGGAGUUGCCUAUGAAUUCCGUGUCAUGGCUGAAAACAUGGCUGGAAUUGGUAGGCCCAGCAAAGCCUCAGAAGCAAUACUGGCCUUAGACCCUGUAGACCCACCAGGUCAGCCCAUGCCUAUAUUUGUCAACAAGAAUGUCAUCACUAUUCAGUGGACAAAACCUGAGUAUGAUGGUGGCUUCAAAAUCACUGGCUACACAGUGGAGAAGAGAGAACUUCCUGCUGGACGCUGGAUCAGAGCCAACUUCACCAACAUCAUUGACACAACAUUCACUGUCAGUGGGUUGACUCAAGAUGCCUCCUAUGAGUUCCGUGUCAUAGCCAGAAACUCAAUAGGUGCAGUAAGUGUUCCUUCUGACCACUCUGACCCAAUUACCUGCAAAGAUGACAUUAUUGAGCCACGCAUCAUGGUUGAUGCCAUCUUUAAGGAUGUUGUUCUGCUGAAGGCAGGGGAGUCUUUCAAACUUGAUGCUGACAUUGCUGGUCAACCAACCCCAUCCAUGGUAUGGACCAAGAAUGGAAAAGAGGUUGAGAACACAAUGAAACUAGACGUUAAGUUCACAGAACUGACAACCACACUGACCAACAAGGACUCUGUCAGAACAGACGGAGGAGAAUUUGUUUUGACUGCCACUAAUGUUGGUGGAUUUUCUAAGCACAUCUUUAAAGUUAAAGUACUUGACAGACCUGGACCACCAGAAGGACCUCUUAAGGUAUCAGAUGUCACAGCAGACAAUUGUGUAUUGGCAUGGGCCCCACCUCCAGAUGAUGGUGGUGCCCCGAUCGAAGGAUACAUUAUACAGAAACGUGAAUCAAGCAGACUGGCUUGGACCAAUGUCGCUUCAGACCUGCAAGUUACACAACACAAGGUGACCAAGCUGCUCAAAGGAAAUGAAUACAUCUUCAGAGUUAUGGCAGUAAAUAAAUAUGGCCAGGGCGAGCCGCUUGAUUCCGAACCUACUAUUGCAGACAACCCAUACGUGGUUCCCGAUCCUCCAGAGUCUCCUGAGGUGACAGCUGUCACUAAAGAUUCAAUGAUUGUUAUGUGGCAAGCACCUAAGAGUGAUGGUGGAACCCCCAUCACCCACUACAAUGUUGAAAGAAAAGACAAAAUUGGCCUCCGCUGGGUCAAAUGCAAUAAGAGGAAGGUCAAAGACCUACAGUUCAAGGCAACAGGUCUUGUCAAUGGACAUGAAUAUGAAUUCAGAAUAAUUGCUGAGAAUGCUGCUGGAUUGAGUGCACCAAGUAUUGCCAGUCCAUUCUACAAGGCUACUGAUGCACUGUACAAGCCAGGGGCUCCAUGCAACCCCAGAGUCUUAGACACAACCAAGUCCUCAAUUACUGUUGCCUGGAACAAACCUGUGUAUGAUGGUGGCUCUGAUAUCACUGGCUACAUUGUGGAGACCUGCAUCCCAUCUGAAAAGGAAGAGGAGGAGGAGUGGACCAUUGCAACACCCAAACAAGGGCUCCUUGCCACCUCAUUCACCAUUAUCAACCUGAAAGAGAACCAGGAGUACAAGAUUAACAUCUCUGCUGUGAACGAUGAAGGAAUUGGAGAGGCAGCAUCUGUACCUGGAAAUCCCAAGGCAGAGGACAGGCUCUUACCACCUGAGAUUGAUGUGGAUGCUGAGCUCCUGAAAGUUGUUACCCUUAGAGCUUGCUGCUCACUUAGACUAUUUGUGCCCAUGAGAGGCAGACCAGCUCCUCAGGCUAAAUGGACCAAAGGGGAUGGUGAGCACAUUGAGAGGGCCACCAUUGACAGCACAACGUCAUACACAUCACUUGUAAUUGAAAAUGUCAACAGAUUUGAUAGUGGAAAGUAUAACCUUACAGUCGAAAACAGCUCGGGCUCCAAGACAUUUACAGUCCAAGUCAGGGUGCUUGACACACCAAGUGCCCCACAGAAUCUGAAGAUUUCUACUGUAACAAAAGAAUCUGUCACUCUGACUUGGGAUCCACCACUGAAUGAUGGAGGAGUUAAGAUUAAGAACUACAUUGUUGAAAAGCGAGAGUCCACAAGGAAAGCAUAUGCCACAGUCAGCGCUAUGUGCCAUCACACCACCUUUACAGUUGACCAACUCCUUGAAGGAUGCAACUAUUACUUCAGAGUUUUGGCUGAGAAUGAAUAUGGCAUUGGCCUGCCCAUUGAGACUGGUGAAUCAGUUAAAGUGUCUGAGAAACCACAGCCACCCGGCAAAGUCACUCUUAAGGAUGUUACAAAGAACAGUGUCACCCUCUGCUGGGAGAAACCAGAACAUGAUGGUGGUAGCAGAGUGGGCUGUUAUGUUAUUGAGGUCCAGCCUAAAGGUGAUGAUAAGUGGACACAAGCUUUGAUUGUGAAAGAAACAGAAGCUACCAUUAGUGGGCUCAAGGCAGGCGAAGAAUACAUGUUCCGUGUGGCAGCAAGAAAUGAGAAGGGAACAAGUGACCCACGUCAAAUUGGUGUGCCUGUGAUUGUUAAAGAUCUUGUGAUCGCACCAGUUGCCAAAAUGCUGUUUACCACAUUUAGUGUGUUGGCAGGUGAAGACCUGACAGUAGAGGUCCCAUAUGUUGCACGUCCCAAAGCAGCUGUCUCCUGGGUAAAGGAUGGCGUGCCUCUGAAGAGAACUACUAGAGUAAACUUUGGUGCAACAGAAACAUUGCUGAAUCUCACCAUAAAAGAGGCUUCCAAAGAAGAUGUUGGACACUAUCAUAUUACUCUCAGCAACACAGCAGGAGAGACAACAGCAGACAUUGGCAUUGUUGUUCUUGACAAACCUGGUCAACCAGGUGGUCCAGUUAAGGUGGAGGAAGUCACCUCUGACAGUGUAACCAUCUCCUGGAACCCACCAGAGUAUGAUGGUGGGUGCACAAUCAAAAACUACAUUGUGGAGAAGAGAGACACAUCCACAACUAACUGGAUGGUUGUUUCUCCUAACCUUGCAAGGACUAAAAUCAAGGCAGGCAGGUUGAAGACUGGCUCUGAGUAUCAGUUUAGAAUCACAGCAGAAAACAGAUAUGGAAAAGGGCACGCUCUUCUAUCAGCAUCUAUUACGGCUCAAUAUCCAUAUAAGCUCCCAGGACCACCAGGAACACCUUCCAUUGCAGCCUGUACCAAGGACAGCAUGAUGGUGACAUGGAAUGAACCUGUGAAUGAUGGUGGAAGCACUAUCUUGGGCUACCAUCUUGAGCGCAAAGAAAGAAACAGCAUCCUGUGGGUCAAAUUGAACAAGUCUCUUAUUACUGAUCAAACCUUCAAGACCACUGGCCUAGAACCAGGAAUGGAGUAUGAAUACAGAGUUUAUGCUGAAAACAUUGUUGGAAUAGGCAAAGUGAGCAAAGUGUCUGAAGGCCACAUUGCUAGAGAUCCUUGUGAUCCUCCUGGCACCCCUGAGGCAACAAAGAUUACUAAGGACUCUGUGACCAUUGUUUGGACCAAGCCUGAGUAUGAUGGUGGUGCCAAGGUUACAGGCUAUAUUGUGGAAAAGAAGGAGCUGCCGGAAGGUCGUUGGGUAAAGGCUAAUUUCACUAAUAUCAUAGAGACAGAAUAUGUUGCUACAGGCCUUGUACAGGACAGUCAGUAUGAGUUCCGUGUCAUUGCCAGAAAUGCUGCUGGUGUUUUCAGUCUCCCCUCUUACAGCACUGGUCCUAUUACUGCCAAGGAUGAGAUUGAGCCACCACGCAUCAGUAUUGACCCAGAAUACACACAGACUAUUGUGGUUAAUGCCGGAGACAACUUCAAGAUUGAUGGAGAUGUUCAUGGCAAACCAUUGCCCUCGAUCCACUGGAUGAAAGGAGAACAUGAGCUGGGAAACACUAUUCAUAGAGAUAUAAAGAACACACCCACCAAAGCUUGUAUCACUGUAAAGGAAGCUAAACUUUCUGAUGGAGGCCAAUACACUCUGCUGUUGAAAAAUCCAGGAGGAGAGAAGUCUGUGCACAUCAAUGUGGUUGUUCUAGAUAAACCUGGAGAACCAUUUGGACCUCUUGCUGUAACUGGAAUAACUAAAGAGCAAUGUUGCCUUGCAUGGAAACCGCCUCUGCAAGAUGGUGGCAGCAAGAUUUCUCACUACAUUGUGGAGAGGAGAGAGACAAGCAGAUUAGUAUGGACUGUUGUUGACCCAAAAGUGGAGAAUACUUGUCUAAAGGUUACUAAGCUCUUGGAAGGAAAUGAGUACAUUUUCAGAGUCCAUGCUGUCAACCAGUUUGGUGUGGGUGCAGCACUUGAGUCUGAUGCUGUCAUGAUCAAAGAUCCAUACCUGACCCCUGGAUCACCCAAGGGCUUAGAGAUUUCAGAUAUUAAAAAGGAUUCCAUGGUGCUCACCUGGGAGGCUCCCUCUGAAGAUGGAGGCAGUCCUAUCACUAAGUAUAUCAUUGAGAAACAUGACAAAGAUGGUGUAAGAUGGACCCGAUGCAACAGGCAAGAAGUCUCUGACUUGACCUUCAAGGUCACUGGACUCCUAGAAAGCCAUAGUUAUGAAUUCAGAGUUGCAGCUGAGAAUGCUGUUGGAGUUGGUGAGCCAAGCCCCCCAACUGCAUUCUACAAAGCUCUUGAUCCUAUCUUUAAGCCUGGCCCACCACAACAUCCAAGAGUUAUUGACACAACAAAAACAUCAGUAUUCCUGUCAUGGAGCAAGCCGGACUGUGAUGGUGGCUGUGAGAUUCAGGGAUAUAUUGUUGAGUGCUGCACUACCAAAGAGCCAGCAGUACCAGCUGAGGCCCCUGCUGAAGCCACAGCUGAAGAAGCACCUACCAUAGAUGCACCUGCUGAGGAAUGGAUAAUGUGCACACCACCAACGGGUAUCAAGAAGACCAAGUUUGACGUUGUAAACCUGAAAGAAAAUCAGGCAUACAAGUUCAGAAUAUGUGCUAUCAACAAGGUUGGAAUUGGUGAGAAUGCUGAUGUUUCUGGAGUUGUUGUGACCCAUGACAGAACUGAAGAGCCAGAUCUUGACAUUGACCCAGAACUGAGAAAGAUUGUGACCAUUAAAGCUGGAGCUUCCCUUAGACUGUUUAUUCCAAUCAAAGGAAGGCCCACUCCUACCAUCAAGUGGGACAAAGAUGAUGUUGCACUUAAAGAGGCUGCUCAGGUUGAGGUGACCAGCAGUUUUACAGCCCUUGUAAUUGACAAGAUGAGCAGAAAUGAUAGUGGAAAAUACACGGUCACUGCAGAGAACUCCAGUGGAACUAAAUCUGCAUUUGUUGUUGUCCGUGUUCUUGACACACCCAGUGCUCCUGUUAACCUGAAAGUGAAGGAAAUUACAAACCAGUCAGUGACACUGGCAUGGGAACCACCUCUGUUAGAUGGUGGGUCCAAGAUCAAGAACUACAUUGUGGAAAAGAGAGAAACCACACGCAAAACAUAUGCAGCUGUGGUAACAAAUUGCCAUACUCUUUCAUGGAAGAUAGAUCAACUCCAGGAGGGGUGCAGUUACUACUUCAGAGUCCUUGCUGAGAACAUACAUGGUGUUGGUCUGCCUGCAAUAACUGUCGACCCUCUGAAGGUCUCAGAGGUACCCCAGUCCCCCAAGAGCUUGACUGUUACAGACCAAACCAAGACAAGCAUCUCUUUGGCCUGGGAGAAGCCAGACUAUGAUGGUGGUAGCAGAGUCAUGCAGUACUUGCUCGAGGUGCAGGUUAAGGGCCAUGACAAAUGGUCUGGUGUUAACACAUACAAGACAAUGGAGACUAAAGUUACUAACCUGAACCCAGGAGAGGAGUAUCUGUUCCAAGUUACAGCAAUCAACGAUAAGGGUAAAAGUGACCCCAAAGUCCUUGCUGGCCCAGUCAUGACCAAGGACUUAGUCUUUGAGCCAGAUGUUCGACCAGCUUUCAGCAACUAUAGUGUCCAUGUGGGCAAAGACCUGAACGUUGACAUCCCCAUCUUUGGACGCCCUAAACCAACGGUAAAAUGGACAAAAGAUGGAGCUCCUUUGAAGUACACUACCAGAGUCAACAUUAUCAAUACACCAACACAUACAACACUGAGCAUUAAGGAGGCAGCAGGUGAUGAUGGUGGCAUGUACAGUAUAAAUGCAGCCAACUCAGCUGGAAAGAAGGACACAACAGUUGAAAUUAUUGUACUUGACAAGCCUGGGCCUCCAUCUGGCCCUGUGAGGUUUGAUGAAGUCACAACACAGACUGUAACUAUUUCAUGGGACCCACCAAAACACAAUGGCGGUUGCCAAAUUUCAAACUACAUUGUGCAGAAGAGAGAUACUACAACAACAACAUGGGAAAAUGUCAGCAUUAACUGUGCCAGAACCACAAUCAAAGUGCCAAGGCUGAAGACUGGAGCAGAAUACCAAUUCAGAAUCAUUGCCCAGAACCGCUUUGGCAAGAGUCAUGGUCUGGAUUCAUCUGCUGUGGUCGCUCAGUACCCAUACAGAGAGCCUGGCCCACCAGGCACUCCUUUCAUCUCUUCUCUCUCUAGAGACCACCAGAUUGUUGAGUGGCAUGAGCCUGUCUCAGAUGGAGGCAGCCCUGUCCUUGGCUACCAUCUAGAAAGGAAAGAGAGGAAUAGUAUUCUCUGGGUCAAGAUCAACAAGAUACUUAUUCAUGAGACUAGUUUCAAGAGUCAUCCCUUGGAAGAGGGUAUUGAAUAUGAAUACAGGGUUUAUGCUGAAAAUAUUGUUGGCAUUGGCAGGUGCAGUAAGGUCUCAGAGGGCUGCAGUGCCCGUGACCCAUGUGAUCCUCCUGGCACACCAGAGGUCAUCCAUGUGACCAAAGAUACCAUUGUCAUUCAGUGGACUAAACCUGAGUAUGAUGGUGGCAGUAACAUAACUGGCUACAUUGUGGAGAAGCGGGAUCUGCCAGAGGGUCGGUGGGUAAGGGCAAACUUCACUAACGUGAUUGAGACCAAGUUCACUGUCACUGGUCUGACUGAAAAUGCACAGUAUGACUUUAGAGUCAUUGCUAAAAAUGCUGUCGGCACCAUCAGCAAGCCGUCCUACAACAGUGGACCAAUCACUGCAAGUGAUAAAAUGGAAGCACCCAAGUUCUCCAUUGACCCCACAUUCACCAAGACUAUUGUCAUCAAUGCUGGAGAGACAUUCAAGCUAGAUGCAGAUGUCCGUGGCAAGCCACUUCCUUCAAUCCAGUGGUUCAAGGAUGGACAUCCAAUUGAGAAUACACUCAGACUGGAGGUCAGAAACACAGAAAACCAUGCAAUGAUUGUCAUUAAGGACGCGGUCAGAAUUGAUGGCGGAAAUUACACGCUACAGCUUACAAAUGAGGCUGGUACUGAAACUGUUCCAUUCAAGGUUGUAGUACUGGACAGGCCUAGCGCAUGUGAAGGACCCCUUCGCAUUACAGGGGUUGCUGAGGAUAGAUGCACACUGGUAUGGCUUGCCCCUCUACACGACGGAGGUAGUCCCAUUACACGCUAUAUCAUUGAAAGACGAGAGACCAGCCGUCUAGCUUGGACUGUUGUUACUAACAGUUGUGACAACACAUGCUAUAAAGUCACCAAAUUGCUGGAAGGCAAUGAGUAUAUGUUCCGUGUAAUGGCAGUUAACAGUUAUGGUGUCAGUGAGCCAUUGGAGUCUGGUGGAGUGAUCAUGAAGACUCCAUUUGUUCUUCCUGGUCCACCUCACAUUGAGGAUAUAUCCAGCAUUGCUCAUGAUGGCAUGACAGUCACUUGGUCUGCCCCGGAAAGUGAUGGUGGCAGUGAAAUCACCAAUUAUAUUAUUGAAAAGAAGGAUAGAGCUGGAAUUAAAUGGACCAGAUGCAACAGGCAGAAGGUCACUGAUCUCUCCUUUAGAGCUACAGGCCUAACCACUGGCCAUGAGUACGAGUUCAGAGUGGCUGCUGAGAAUGUAGUUGGAGUGGGAGAGCCAAGUCUUCCAAGUUCAUUCUACAAGGCCUGUGAUCCAAAGUACAAACCUGGGUCCCCAGCAUAUGUGCAUGUAAUUGACUCAACAAAGAGUUCCGUUACAGUUUCAUGGGGUAAGCCUCUGUUUGAUGGUGGCAGCGCCAUUCAAGGAUACAUUGUUGAAGUCUGCAAGGCUGAAGAGGAGGAAUGGACCAUGGUAACUCCCCCCACUGGCCUGCGCGUCAACAAAUAUGAAAUUACCAAACUUACUGAGGCUCAGGAGUACAAGAUCCAGGUGUGCGCUCUGAACAAACUUGGAGUUGGUGAGCCAGCUGUUCUCUCAGGAACAGCUAAGCCAGAAGAAAGGGUGGAGCCACCAGAGAUCCACUUGGACUCUGAGCUGAGGAAGGGUAUUAUUGUGAAGGCUGGAGGGUCUGUUAGAAUCCAUGUUCCAUUCAAGGGCAGGCCGACCCCUGAGAUUAAAUGGACUAAGGACGAGGGAGACCUGACUGAAAAGGCAGUGGUUGAGAAGGCUCUCAACUUCACACAGCUGUCCAUUGACUCAUGUGACAGGAGCAACUCAGGAAAAUACACUCUGAGCCUAACCAACAGCAGUGGCACUGUGUCUGAGUUGGUUUCUGUUAAAGUCCUGGAUACACCUGGGGCCCCACAUAACCUUGUGGUUAAAGAUGUCAAAAAGGACUCUGUCACUCUUGUAUGGGAUGCACCACUGGUUGAUGGAGGUUCUAAAAUUAAGAACUAUGUCAUUGACAAACGUGAAUCAACCCGCAAGGUGUUUGCAAAUGUGUCCACAAAAUGCACCAAGACAACAUUCAAAGUUGAGAACCUGGUUGAAGGCGCUAUGUACUACUUCAGAGUCAUGGCUGAGAAUGAUUAUGGAAUUGGUCAGGGUGUUGAAACAAAGACAGCUACCAAGGCCUCUGAGGUACCUCUUCCAGUUGGAAAAGUCCUCCUCACUGAUGUCACCAAGACCACUGCCUCACUGACUUGGGAGAAACCUGAGCAUGAUGGAGGCAGUAGAAUUAGUGGCUACCUAAUUGAGAUGCUGCCCAAGGGAACAGAUAAGUGGGGAGUUGCAACAAAUACAAAGACAUGCGAGGGCACUGUCACAGGCCUCACAAGUGGAACAGAGUACUUAUUCCGUAUCAUUGCUUACAAUGAGAAGGGAAAGAGUGAGCCAAAGGCACUUGCUGCACCUGUUGUUGCCAGUGACAUGACCAUGGAGCCAAGUAUUAACGUGCAAUUCAACACUUACAGUGUUUUAUCUGGAAAAGAUCUGAAGUUGGAGUUCCCUGUGCAUGGCAGGCCCAAACCCAGAGUCACCUGGACCAAGGAUGGUCAGCCUCUUAAGGUGACAACCAGAGUCAGUGUGUUUAACACUCUAACAACAACAGGAAUUCAGAUUACUGAGGCAAGCAAGGAGGACUUCGGCAAAUACUCCAUUACAGCAGCCAAUACUACCGGCACAGCCACUGAGGAAGUGGGUAUCAUUAUUCUUGAUAAACCUGGUCCACCAAAAGGUCCAGUUAAGGUUGUUGAAGUGAGCAAUACAUUUGUCCAUCUCUCCUGGGAGCCCCCAGAGUACACAGGUGGAUGCCAGGUAAAGAACUAUAUGGUGGAGAAGAGAGACACCACCACCCAAACAUGGCAAUCCGUCACCACACAGCUUGCUAGAACAGCUUUAAAAGUCACCAAGCUGAAGACUGGUGCAGAAUACCAGUUCAGAAUCAUAGCUGAAAACAGAUAUGGAAAGGGUGUGCCUUUGGACUCCAAGGCCAUUACUGUUCAGUAUCCAUACAAACCACCAGGGCCCCCCGGAACACCACAUAUCAAAGCUGCAACAAAGGAGAUGAUGGUCAUUGAAUGGAAUGAGCCAGUUAAUGAUGGUGGAAGUCCAGUUAUUGGUUACCAUCUGGAAAGCAAGGAGAGAAGCAGCAUCCUGUGGAUCAAACUGAACAAGACUCUCAUCACCGAUACAGAGUUCAAGACCUGCAAUCUUGAGGAGGGUAUUGGAUACGAAUUCAGAGUGUAUGCUGAAAAUAUUGUUGGAAUUGGCAGAUGCAGUAAAGUGUCUGAAUCCUUCGUUGCUCGUGACCCAUGUGAUCCCCCUGGUGCUCCUGAAGCUGUAACUAUUUCUAAGAACUCAAUCAAGAUUCAGUGGACUAAGCCUCAUUAUGAUGGUGGCAGCAAAGUAAAUGGAUAUAUUGUUGAGAGGAAAGAUCUUUCCUCCCCUGAGGGGCGUUGGGUAAGAUCUAACUUCACUAAUAUAAUGGAGACUGAGUAUUCUGUCACUGGUCUGACAGAGAAUGAACAAUAUGAAUUCAGAGUUAUUGCCAGAAAUGCAGCUGGUGUCUUCAGUGAGCCAUCUGACAGCUCUGGACCUAUUACUGCUACUGAUGAAAUUGAACCACCAAGGGCCUCAAUGGAUCCUAAAUACAAGGAUGUCAUUGUUGUCGAUGCUGGGGAAAACUUGCUUCUUGAUGCAGACAUCCAUGGCAAACCAGUUCCUGAUGUUGUCUGGCUAAAGGAGGGCAAAGAAAUGGAUAAAGCCCUGCGCAUUGAAGUGAAAACUACACACAAACGUGCAGCCAUGACCAUUAAGGAUGUAACCAAGCUUGACAGUGGCCACUAUGACCUUGUCCUCAAAAAUCUGGGUGGUACAAAAACAUUCCCUAUCACUGUCAAAGUUCUUGAUAAACCAGGUAAACCCACUGGACCCAUGAAAGUGACAGGUGUUAUGGCUGACAGGUGCAUCCUUGCCUGGGCUGAGCCAACUCUGGAUGGUGGGGCUAGUAUCACUCACUAUAUCUUGGAGAAGAGAGAGACUAGCAGGUUGUCCUGGAUGGUGGCUGCAACUGAAAUCAAGGGUCUGUACUUUAAAUUAACAAACUUGCUCCCUGGAAAUGAAUAUAUUUUCAGAGUAAGGGCUGUCAAUAAAUAUGGUGUUGGUGAUUAUCUUGAAAGUGAACCUAUCAUUGCACGCAAUCCUUACAAGCCACCUAGUGCUCCUGGAACUCCAGAGGCAAGUCAGAUUAAAAAGGACUCUAUGGUUUUGUCAUGGACCAUUCCAGAACAGACUGGUGGAGCUGACAUUGAAGGCUACCACCUUGAAAAACGCGACAAAGACGGUGUGAGGUGGACAAAGUGUAACAGACAAAAACUGACUGACACCCACUUCAAGGUCACCGGUCUGCUUACAGAUCACUUCUAUGAGUUCCGUGUUGCUGCUGAGAAUGAGGCUGGAAUGGGAGACCUCAGUGAAUUGUCCCUAUUCUACAGAGCAUGUGAUGCCACAACACCACCUGGACCUCCACACCAUCCUAAGGUGACAGACUACACAAAGUCUUCUGUGUCUCUAUCCUGGGGCAAACCUGAUUUUGAUGGUGGUGCUUACAUCAAGGGCUACAUUGUUGAAAUGAGGGAGUAUACACCAGAACCAGAAUCAACAGAGGAGGCAGAAGUAGCACCAGCAGUAGAGGCACCAGCUGAAAAGGAAUGGGCCAUGUGCACUCCACCCGCUGGCAUUCAAGCCACUAAACUAACUAUCACAGACGUAAAGGAGGGUGAAGAGUAUCAGUUCCGCGUCUGUGCCAUCAACUCUGAGGGAGUAGGAGAGGCUGCUAAUAUCCAUGGGACUGUGGUUACAUCUGACAGGUUGGAAGCACCUGAGAUGGAGCUGGAUGCUGAACUCAGAAAGGUGGUAUCUGUCCGUGCUGGUGGAACUCUGCGUCUGUUUGUCACCAUCAGAGGACGGCCUGAACCUACUGUGAAAUGGGAGAAGGUUGAGGGUGCUCUUACAGAUCGUGCUGCCAUUGACACCACCAGUUCAUACACCAUGCUUGUCAUUGACAGUGUUAACCGCUUUGACAGUGGCAAAUACUCACUGUCAUUGGAAAACAGCAGUGGCACAAAAUCUGCCGUUGUAGCAGUGAGAAUUCUGGAUACACCAAGUGCACCACAGAACUUUGCUGUGAAGGAGCUCAAGAAGGACUCUGUGACUCUUGCCUGGGACACUCCACUCACAGAUGGUGGUUCGAAAAUCACAAACUACAUUGUAGAGAAGAGAGAGUCUGUCAGGAAGGCCUUUACUACUGUAACCAGUAACUGCACAGCUAACUCGUUCAAGAUUGAAGAGCUGCCUGAGGGUGGCACUUUCUAUUUCAGAGUCUGUGCUGUUAAUGUAUAUGGCCAAGGACAGAUGGUAGAAACCAAAGAAGUCAAAGUGUCUGAUGUACCUCUGCCACCUAACAAGGUCACUGUCGUGGACAUGACAAAGAACAGUGUGUCACUGGCAUGGGAAAAACCUGCUCAUGAUGGUGGAAGUAAAGUAAUAUGCUACAAUGUAGAAUUUAAGCCUAAGAGUGGAGAUAAAUGGGGUACAGCAUGCACAGUCAAGGUGCCUGAGGCAACUAUUCCCAAUCUGACUCCUAAUGAAACAUAUUUAUUCAGAGUUCUUGCAAUCAAUGAGAAGGGAAAGAGUGAGCCAAAAGAUCUUGGUUUGCCUGUGGUUGCAAAGGAUGUUGGAAUUGAGCCGUCUAUCCAAUUACUAUUCACCACAUACAGUGUGAAGGCUGGAGAUGACCUCACUAUUGAGAUCCCAGUAAGAGGCAGGCCUAAGCCUGUUGUAUCCUGGAAGAAGGAUGGCCUUCCUUUGAAGCAAACAACAUCAGUGACCAUCUUAAACACGGCAACCUCAUCCAAAAUUGUAAUCAAAGAGGCUAAGAGAGAACAUGUUGGCAGUUAUGAGAUCACCCUGGCCAACACAGCAGGAACAGUGACAUCACACAUUGGAGUUAUUGUCCUUGAUAAACCAAGUUCACCUAAAGACAUUAAGGUGGAUGCUGUAACCUCAGACAGCAUCACACUGUCCUGGUCUCCACCAGAAUAUGAUGGUGGCUGCUCCAUCAGUAACUAUAUUGUGGAGAAGAGAGACACAAACACACAAGAAUGGCAGAUGGUAGCAAGCAAUGUCGCCAGAACAUCUUUCAAGGCUGGCCGUCUGACACAUGGAGCAGAGUACCAAUUCCGUGUCUAUGCAGUUAACCGUUAUGGAAAGAGUACACAUCUGGAUUCACAUGGAAUUACUGCUCAGUACAGCUUCAAACAACCUGGACCUCCUUCCACACCUGUAGUGAAGUUGGCCACCAAGUCCUACAUGUUGGUGACUUGGAAUGAGCCAGUCAAUGAUGGGGGUAGUCCUGUUCUGGGCUACCACCUGGAGAGGAAAGAGCGUACUAGUAUUCUUUGGACAAAGAUGAAUAGAGGAAUGAUCAAAAAUACUGAAUACAAAGUCAGUGGAGUUGAAGAGGGUAUGAUGUAUGAAUACCGUGUCUAUGCUGAAAAUAUUGCUGGUAUCGGUAAAUGCAGCAAGGUAUGCGAAGCUGUAGCAGCCAGAGAUCCAUGUGAUCCCCCAGGCACACCUGUGGUCACUGCUGUUACCAGAACAUCUGUCUCCUUGUCCUGGGAUAAACCAGAGUAUGAUGGUGGAGCCAAGGUUUCUGGCUACAUCAUUGAAUGCAGAGACCUUCCUGAGGGACGCUGGACGAGGUGUAACUUCACCAAUGUAGCUGAGACCCACUAUGAUGUGACAAGCCUUACAGAGAACAGCCAGUAUGACUUCCGUGUUAUUGCAAAGAAUGCAGCUGGAUUGUUCAGUGAACCAUCUGACAAUACUGGUCCCAUCACUGUGAAGGAUGAUGUGGAUCCACCACGCAUCAUGAUGGAUGUCAAGUUCAGAGAGACAGUGUGCGUGAAAGCAGGAGAAACUCUGAAGAUUAAUGCUGACUUUGCUGGACGCCCUGCCCCUGUCAUUUCCUGGACCAAGGAUGGUAAGGAGAUCGAACUCAGAGCCAGAAUCCAGAUUGUUUCAACAGAUACUAGCACCUUCGUCAUUGUGAAGGAUUGCAUCAGAAGAGAUUCUGGACAGUAUGCCCUGACUCUACAGAAUAUUGCCGGAACAGUUACCAUGCCAAUAAACUGUGUGAUUCUCGAUAAGCCAGGGCCCUGUGCAGGACCUCUGCAAAUGACAGGUCUCACAGCUGAGGCGUGCACUCUGUCAUGGGGUGAACCACAGGAGGCUGGUGGUGCUGACAUCACACAUUAUGUUGUUGAGAAGCGUGACACCAGCCGCUUGGCAUGGUCACUAGUGAAGGCGGACAUUACAAAAACAUUCUUCAAGGUCACAGGACUGCUCAAGGGUGAUGAAUAUAUCUUCAGGGUUUUGGCUGUCAACAAGCAUGGAGUUGGUGAGGCCCUGGAGAGUGAUGCUGUAAAGAUUACAGAUCCAUACACUUUUGCCACAGCUCCAACUAGUGUUGAUGUCACUGACAUAACUGGAGAUUCAAUGACCCUCACUUGGUGCAAGCCAGCCAGUGAUGGUGGCAGUCCCAUUUCUGGUUAUGUGAUUGAGCGACGUGAAAAGACAGGUAUGCGCUGGGUCCGUGUGAAUAGAGAUCCAGUUGUUGAAUGUACCACUGUAGCAACAAAACUACGCAAGGGUUGUGAGUAUGACUUCAGAGUCUAUGCUGAAAACGCUGCUGGUCUGAGUCCUCCAAGUGAACCAUCUGCACCAUUCAGGCCAGUGGAUCCUCUGGUUGUUCCUUCUUGCCCAACUAAGCCAAAGAUUAUCAGUUCAACUAAGGACAGUGUGUCCAUAGUCUGGAAACCACCAACAGAUGAUGGUGGUGCUCCCGUCCUUGGAUAUAGUGUAGAAUACAGAGACUACAUCCAAAAACCAGAACCAGAGGUGGAUGAGGAAGAGGAAGAAUAUGAGGAGGAAGAAGAGGAAGAAGAAUCACCUGAAGAACUAGCAAGAUGGGUUGAGGCUGUUCCUCUUACCAAGAGCUUGGAGUUCACAAUCACUGGACUAAAGACAGAUGCAGAAUAUGAAUUCUGUGUCAAGGCAAUAAACAAAGUUGGACACAGUGUGCGUAGCCCAUAUUCGGAUGCAGCUGUAGCCAUGGACAGAACUGCAGAGCCAUCAUUUGAUGUUGACAUUGAGAUGCGCAAAGUGCUUGUUGUUAAACAUAGCACAGCAUUUACUCUCAAUGUACCAUUCAAGGGCAAACCUGUUCCAUCAGUGACAUGGGCCAAGGAGGGCAUUGAUCUAAACAUCAGAGGAACCAUUGAUUCAACAGAAUCCAGCACUUCACUGACCAUUGAGAAGUCAACUAGAAAUGACUCUGGAGAGUACUGCGUCACUAUUGAAUCACCAUUGGGAAAAGCAACGUUGCCCAUGGUUGUCAAGGUGCUUGACUCUCCUGGACCCCCUGUUAAUGUUAAAGUUUCAGCGGUGACCAGGGAUUCUGCAACCCUCACUUGGGAAGCUCCCGAGAAUGAUGGUGGUGAUGCAGUGAAGGCCUACCAUGUUGAAAAACGUGAAGCCAGUAAGAAGGCCUGGGUUUCUGUGACAACCAACUGCCACGCACUAACUUACAAGGUAGAAGACUUGCUGGAGGGAGCAAUCUAUUACUUCAGAGUCAUUGGAGAAAAUGAACAUGGUGUGGGUAUCCCUCAGGAGGCCAAGGCUGGCACAAAGAUUACAGAGGUACCAAGUCCACCCAUGAGAUUUGGAGUUGCAAAUGUUACUAAGGACAGCGUUACAAUUGCCUGGACAAGACCAGAAUAUGAUGGUGGAAGCAGAGUCACUGGUUACCUAAUUGAUGCCCUUGAGAAGGGACAGAACAAGUGGGUGAAGUGUGCCACUGUGAAGACCAUGAACCACACCAUAAAGAGCCUGAGGGAGGGUGCAGAGUACUUCUUCAGAGUCCGUGCUGAGAACCAUGCUGGACUAAGCGAACCCAAGGAGAUGAUUGUACCUGUUCUUGUCAAGGAAAUACACGAGGCUCCAGAGUUUGAUCUGAAGAAUUACCCCAAGAAUACAGUUUAUGUGAGAGCAGGAUCCAACCUGACCUUUGAGAUUCCUCUCACCGGCAGGCCCAUGCCUAAAGUGACUAUGUCCAAAAACAAUGUUGUCAUCAAGGGAUCCAAGAGGCUGCUGACUGAAGUAACACCAGACACCUUAAUCAUCACUCUCAAUGAAAGCAUGGCAAGCGACGCUGGCAAAUAUGAAGUCACUGCCUCAAAUGCUGGAGGUACCACCAAAAUCUUCAUUAACUUCGUUGUACUAGACAGACCCGAACCUCCUACUGGACCAGUCGAGAUUGGAGAGGUUGGAGAGACCACAGUGUGUCUGAAAUGGGCUCCUCCAGAGAAUCAUGGUGGCAGUCCUGUUACCAACUACAUUGUACUGAAACGUGAAACCAGCACUCCUGCCUGGAUAGAGGUGUCAACUAGCAUUGCCAGAAGCUCAUUUAAGGUGACUAAGUUGACCAAGGGAGAGGAGUAUCAGUUCAGGAUAAAGGCUGAGAAUCGCUACGGCAUCAGCGACCACAUUGACAGCAAGCCAGUCACGAUAAAGCUUCCAUACACCUUCCCUGGACCUCCAUCCACACCAUGGGUCAGCUAUGUAUCUAGAGAGAGCCUGACAGUCUGCUGGAAUGAGCCAGUCAAUGACGGUGGAAACCCUGUGAUUGGAUAUCAUCUCCAGAUGAAGGAGCGGAGCAGCAUCCUCUGGCAGAAGAUCAAUAAGACAGCAAUCCCAGGAAAUCAGUGGCGGGUCACCAAUAUCUGCCCUGGUCUCAUUUAUGAAUUCAAGGUGGCAGCUGAAAAUGCCGCUGGUAUUGGAAAGAUUAGCAAGACAUCGGAAGAGGUGUUGGCUAUUGAUGCCUGUGAGCCCCCAGCAAAUGUUCAAGUCACAGAAGUCACCAAGAACUCAGUCAGCCUGGCCUGGCAGAGGCCUCCAUAUGAUGGUGGCAGCAAGAUUACCGGCUACAGUGUGGAGAGGAGGGAAGCUCCCGAUGGCAGAUGGGUGAAGGCCAACUUCACAAAUAUCAUUGAAAUGGGCUUUACUGUAUCUGGACUGAACCAGGAUGUGUCUUACGAGUUCAGAGUGUUCGCCAAGAAUACUGUUGGGUCUGUCAGCAAUCCAUCUCUUAUUGCUGGCCCAGUCACUUGCAUUGAUGCAUGUGGUGCUCCAGCCAUUGACCUUCCUCCAGAGUAUCUGGAUGUGGUACAGUACAAAGCUGGAGCUUCGGUUAAACUCGGAGUAGGAAUCAUUGCCAAGCCUCUGCCAACCCUCGAAUGGCUCAAGAAUGGAAAGGAACUUGUAGCUACCUCUACCGUUAGUGUCGAAAGCACGACUGACUCUUCUGCUGUCCUGAUCAAGGAUGCAUCUCGCCUUGACACAGGCUCAUAUGAGGUUAAGAUCAAGAAUGUUUUGGGGUCAGCAUCUGCAACCAUCAGGAUUGAAAUCCUAGAUAAACCUGGACCCCCAGCUGGCAUCAUUAACUUCGUCUCCAUUACGGCAGAAAAGAUCAUAUUCAGCUGGGAGCCUGUGCCUGAGGUUGAGCUGGGAGGUUCCAAGGUGACCCACUACAUUAUCGAGAGGCGCGAAACCAGCCGAGUAGUCUGGUCAACAGUUUCGGACAGGCACGAGCAGACCCACAUUGCUGUCGGCAAGCUAGUGCGAGGAAAUGAAUACGUGUUCCGUGUCAGGGGUGUUAAUAAGUUUGGAGUUGGAGAGCCACUGGAGUCGGAGCCAGUCAUCGCAAAGAAUGCCUUUGUGACUCCCGGGCAGCCUCGUACUCCCGAGGUGAACACCACCACCAAGACCAAUAUGGUGGUAGAAUGGGACAAACCAGGAGUAGAUGGAGGCAGCCCUGUUACAGGCUACUACCUGGAGAGACGCGACAAGAAGAGCUUGCGCUGGAUCAAAGUUUACAAAGACCCUGUUACUGACAUCAAACAGACCGUCUACCACCUGACAGAAGGACAUGAGUACCAAUAUCGUGUCUGUGCCAUUAACAAGGCUGGAGAAGGACCGUUCUCUGAUGCAUCAGAAUACUACAAGGCUGCUGAUCCAGUUGAUCCACCAGAUGAGCCUUGCAAGCUGAAGGUGGUGGACUCCACCAAGACAUCCAUCACCUUGGGCUGGUCCAAACCAGAAUGGGAUGGAGGCAGUGAGGUCACCAGCUACGUGGUGGAGAAACUUAUUGAGGGAGAGGAAGAAUGGGCUGUGAUCACCUCCAAGGGAGAGGUCAAGACAACAGAGUACACAGUUCAUGACCUAAAGCCGGAUGUCAACUACUUCUUCAGAGUGUCUGCCAUCAACUGUGCUGGCCGUGGAGAUCCUCUGGAGAUGACAGAGCCUGUGCAGGCCAAAGAUAUCCUGGAGGAGGCCCAGAUUGACUCAGAUGUGGCCAUGAGAACUCACUACAUUGUGAAGGCUGGCAAGGAUGUGGAGCUGUCUGUUCCUCUGAAGGGCAGACCUGCUCCCUCUGCUUCCUGGAGCAAGGGAGAGGAAUGCAUUGACCACAACCCCAAGUAUGAGUUCCACCACUCAGACACUACCACAGUCCUUGUGAUGCGUGAUGUGACCAGGCUUGACACUGGAAAGUACACAGUCAAGGUUGAGAAUGGUGUGGGAGAGCCCAAGACGCUGACCCUGUCCAUGAAAGUCCAGGACACUCCAGCUCAGUGCAGGAACCUGGUACUAAAGGAGGUGACCCGUGGAAAGGUCACCCUCUGCUGGGAGCCUCCACUCCUUGAUGGUGGUGCUGAAAUCACAAACUAUAUUGUUGAGAAGAGGGACUCUUCCAAGAGAUCCUACUCUGCAGUGACAAGCAAAUGCACAGAUACAACAUACACCAUUGAAGAUCUCUCAGAGAAGACAUCCUUCUUCUUCCGUGUGUUAGCAGAGAAUGAGAAUGGUGUCGGUGAUCCAUGUGAAACACAUGAACCAGUGAAGGCUACAGAGACUCCAGGACCAGUCAAGGAGGUGUCUAUGAAAGAUUCAUCCAAGACCUCUGUCACUCUGCAGUGGCUGAAGCCUGAUUAUGAUGGCGGCAGCAUCGUCUCUGACUACGUCAUUGAAAAGAAGCAUGAGAAGGAGGGGGAAUGGUCACUUGGAGGAACCAGCAGACAGUGUGAGUUUGAAGUCAAGAAACUCAAGGAGCACUCAGAUAUGUUCUUCAGAGUUUCUGCCAGGAAUGAAAAGGGACAGGGUGAGUUUGUUGAGAUUGGGCCUAUAAAGGUGAUCGACUACAUUAUCACACCUGAAGCAAGCCUUGCAGACUACCCAGAUGGCAGAAUCAAUGUUCGCCUUGGUCACAAUGUGCACAUUGAGCUGCCAUACAAAGGCAAACCCAGACCUGCUAUUCUGUGGCUGAAGGACAACCUGCCUCUGAGGGAAAGUGACGUAAUCCGCUUCAAGAAGACAGAAAACAAAGCCACUCUAAUGAUUAAGAAUGUGAAGAAGGAGAAUGAGGGAAAAUACACCCUGACCCUCGACAACAUGGUCAACAGGAGAUCCUUCCACAUCCAUGUCAUCACACUUGGACCGCCAUCAAAGCCUGUUGGACCCAUCCGCUUGGAUGAGGUAAGAGCUGAGAGUAUCAUGAUCUCCUGGGAUGAACCCAAUGAUGAUGGCGGUGGAGACAUUACCUGCUACUCUGUGGAGAAGCGUGACACCUCCCAGUCUGACUGGAAGAUGGCAUGCUCCAGUGUAGAGGGAACUCAGUUCAGGGUGCCCCACCUGAUCAAGGGCAGUCAGUACCAAUUCAGAGUGUGUGCUGAGAAUAGGUACGGUGUCAGUGAGCCUCUGGUCUCACAGAUGGUAGUUGCCAAACAUCAGUUCAGGCCCCCCGGCCCACCUGGCAAACCUGUCGUGUACAAUGUCACCACUGAUGGCAUGACUAUCCGGUGGGAGACACCCAUCUAUGAUGGUGGUACCCCCAUCAUGGGCUACCAUGUGGAGAAGAAGGAGAAGAACAGCAUCACAUGGCAAAAGGUGAAUACUGUUGUGGUCAAAGAAACAGAAUUCAGGAUCUUGGAACUGAUCGAAGGUCUUGAGUACUCCUUCAGGGUCUACGCCCAGAAUGAUGCCGGCUUCAGCAGAAUGAGUGAUGAGAGCAAGCCAACCAUGGCCGUCAGUCCUGUUGAUCCUCCUGGCCAGCCCGACUACACUGAUGUGACUAGUGAUUCAAUAAGUCUUAAAUGGGAUGCACCCAAACGUGACGGAGGUAGCAAGAUUACUGGCUACACCGUUGAGAAACGCCAAGGACAUGGCCGCUGGUUCAAAGCCAACUUGACUGACGUGCAUGACUGCCAGUACACUGUCAGUGGUUUGGCAACAAAUGAGCGCUAUGAGUUCAGAGUGAUUGCCAGGAAUGCCAUUGGUGUCGUCAGCCCUCCAUCCAACUCCUCUGGAUUGAUUGUGGUCAGAAGUGAGAACGCUUCUCCUCAUAUUGAGUUUGGCCCAGAGUACUUCGAGGGUUUGACAGUCAAGGCAGGAGACAACAUCAGGCUGAAGGUGACCAUCACAGGACGCCCUGUUCCUAAGGUUGUCUGGCACAGAGACGGUGUCGAGAUUACCAAAAAGAUGAUGGAUGUUAUCAAUGUAGCUGGAUCCAGCACCCUGUUUGUCAGGGAUGCUGACCGUACUCACGCUGGCCACUACACCGUGGAGGCUACCAAUGGAUCUGGAAGCAAAAAGGAGAACAUCCUUGUUCAAGUCCAAGACACACCUGGGGAGCCGGUAGGACCCAUCACUUUCAGCAACAUCUCCGAGGGCAGGUGUACUCUGUCCUGGAACCCACCAGAGAAGGAUGGCUGCUCUGAGAUUUCACAUUACAUUGUUGAGAAGCGUGAGACCACCAAGAUCUCCUGGGCUUUAGUGUCUGACGAAUGUGAAGAGUGCACUUUCACUGCAACCAAGCUCAUGAAGACCAAUGAGUACCAGUUCAGGGUCUCUGCCGUCAACAAGUUUGGCGUUGGCAGACCUUUGGAAUCCAGCCCCAUCAUUGCACAGUUGCAAUACACUGUUCCUGAUGCUCCAGGCACUCCUGAUGCCACUGAGGUGACAGGAGAGAGCAUCACCCUGGCCUGGGCUCCUCCAACAUCUGAUGGAGGAAACCCCAUCCACCACUAUAUUCUAGAGAAACGAGAGAAGAAGACUAUCCGAUUCUACAAGGUGAUUACCAAGAAGCCUAUUGUCGAGUGCGCUCACCAGGUGCUCCAUCUGACCGAAGAUAUGGAAUAUGAGUUCCGUGUUAUGGCUGUGAAUGAUGCUGGUGUUGGAGCUCCCAGCAACAUCUCCAUUCCUAUCAAAGCUGCUGAACCAAAGGAUAUCCCCUGUGCUCCAUCUGUGGUCUGUGUGUCAGACUCCACCAACAGCUCCAUCAGUCUGGAAUGGUCCAAGCCUGCGGAUGACGGAGGCAUGGAGAUCCUGGGCUACAUCAUCGAGAUGAUGAAGGCUGAUGAGACAGAAUGGAAGAGAGUAAAUGAGGAGCUGGUAGCAGAAACCCAUUAUGUGGUGGGUGGCCUACAGACAGGAGCUGAGUAUAAGUUCCGUGUUGCAGGUGUCAAUCAUGUGGGAAGAGGUGAAGACCAGGAGACUUCAGAGCCUGCUCAGGCUGUUGACAGGCAAACACCACCACAGGUUGAUAUUGAUGCUGCCUUCAAGCAGACACACAUUGUCAAGGCUGGAGGUUCAGUGUGCCUGGGCGUCAACUUCAGAGGAAAGCCCAUUCCCACUGCCACCUGGGUGAAAGAAGAAGGAGAGUUGGGUGUCCUGUCAGAGAUCAUAACUACAGAAGGCAGCAGUUCUCUAUGCAUUGAAAACUGUUCUAGAAAUGAUACAGGCAAAUACACUGUUAACCUGGAGAAUGCCAGUGGCAGCAAGGCAAUUACUUUCACUGUAAAGGUGAUGGACACUCCUGGAACUCCACAGGCUGUGGCCUUGAAGCAAGUGUCCAGAGGCUCAGUCACAAUUAUUUGGGAGCCUCCACUUAAUGAUGGUGGAGCACGAAUCCAUCACUAUAUCGUUGAAAGGCGUGAAGCUAGCCGUCGCACCUGGCAGGAGUCUGGUGGCAAGUGCACUCAGCAUAUCAUGAAGAUCCAGGACUUGCUGGAGGGGGUACCAUACUUCUUCAGAGUCUCUGCAGAGAACCAGUAUGGUGUGGGUGAGGCAUUUGAGCUGACUGAGCCUGUCAUUGCCACUGCACAGCCAUCUGCUCCGAAGAGACUGGACAUCCUUGACACCACAGACAGCUCUGUGUCACUGGGCUGGCUCAAACCAGAGCAUGACGGUGGUAGCCGCAUCCAGAGUUACACCAUUGAGGCUAAGCCAAAGGGUACAGACAAAUGGGUAGUGAUUGGUAACACCAAGAAUCUCACCUAUGAUAUUGAAAAGCUCAACAAGGGUGAUGAGUAUGACUUCCGUGUGAAGGCUAAGAAUGAAGCUGGCUUCAGCCAGCCCAGGGAAACUGUGACCCCCGUGCUCGUCAAAGAGCCUCACAUUGAACCUGCUGCUGACCUCAGUGAGAUCACCGGCCAGCUCAUUACAUGCAGGUCUGGUAGCACCUUCACCAUCGAUGUUCCCAUUAGCGGUAGACCCGCUCCCAAAGUCACCUGGAAGCUAGAGGAGAUGAGGUUGAAAAACUCUGACAGAGUUACCAUCAAAGUAACUAAGGAUAGAGCCAGCAUCUCAGUCAAGGAGGCCAUGAGAGGUGAUGGUGGUAAAUACUACCUGACUCUGGAGAAUGUGACAGGAGCUAAGACCUUCACUGUUGAAGUUAAUGUCACUGGUAGACCCAGUCCUCCAACCGGACCCAUUGAAAUCUCAUCCAUCACCUCUGCAUCCUGCGACAUUAACUGGCAACCACCAGAGGACGAUGGUGGCACUGACAUUACCAACUACAUUGUAGAGAAGCGUGAGUCUGGCUCUACUGCCUGGCAGCUGAUCAACUCCAGUGUAAAGCGCACAUCUCUCCAUGUUUCUCAUCUGACCAAGUACAUGCAGUACACAUUCAGGGUCUCUGCCGAGAACAGGUUUGGUGUCAGCAAGCACACGGAGUCUGAGACUAUUGUUGCAGAGCAUCCUUUCACACCUCCUGGCGCACCAACAAGGCCCUCAGUCAUCAAUGUCACUGCCAACACAAUGACCCUGACAUGGGAGGAGCCCUACCAUGAUGGUGGCAGCAAGGUGACAGGUUACUGGAUUGAGAAGAAGGAGAGGAACAUUAUUCUGUGGGUGAGGGAGAACAAGAUCCCAUGCUUUGAGUGCUCCUACCAGGUGGAGGGCCUAGUUGAAGGUCUGGAGUACCAAUUCAGGAUUUAUGCCAUGAACAGUGCUGGGCUGAGCAAAGCCAGCGAGGCCUCCAAGGGAGCAGUGGCUCAAAACCCUGUUGAUCCACCAAGUAAGCCAGAAGUCACAAAUGUCACGAGAACCACUGUGUCCCUCAAAUGGUCGACUCCACUGAAUGACGGUGGCAGCCCCAUUGUGGGAUACAUCAUUGAGCGUAAGCCAUAUACUGUGACUGGUGAAGGCCGCUGGCUGAAAUGUAACUACACCAAUGUGACAGACACUUUCUACACUGUGACUGCCCUGGGAGAGGGAGAACCCUAUGAGUUCAGAAUCAUCGCCAAGAACGCAAACCAGGUCUUCAGCUCACCCUCAGAGUCCACCGGCUCUGUGCAGUGCAAGACUGACUUCGAGCCUCCGAAGGCCCAGCUGGACAGCAAACUCAUGUCCGAAACUGUAAAGGUCAGAGCUGGUUCAGACCUGGUUCUGGAUGCAGCGGUGGGUGGUAGGCCUGACCCCAAAGCUUCCUGGUCCAAGGGCAAAAAGGAGCUGGAGUUGUGUGAAAAGUACCACCUGCAGUACACAUCCACCAGGGCCAUGGCCAUCAUCAAGUUCUGUGACAGAGAUGACACUGGAAAGUAUAUCCUCACUGUCAGGAAUGUGAGUGGAACCAAGACCGCUGAGGUCAACGUCAAAGUGCUUGACACCCCUGGAGUGUGUGAAGGCAGCAUCGAAAUCAGCAAGGUCACUGAAGAGUCGUGCACCCUGAGCUGGAAGCCUCCUCUCGAGGAUGGUGGCGAUGAGGUCUCCGGCUACAUCGUGGAAAGGCGCGACACCAACAGGCUCAACUGGGUCAUCAUGCAGGCCGAAUGCAAGGAGCUGACCUGCAACAUCACAGGGCUGUUCAAGAACACAGAGUAUCUGUUCAGAGUCCGGGGAGUCAACAAAUAUGGAGCUGGAGUCCACCUCCAGUCAGCACCCAUGAUUGCCAGAAACACCUUCACUGUGCCAACUCCUCCUGGUGCUCCAGAGAUCCUGGCGUCUGGAAAGGACUUUGCCACCAUUGAGUGGCUGAAGCCGGAGAGUGAUGGAGGCAGCCCAUUGAUCAACUACCUGGUUGAGAGGCGUGAGAGGAAGAGCGCCCGCUGGGUGAAGGUGAACAGGGACGGAACUCACCUGGAAACAACGCUGAAGGUGUCCGGUUUGGUUGAAGGCAACAUCUACCAGUUCAGAGUGACAGCCAUCAACAAGGCCGGAGAGAGCGAACCCAGCGAGGUUUCUCUGUAUGUUGUCUGCAGAGUUCCAACAUGCACCCCUGCUCCUCCUUCAAUCCCUCGUAUCACCGACACUCACGCUGACAGCAUUAGCCUGGCCUGGUCCUGCCCUGUGGAGGAUGGAGGUGCUGACGUGAUGGGCUACAUCCUGGAGAUGCAGGAAGCCGGAGCAGAGGAGUGGACAAAGGCCCAUGAAAAGACCCUGCGGGCUAUGGAAUAUGUGGUAACUGGACUCACAGCGGGCAAGAAGUACUGCUUCAGAGUGGCUGGUGUCAACAUCAAUGGCACAGGAGACUUCAGUGAACCAUGUGCUGAGACCGAGCCAGUGGAGAGAAUUGAAACUCCUGACUUUGAGCUCCAUGAUGACCUGAAGAAGACCAUCUGCCUGCGUGCUGGCGGCUCCCUGCGCAUGUUCGUAAAUGUCACUGGCCGUCCUGCUCCCGCCAUCACCUGGAGCAAGCCUGGUGUUGACCUCCACAACCGAGGCUUCAUUGACAUCACCAACACAUCCACCACACUCAUCAUCGAUAGGGUCCACCGCUACGAUGCCGGCAAGUACACGCUGGUAGCUGAGAACUCUGCUGGGAAACAGGAAGUCAACAUUCUGGUCAAGGUCUAUGAUACUCCUGGACCAACUGGACCAAUCAAGAUCAAGGAGCUGACCAAGGAGUCUGCCACCAUUUCCUGGGAUGCCCCAGCCGUAGACGGCGGUGCUCCUGUCAACAACUACAUCAUCGAGAGGCGUGAGGCCUCCAUGAGAGCCUACAAGACCGUCACCUCCAAGUGCAGCAAGACUUCUUACAAGAUCGAUAACCUGAUGGAGGGCAUGCUGUACUACUUCCGUGUACUCCCCGAAAACAUCUAUGGUGUUGGUGAACCCUGUGAGACUCCAGACCUCAUCCUGAUUUGUGAGGUGCCUCUGCCACCACACAAGUUUGAGAUGAUUGAUGUCACCAAGAGCACUGUCACAUUGGGCUGGGAGAAACCUGAGCACGAUGGAGGCAGCAGGCUAACAGGUUACGUCAUUGAGGCCUGUAGGGUUGGCACCGACAAGUGGAUGAAGGUGGCCACGCUGAAGAUAACAGACUUUGAGCACACCAUUGAGAAGCUAAACGAGAAGGAGCAGUACUUGUUCAGAAUCAGUGCGGUCAACAGCAGAGGCCCCAGCGAGCCAAAGGAGCUUGUUACAGCUGUCACUGUGCAGGAACAAAGAGUGAUGCCUGCGGUGGAUUUCUCCAGUAUUCCUCAGAAGGUUGUCAAUGUUCUGGCUGGCAAAACCCUGGAGCUGGACCUGCCAAUCAUUGGCAGGCCUCCUCCCAGCUGUUUCUGGUACUUCAGCGAUAACAGGAUGAAAGUCUCUGACCGUGUCAAGAUCAAGAGCACUGGCAAGUUCUCUAAACUGACUGUGUCGGACACCACCAUCAAUGACACCGGUAACUACACCCUGGAGGUGAAGAACGCUGUUGGUGUCAUCAAAGAGGUCAUCAAGGUCGUCAUCCUCUCCAAACCUGAUGAACCAACGGGACCCAUCAGGUUCGAUGAGAUCGAUGCCACCACCGUCACCUGCAGCUGGGAUCCUCCAGUCAGAGACGGUGGAGCUCCCAUCAGUGGCUACGCAGUGGAACAGCGUGACGCCCACAGACCAGGCUGGGUGCCCGUCUGUGACUCUGUCAGUAGACCGACCUUCAAGUUCGUGAACCUUAUUGAGGGAGAUGAGUAUGUUUUCCGUGCAGCUGCUGUAAAUAACUAUGGCACCGGAGAAUUCCUGCAGUCUGAGAUCGUCACUUGCAAGAGCUUGAAAAACGUGCCCGGACCUCCUGGCCGACCAACCAUCUUUGAUGUUUCUCGUGACGGCAUGACUGUGGCCUGGGAGCCGCCAGAGGAAGACGGCGGGCUUGAGGUUUCUGGAUACAUCAUUGAGCGCAAAGAAGUGAGGUCUGACAGAUGGGUGCAUGCCAACAAGAACCCCGUCACUAUGACUAGAUACAGGUCAACUGAGCUGAUCGAGGGCCUGGAAUAUGAACACAGAAUCAUCGCCAUCAAUGCCAGAGGAAUGAGCAAACCAAGUCUACCAUCCAAACCAGCGGUGGCAACAGAUCCUAUUGAUCCACCCGGCUGUCCUCAGAACCCGAGGAUCACUGAUACUACCAAGACAUCUGUGUCGCUGGCUUGGAGUCCUCCCGAUGACGAGGGAGACGCAAGAGUGGAUGGUUACCUGAUUGAGAUGCAGAAGGUGGGCACCAUGGCUUGGCUCAAGUGCAACACUACGCCAUCUCUGAUCUGCGAGUACACGCUGACCAACAUGCCUCAAGGAGAGGAAUUCAAAUUCCGUGUGAUGGCCUGCAACGCUGGUGGCUCUGGAGAGCCUGCUGAAGUACCAGGAACUGUCACUGUCACUGAGAUGCUUGAAUCUCCUGAUUAUGACCUGGAGCUGAAAUACAAAGAUGUGUACACGGUCCGCCAGGGAGGAGUGGUUAGACUCUCUGUUCCCAUCAAGGGUAAACCUCGCCCAACCUGCAAGUGGUCAAAGGACAGUGGUGCAAUCUCUGCCACGGCCAUGAUUGCCUCCACUGAGGACACCAGUGAGCUGGUUAUCAAGGGAGCUGAGAGGAGUGACUCUGGCAUGUAUGACCUCCUGCUCGAAAAUAGGGUUGGCAAGAAGAAGGCCCAAAUCAAGGUGAAGGUCAUUGGCCGCCCAAGCGCUCCAGAAGGCCCAUUGACCUUUGAAGAGAUUCAGGCCAACUCUGUCAAGGUGUCCUGGAAGGUGCCCACUGACGACGGUGGCUCAGAGAUCCUGGGUUACAUCGUGGAAAGAAGAGAGGCCACCAGACACGCCUGGUACACUGUGGACUCCAGAGUGACUGACACUCACCUGGUUGUCAAGGGCCUGAAGGAAGGAACCGAGUACCACUUCAAGGUCACGGCUGAAAACUCCUUUGGUAUCAGUGCCUCUCUCAAGUCUGAGCAGCCCCUGGUACCCAAGACUCCUCUCUGUCCCCCCGAGCCUUCAAGCACCCCACCAGAAAUCAUGGACAUUACCAAGAGCUCUGUGGCUCUGGCCUGGUCCAGACCAAAGGACGAUGGUGGUUCUGCCAUCACUGGCUACUUUGUUGAGUACAAAGAGGUGUCCACUGAGACAUGGUCCCGUCACGAGACCAAGAUCACCUCCACCAUGUUUACUCUGCCUGGACUUACCCCUGACUCAGACUACCAGUUCCGCAUUGUUGCCAUCAACGACAUUGGUGAGAGCGAGGCUGGACCGGUGUCUGACCCAGUCACAUGCAAGGAUCCAUUCGAUAAGCCAAGCCAACCAGGCGAGAUUGACACAGUUAAUGUCACAAACAACUUAAUCACCAUCCGCUGGCAAGCUCCAGAGUGUGAUGGUGGAAAGGAGGUCCUGGGCUACUGGGUGGAGUACAGGAAGUCCAUAGAGAGCACCUGGAAGAAGUGCAACAAGCAGAGGCUGAAGGAAAUGCAGUUCACCAUGCCUGGAUUGGCUGAGGCCACCGAGUAUGAGUUCAGAGUGUUUGCCGAGAAUGAGACCGGAACAAGCAGACCUCGUAGGACUGCCACAUGCAUCAAGACCAAACUGAGUGUGGAAACAAAACCAAGCUUGAGAAAGGAAAUGGAUGAAGUAUCUGCCAAGCUUGGACAGCCUGCCGUCAUGAAGUGCCAGAUUAUUGGCAGGCCUGUUCCUGACAUCAAGUGGUACCACUGUGGCAAGGAGAUUGUCGAGUCCCUCAAGUACGAGAUGAGCUCUGAUGGCCGCAACCACUCCCUGUCCAUCAUGACUGAUCAACAGGAGGAUGAGGGAGAGUACACCUGCAAGGCCAUCAACGAUGCUGGAGAGGCUGAAUCAACAGGGGUCCUAGUAUUGGAGGCUGCUUCAUCCUUCCACCCCGACUACCCGCUGAAAGACACCUACUAUGCCGGCCUUGGAACCACCCUACGCAUCCAUGUCGUCUAUAUUGGACGUCCUCAACCAAAGAUCAUGUGGCUCCAUGGAGCAAAGACCCUGGAGAAUACAGAGGAUAUCAGCAUUGAGACCACAGAACACUACACUCACCUGGUCAUCAAGAAUGUGCAGCGCAGAAUCCACGGCGGGAAAUACAGGAUCAGACUGCACAACCACUAUGGCAGGGCUGACACAGCAUUCAAUGUUGAAAUCUAUGACAAACCUGAUGUACCUCAGGGUCCCAUUGUCCUGGACGCCCUCCUGAAGAACUCUGUCAUCAUCAGCUGGAAGGCUCCAAAGGACGACGGAGGCUGCAUGAUUACCAACUACAUUGUGGAGAAGCGCGAGGACAAGGAGGGCGCUGAAUGGGAACUGGUGUCAUCAUCCAUCAAUGGCACAUCUUGCCGUGUGCCCAACCUUACUGACAGUGCUGGAUACUUCUUCCGUGUGUACGCCCAGAAUCGCUAUGGCAACAGCGAACCACUUGAGCUCACUUCACCUAUCCUUAUCAAGAGCCAGCUGGAAAAACCAUCACCACCUCUGUCACCAGUUGUUUCUGGAAUCACCAAGGAUUCCUGUGUGGUUUCCUGGAAACCUCCACUCAGCGAUGGUGGCUCCAAGAUCAAGAGCUACUGCCUUGAGAAGAAGCACAAGAAAGAUAAGAAGGAAUGGACGGAAUGGACUCCGGUGACCCAUGAUGAGAUCAAACAGACGGUGUUCUCCGUCAAGCAUCUGACUGAGGGCAUUGAGCACAUCUUCCGAGUGAAAUGCGAGAACCUCGGAGGACAAAGCGACUACAGUGAGGAGACCACUCCCAUGGUUCCAGCCACAGCCAUUGACAUCCGUGCUCCUGCCUUCAAGGAGGAGCUGAGGAACAUGAGUGUCAAGUACAAGAGCAAUGCUACCCUUGUCUGCAAGAUCACAGGACAGCCCAAGCCUGUGAUUAAAUGGUUCAGACGAGGAAAAGAGAUCCACUCUGAUGGAAAGAAAAUCAAGAUUCAAGAAUUCAAGGGAGGCUAUCACCAGCUGGUCAUCACUGAGGUUGAUGAUGAAGACUCCACUGUGUACCAGAUCAGGGCCACCAACCAGGGAGGCUCCAUCUGUGCUACAGUCUCUCUAGAUGUUGAAAUCCCUGCCAAGAUCAACCUGCCCAAGAACCUGAAGGACAAGGAAGCCAUCCCUGCCCUUCGUGGAGAAGUGGUCAAUAUCAAGAUUCCUUUCAGUGGCAAACCAGAUCCUGUCAUCACAUGGCAGAAGGGACAAGAUCUUAUAGACAGCAACGGCCACUACCAGGUCAUCGUCACCAGAUCAUUCACAUCCUUGGUGUUUACCAACGGAGUGGAGAAGAAGGACGCUGGUUUCUAUGUUGUCUGUGCCAAGAACAGAUUUGGCAUUGACCAGCAGACAGUUGAACUGGAUGUGGCCGAUGUGCCUGAUCCUCCACGUGGUAUCAAAGCCAGUGAUGUCUCCAGGGACUCUGUCACACUGAACUGGGUGGCCCCAGCAAAUGAUGGUGGCAGCAAGGUGAUCAGUUACAUCAUUGAGAAGUGCCCCACCACUGCUGAGAUGUGGCAGCGUGUUGCCCAAUCACGUGACACCCGCUACACUGUUAUCAAUCUGUUCGGAGGUACCAGCUAUCAGUUCAGAGUCAUAGCUGAGAAUAAGUUUGGACAGAGUGCUCCAUCUGAGACUAGCGGACCUGUUAUGACCAAGGAAGAUAAAUCCAGAGUUCUGCUCUAUGACAGGGAGGUUGAUGAUACCGGAUAUGUCCCCUCGGGCAAGGCUCAACACUCUGAUGCCAAGAAUCUGCACAAAAAAUAUGCAAUUGCAGAAGAAUUGGGCAGAGGUCAAUUUGGCAUUGUCCACCGCUGUGUUGACAUUAACUCUGAGAAGACCUACAUGGCUAAGUUUGUCAAGGUGAGAGGUGCCGAUCAGGCAAUAGUCAAGAAGGAGAUUGCAACACUGAAUGUGGCCAAACACACUAACUUCCUCCUCCUCCAUGAAUCCUUCGAAAGCCCUGAGGAACUGGUAAUGAUCUAUGACUUCAUCUCAGGUGUGGACAUCUUUGAGCGUCUCAACACAGCUGAGUUUGAGCUUAAUGAGCGUGAGAUUGUUAACUACAUGCGGCAGGUAUGCUCAGCUCUUGAGUUCCUGCAUGAACAGAGCCAUGGACACUUUGAUAUCAGACCUGAGAACAUUGUGUACACAUCUAGAACCAGCUCUAGUGUAAAGAUUAUUGAGUUGGGCCAGUCCAGACACCUCACUCCUGGAGACCAAAUCAAGAUUCAGUAUACCACUGCAGAGUACGCUGCCCCUGAGAUCCACCAGAAUGACAUGGUUAGCACUGUCACUGACAUGUGGUCUGUUGGUGUCCUUGCAUAUGUGCUCAUAAGUGGACUUAAUCCAUUCACGGCUGAAACCAACCAACAGAUGAUUGACAACAUUUCCAAUGCAGCAUACAGCUAUGAUGACGAGUGCUUCAAGCACGUUAGUGUUGACGCAUUAGACUUCACAGACCGCCUAAUGACAAAGGAACGUAAACACCGUAUGACUGCUGCUGAGGCUCAGGCACAUCCUUGGCUGACCAAGCCUGCAGAGGAGAUCAGCACCAGAGCAAUCAAUACCGUCAGGCAUAAGAGAUACUACCAGACCAUGGUGAGGAAAGAGUGGAACACUGUCAUCUCUGCAGCCCGCGUGGCCAGUGGUGGCUCCAUCAGGUCCCAGCGUGGUGUCUUUGUCGCCAAGGUUAAGAUCGCUCCAUUUGAGCAUGGUCCAGCUGGUGGCCAGAUUAGCCAUGCAGUAGUGGAUGAGGGAGACAAUGUGAAAUUCACCUGCAACAUUGAAAACUAUGACAGCACCACUGAAGUGACAUGGUACUGUGGUGUCAGGCAGCUUGAAGCUGGUGACAAAUAUGAAAUUGAAUAUGAUGAAGGUGUGGCUGUAAUCACCAUCAACAAGGUCACAAGAGCAGAUGAUGGCACAUACAGAUGUAAGAUUGUGAAUGAGUAUGGUGAGGACAGUGCCUAUGUAGAGCUGUUUAUCAAUGGUGUCAGAUCUUACCGUGACUUCUUCACUGCCCGUGUGGUCAAGAAAACAAAGCGCAGAAUUGACACUGCCAGAAUGCUUCAGAAGCCACCAGAGUUCACCCUUCCUCUGGUUAACCGUACAGCCUACAUUGGAGAGGAUAUCCGCUUUGGAGUCACCAUCACUGUUCACCCUGAGCCUCGCGUCAUCUGGCACAAGUCUGGACAGAAGCUCAUCCCUGGAUAUGAUGACAGAAAAUACACCUUCAUCAGUGACAAAGGCCUGUACCAGCUGAUUAUCCACGACCUUGAAGAUGAUGAUGAUGCUGAGUACAGUGUUGUGGCCCGCAAUAGGUAUGGUGAUGACAGCUGCAAGGCUCGUCUUACUGUUGUUCCCCGACCUAAACCAGCAGACCUCACCCUGAGGCCCAUGUUCAAACGUCUGCUUGCAAAUGUUGAGUGCAGGGAGGGCCAGAACGUGCGCUUUGAGAUCAGAGUAUCUGGCCAUCCCACACUCAAGUGGGAGAAAGAUGGCACUCCUAUAGCCUUUGGACCAUCUAUUGAGCUUGUCCAUGAGGGUCUGGAUUAUUUCAUUCUCCACAUCAAAGACACUCUCCGUGAAGACUCUGGCGUCUACAGAGUUACUGCUACCAACUCUGCUGGAUCUGCCAGUUGCCAGGCCACGCUCAAAGUAGAGCCCGUCAUUCAUGUGAAGAAGGAGUAUGAGCCAAGUAGAAAGGAGAGGGAAGCAAUGGCUGGAAAAGAGAAAUUAGAUAAAAAGGUUAGGCUGUCUCAGAUUUUGGCUGGCACUGAUGUCCUGCCUCUACCACCUGCAGCAGUACAUGCUGUCAGGGAAGCAGCCUCCAUGUUCAAACCUGCUGUGACAACUAAGAAGGGUGAGAAGACAGAGGCUGAGAUACAGAAAGAACAAGAAGAAAGGAAGAAGCGGGCAGAGGAAAAGAGGCUGCGUAUGCCCUAUGUUGUCCCCACUCCUCGUGUCAUUAACCCAGCUGUUCUUGAGGAGGAUGUGGAAAUCAAACACUUCAGGCCCCUCUCUGAUAUGAAGUGGUACAAGAAACUGCGGGAUCAAUAUGAGUUCCCUGAACCCAUGGAAAAAAUUAAGCAGAAGAGGAUGAAACGUAUUCGCCUCUCCAGGUGGGAGCAGUUCUAUGAAGUGCCUUACAGGAUCAAGGACCACUAUGCACCUAGGUGGCGCAUCUCAUCCAUGACUCAGGAUGAUCUGGAGACAGUGAGGCCUGCAAGGCAGCGCACUCCUUCCCCUGAGAUAGAGGCCUACCACAGGAUCAGGAGGAGGUCCCUGGGUGACCUGUCAGACGAGGAGCUCCUGCUGCCUGUGAAUGAGUAUCUGUCCAUGAAGAGAACUGAGGAGGAGAGGCUUCGCCUGGAAGAAGAGCUGGAGCUUGGCUACUCUGCUUCUCCACCUAGCCUCAGCCCUGUUCGCUUCGAGCUGUCUGCCCUGCGUCCAUCAUCACCCAGAAUAGUCUACAGUGAUGAUGAAGAGGGAGAAGAGAUCCACAGAUAUGACUCCUACCGAAUUCCAUCCAAAUAUGAGGCUGGCCCAAGUUUUGUUGAGCUCCGCCAGCGUCAUGACAAAGCCACAUACAAACCUCCAAGACAGAAGACGAGAGUGUAUGAGGAGAGAGAAGAUCAGGAGCUGCUGCGCCCACAUAGUACUUCUCAGAGAAUCUCCUCUUACAAGAGCCAACUCAAACGCAUGGACUUUGAGGAGAAGACUCGAAGCUCGAGAAAGGAAAAGACUGUCUCUGUUGCAACAGUCUCUGAGAGCACUGAAUCUGAGUACCUGACCACUAUUACCUCUGAAUUUAUUCCUAAAACAAUCAAGAAGCUCCCAAUGCCAGAAGUGGAGAGGAGGAGAUCUCCUACCCCGGAAAAGGCUGUCAAGACAGAAGUGGCCCUGCCUAAAGUUGACUAUAUGUCCAGGUAUGAAGAGAGGAAGCAGACUCUGAGAUCAGAGAGGAAGUCAGUGGAGAGGAAGGUGGAGGUGGUGACACAGGGUCCCUUUAGCCUUGACCACGCCCCACGUAUUACCAUCAGGAUGCGAUCUCAUCGUGUUCCCUAUGGCUCCCACACAAAGUUCACCUUGAAUGUCCAGUCCAAACCUGAGUCUGAGGUUAAGUGGUACCACAAUGGAAAAGAGAUUCAUCACAGCAGCAAAUACCACAUAAGCAACCUGAGUGGAGUUCUGACUCUCCAUAUCAUCAACUGUGUGACUGAAGAUUCAGGCACUUACCGUGUGGUCUGCAAGAAUGCCAAGGGAGAGACUUCUGACUAUGCCACAUUGGAUGUAACAGGAGAAGAAUAUGCUGCUUUCUCUUCGUUCCGCAAAGAUGAGGAACCACCAUCCUCCCAUCUCCCAGAGAUGACCAGAACAGAGGUGUAUCACGUCUCCUCUAAAACAACAGUGAAGGAGACAGUGAGUGAAGCAGUGAAGGAAACCACGACUGUUGUUGAAAAGUCAAAGGUGAAGCCUAGUGUCCCUGCCAAGAUCCUGACCAAACCACUGUCCUUGACUGUGGAGGAGGGAGACAUCGCCAGAUUUGAAUGUGAUGUAGACGGUGAACCUGCACCUUUUAUCACCUGGAUGCAUGAAGGAAAAGUUGUUGGUUACUCUGCACGUCACCAUGUUGUCUCUACUCAGUACAGCUCCUCCUUUGAGAUCUCCGCUGUUGAGAUGUCAGAUGAAGGUAGCUACACUCUGCUGGUGGAAAAUGCUGGUGGCCAACAAGAAGCACAUUUCACUCUGACCAUCCGCAAGUCUGAGUCUAAGGAGGAAGUAGCUUCCCCCGCCAGAGCCGUCUCUCCAGAGGCCAAGUCCCCUGAACCAAUCAAAUCUCCACAGAGAGUCAAGUCCCCUGAGCCAAUCAAGUCACCUCAGAGAAUCAAGUCUCCAGUCUCACCAAAGUCCCCAACACCAAAGUCCCCAACUCCAAAAUCCCCAACACCAAAGUCCCCAACACCAAAGUCCCCAACUCCAAAAUCCCCCACCCCAAAAUCCCCAACUGUGUCUGAGAAGGAACGAGUUACUUCUCCAAUCAAGUCACCAAAAAGAGUGAUGUCACCAACUGUUGAAAAGAAGCCGAACUUCUCUGUUGGGCUGAGUGAUGUCACUGCAACCUCUGACUCUAUUGUCAAACUCUCAGUGAAGGUGGCAGGAGAGCCCAGACCUGCAAUCUCAUGGAUGAAGGAUGGAAAGGCUCUGUCUCAGGGUGGGAAGUAUGAAAUCUUUGAAGAGCACAGCUCUGCACAUCUUGAGAUCUAUGAAUCAGAGGUCUCUGACAGUGGGGUGUACAAGUGCACAGCUACCAACAGUGCUGGAGUAGUGUCAACAACCUGCACAGUCACUGUACGAGGCUCCAAAACAAAAGCUGGUAUCUCAGAGGAAGUCAUGAAAAAGGAAUUGGUCCAUGAGGAAGUCCUCUCCUCUGUGAAAGAGGUCACAUCCUCCCACAGCCAGAUGUCCAUUACAGAGGGCCAGUCUCUGACUCUGAGGGCCAACAUCCCUGGGGCCUCCGACAUCAGGUGGAUCCUGAAUGGGGUCGAACUGACCAACUCAGAGCAAUACAGAUACGGAGUGUCUGGACACGAUCAAACCCUGACCGUCCGGUCGGUCAGCCAGCAUGAACAGGGGAUCAUCACUUGUCAGGCUCAAACAGAGCACGGCCUGGUCAGGUGUCAGUUUGACACCACAAUCACAGCCAAGCGCUCAGAUGCACCCCACUUCCUGGUGCAACCCAGGUCCCAGAACGUGAAUGAGGGACAAAAUGUCAAAUUCACCUGCGAGAUUGCAGGAGAGCCAUCCCCUGAAGUGGAGUGGUUGAAAGACAACAUGUUGAUAUCAGUCACAUCCAACAUUAGACUGAGCCGCUCUAAAAAUCUGUACACUCUGGAGAUAUGUGAAGCCACGGUUGCAGACAGUGGGAAAUACACAAUAAAAGCAAGAAAUCAGUUUGGACAGUGCUCUGCAACAUCCUCCCUCAACGUCUUCAGCACUCCACCAAAGAUUGAAGCUCUUCCAGAGGAUGUCAGUACCGAGCCGGGGAAGUCCCUAAAGGUGGCGGGGGUGAUCUCUGGAGACCCCGCCCCCUCCGUGCAGUGGGUCCGCUUAGGUCGGACCCUACCUAACGGAGACGAGAGGUACCACGUAGAGAACACCGCCGACCUCUCCACCCUCAUGAUCUCUGCGGUGAAGGAGGAUGACGCCGGAGCAUACACCCUCCGACUGUCUAACGAGUUUGGGUCUGACUCUGCAACCGUCAACGUUCACAUUCGGUCCAUGUAAAAAAAAAAAAUGUUAAUUUAUAUCCCCGCUCCCCUCAUCCAGAACCUUUUUGUUUAGUGAAUUAGUAACAAUAAUCUUGAUAAAUAUCUGGAUUUCUGUUCUUGUAAAUAUGAACUAUUUUUGUACCAAUCUUGACAUUAAUUUAUGCCAAACUAGACUAAAGUCUAAAGUUGUUAUAAAAAUGUGCCAUAUUGGACAAUUAUGACUUAGGAUUUUUGAACCACUUUUCUGUGACAUGUACAUAAUGUAUAUAGCCGAAUUUAACGGUUAUGGGAAAUGUAUGCAUUGUUAUUUAUGACAAUAAUAUUAACAGAAACAAAUGAACAAAUGUUUUAACAGGAGAAAGUUUCACCUGGAACGAAUACCCUGUCAAACCGAGAAACUAAACUCUGUGCCUCAACAGUAAGUUGAAGUCUUUAAGAUUGCCUCAACAGGUAGAGAGGCUCCCUGUUGACGUUAUGAACCAGAAACAGAAAGACAAAGUUAUUGUUUUGGACACGCGUCUGUGCGUGCGAUACUACAGUUUCCUGUGAAUUGUACCAUGAACAUAAGACCCUGAGUGCUGUUUGCAUUACCCUCAUGUAAGCAGCAUGAACCGGCCUUGUGCUCAGACUGACUGUGUCAUACCACCAUUUUGAUGACCUGCUCAGAGUGCGAGCGGCCUGCACUCUCAGCUUUUAGCUCAUUUUAAUAAAGAGCGCUGUUUCUGGCACAGGACGGCUGGAUUGGCUUUUCAAAACAAUAACAUCUCCUGGCCAUGAAUGAAGAGAAAGUCAAAGCCAGCUCUGCUGUGCAGAAGCAGCGCCGUCUCUUGGAGGAUAGUUAGGUAACGUGUUUGUGUGUUUGAGUGUGUUUUGUAGCUUUUAGUCAUUUCACCGUGUCACUAGUCAGGGUUUUCUUCGCCACAGUGAUUCCAUCUUCUGUGAAAGAAAAGAGAAGCAAUAAGUUUUGCCCUGCACUUUGAUUUAAUUGAUCUGUUGAUGUAGAACUAUAUUCAUCCUCCUCGAGUUUUAUGCAUUACUGAUUUAAUAAAGCAUGAUUUCAGCACUACA